AUGGCUGCCGUGGCUGCAAAAACAGAGCGCGGCCUACCGCGUGGUGAUCGUGCGGCACUGCAAGCGGCCAGGGGCCACGGGGAGCAGGUGGGGAAUAAGGGAGAAGGGUAUGGGCGACAGAGCCCAGCAGGGGAACCCGGGGAGGGGAGGGGGAACAGAUUACAGGCAGAGCCAAAGCAUCAUAGCAGGGGCACCCAUUCCCCAUACAGCAGAGUGAGAAAACAGAAUAAAGUAACCCAGAAUAACAAUAAAUCAAUGAGCAGUAUACAGAAUCUAUCAGAUAAAUAGCCUCAAUACAGCAACAGAUGUUAACAAGUGAUACAGCAGCUACAUAGCAUGAAGUGGUAUAGGAAAUAACACAAAAUAAACUGCCUAGCUAAACACAGCAAUAGACUGCCUAGCUAAACACAGCAAUAGACUGCCUAGCUAAACACAGCAAUAGACUGCCUAGCUAAACACAGCAAUAGACUGCCUAGAUAAAUCCAGCAAUAGACUGCCUAGCUAAACACAGCCAUAGACUGCCUAGCUAAAUCCAGCAAGAACCCUGCCUAAAUAAAACCAGCAAUUAAGCUGCCUAAACAAACUUAGCAAAUAGACUGAUUAAAUAGGCAGUUUAAAUAAACAAGCAGCAUGUAGGAUAAAACAACAACCAAGAGCAGAGACAACUGAGUUGGUGAGUGCUCACCUGGAGGCAGCAGCAAAGAAAGAGGAAGUGGAAGAGCCUGCUUAGGGGUUUUAUACUACUGUUGCUUUGUUCUGAUUGGUUGUUUUGAAAAGUUCUGUUAACUGUUUCUUUGCUGCUGGAGGUUUCAGUAUAGAAGGUAAAGCAAAUAUGAAGCCUCCUGUCCUGCCAUAAAAUUUGGAAGAGAAUGUUAUUAUUUCAUAUCUGUCAUGUAAAACAUAUUGGAAGUUAGUGGAAGAUGGGAAGUAAAAGCACAAUAACUACGACAGCAAACUUUACUAGUUAUGGUGCCAUGAGUGGGGAAUGGUAAGCUGAUAGGGCACCAGGUAAAGACAGCUCUGCUCGCCGCCCAUGUUCUGCAGCGCCGGCUGCUCGCCCAUUCCCCUGUGCGGCCUCAGCCCGGGGAGAAAGUAACUGUAGUUCCCUUCACUUCCUCCUGGCGCACAGAGAGCUGCACGGGGAUUGAGAGACAGGAGGCGGAAAGGAGUCUGGAGAGCGGCAGCCUACUCCCAUCAGCCACAGCCAGCCCCACUAACCUGAUGUUACCUGCUGCUGCCCAGUCCCACUGCACCUCAGUGAAGCCACCGUCCUGAGCCCAAAAGUUAGGAAACAGGAGGGUGGCUAAAAAUAUGGAUUUUGUGUGUGUGUGUGUGUGUGUGUGUGUGUGUGCAUAUCUGUCAGUGUGUAUGUCUGUAUGUGUAUUUGUGUGUGUAUCUUUGCGUAUGUGUAUCUACUUGAGUGUAUCAAAUAAUUAUAAUAAUACUUUGUGAAUGUGUGUAUGUCUGUGUGUGUGUGUGUGUGUGUGUGUGAUUGUGUGUAUCUCGGAGUGUGAGCCUGUCAUUCCCCUCUCCGAUCACAUGAUAUAAUGGUGUUUUUACUUGCCUUUUUUUCUCAACGCCAUGCCUGUCUCCAUAGCUGAGAUGAUCAAUUGCCAAUCAGCAAACAAUCAAAAACAGGAAGGUGUGCAAUACACGAACCAGAGAAGUGGAGCGUGUAAGGUGUACUAUAGGGUACACCUACCCUUUGUUGGGACGUAGGGAUUAAGCUGUAAAAUGGAGGGAAAAAAGGGACUAAUAGUGUAGUAACGUCAGGGGUAUAAGUGGACUGUAGGUGUCCAAUGGUUCAACUCACAUGUGAAUGAGCCUUCCAGGACCGGCUCCAAUCAUAUAGGCAGAAGUGUACUAGGUGACACAAUCCCCUCUUCUGUCCGCUCAGAUAUGGUAUAUGAAACGAAGAAGUUGGGAAACCAGUAGUCUUCUGGUGUAGCAUGUAAAAUAUGAUAAAACGGAUAUACAAUAAAAAGGUCUUGCUCACCUAUUCCAGACACCUUAAUGCCUAGCUCAAGGUGAUAGCGCUCUGUGCCUCUGAGGGGGCACACCCUUCUUUUCAAGCAAGCAGGCAGGAGUGAUUUAUAGGACUAUAUAAUAAACAUAACAAUUAAAAACAUAGUAACAAAAAUAAGAGGGGCGGGGUCAGAAAGGGGGCAUGUUUUGUCAUCACCAUUGACAAGCACGUCCCCCUCCUACCAUGCCAAAUGAGUAUGUAAGUGUGAUGCCCCUACAGAGUAUCCAGUGCUCUUGGGUGAAGUAAAUGUCCUCUUUUUUGGGGGGGCGUUCUGCAAUGUAAUCAUGCGCUGCCUUUGCUGGUGACUUGUCUCUGGUGUUCUCAAUAGUGGGAUACCAAAAAAAAAAAAAGUGGAAGAGGGAUGUCAGAGUGUGUUGUGCAUGUGUGGAGAUGCUCCCUGUGUUGAGAUUGCAUGUGUAUAGGUCAGUUUAUUUGUGUUGUUUUAUGUGUGAAAAGGGGUCUGUUUGUGGCAUAUUAUGUGUUGCUAGUGUUUAGUGUGUAUAUGUGAGUGUCAGGGGUGCAGUGUGUGUAGUAUAUUUAUGUAAAUGUGGGUGGUGUAGUGUGCAUAUAGGGAUAUAGAGUGUGUGUAGUAUGUUAGUCCAGGGGGAGUGUAGUAUGUAUAUAAGGGAAUAGAGUGUAUGUAGUGUGUUUGUGUGUUAGUGCAGGGACUGUAGUGUGUGUAUAUAAGGGUAUUGAGUGUGUGAAGUGUUUGUGUGUUAGUAUAUGGUCUGUAGUGUGUGUGUAUAUGAGUUUAGAGUGUGUUUUUGUGUUAGUGCAGGGGCUGCAGUGUGUGUGUAUAUGGGUUUAGAGUGUGUAUAGUGUGUUAGUGCAGGCGCUGUGAUGUGUGUGUGUAUAUUGGUUUAGAGUGUGUUUUUGUGUUAGUGCAGGGCUGUGGUGUGUAUAUGGGUUUAGAGUGUGUAAAGUGUGUUUUUGUGUUAGUGCAGGGGCUGUGGUGUGUGUAUAGUGUGCUUGUGUGUAAGUAUGAGAGGGUGUAUGGUAAUGUAAUAAAAAAAAAAACCAAUAAAACAAAACAUUUUCUCCCCCUUUCCCUUAUUACCUUGCAGGGGGAGAAGGAGCAUGCAGAUCCCUGGUAGUCCAGUGAAAGAGGGCAUGCCACAAGGUAAUCCCUGGUGGUCCAGCCGGCAUGUUAUUAAGUCUGUACCCCGCAUGGUACAGACCAUGUAUCUGCCUCUCGCGAGCGCCAGUUUUUCAGAGUGUUGCCGCGGGUUAACAUGGUGGCGUUUCGCUCCCUGUGCACUCUUCCUUCCACCGAGCCGUGAGGGGACAGAACUCCGUCCUAGGGCCGGUGCUGCUCUGUAUGGGCUGGAAGGGGAGAUCCCUUGAUCUCUCCUGCUGGCCUCUGCCCAUUGCCAUCGCUGUCCACCGGAGAUUUGCCAGGUGUGCCCGAUGGCCAGUCCGGGCCUGACCUUUUGAGUUAAGGGGCUAGUUUAGUGUAAUGCAGCUGUAAAAUUGACUGCUGACAAAAUUUGGUUAGAUCUGCUUCCUUACAUCCUGUCUAGGUGAUGGAAGUUCUAGUCCAUGGAAUUUCUGACAUUCUCAAAGUUAGAAGGUAUAUUUAUGUACCCCUUACUAUAAAUGUGUGGGGAACUGCACAUAUCAUUAAAAACCGUGUGUAAUGAGACAAGAUGCUUGAACGCCACACCUAGGCAAGGGCCUAAAAAUUUUAUAUUCUUUCUAACCUUAGUUUCAGAAAGUUAACUAUUUACUCGUCCAAGAAAUCUGUUCAUUUAGCCAUGGGUUUGUUAGCUAGUUACGCCAAUGAGCAGCUUAAGUGCAUAGGAAUUGAAUUAAGCCACUGCUCCUCUGAGACGCCUCUCUGGGUGCAACUGAAGUCUGGUUAUCAGCAUAGCCUAAUAAUUGUGUCUUAAAGGUAUCAUUUAGUCUACCUGUUAUAAAUGGCAAUAACAAAACUGGAGUAUGCUUUUAUAGCAUCUCAUGCCUUUUCUAGCCAGGGCCAUCUUUAACGAGGGACAAACAGGCAGCUGCCCCGGGCCCUUUUACUUCUUGGGGGCCCAAGGCAGCCUCAGUCACCACUCUGGACACCAGGAAAGCAAUCCUUCAAGGUAGGAAACAGGGAGUAGAUUUAAAAAUGUGAAUGUGUCAGUACGUCCGUGUGUUUGUCUCAGUAUGUCUGACAGUGUAUGUGUGUGUCAGUAGGUUGUCUGUCAGUAUAUGUGUGUCAGUGUAUGUGUCAGUAUGCCUGUCAAUGGGUAUGUCAGUAUAUCUGUCAGUGUAUGUCUUUGUGAUUGUGUCAGUAUGUCUGACAGUGUGUGUUUCUGUGUCAGUAUGACUGCCAGUGUGUGUCUGUGUGUCAGUAUGCCUGUCAGGGUAUGUGUCUGUGUGUGUGUCAGUAUGCUUGUCAGCAUAGGUGUGCGCAGUCUAUUGCAUUAGGGUGUGCACCCUAAAGCACAAACACACACGCUGUGUGUAAAUAUAUAUAUAUACACACACACACAUAUAUACAUACAUACACUGCUGUGUGUUUGUGAGGGUGCUGUUAGUGUGGGUGUGCUGCCAUUCCUGAUCCCUGGUGGUCCUAGUGUGAGUGAACUCUAGCCUGCAGGGCUAGAUUUCACUCUCGCGAGAUCUGAGCGUUGCCGCGGAAACGCUCCAACCUCGCGAAAGGAACCCAGCGGAACUGCUGGCUAGAGCUCCCCAGGUCCUCUCCUGCCUGUGGGUCAGUGAGCAGGGCUGGACUGGGGAAAAAAGUCAGCCCUGGCAGUUAAAGGCAGAGCAGCCCACUAGGAAUGGUGGGCCAGAAAUGUGGCGCGUUAUAUCUCCACCAAUGACAAGCACCACCCGCCCUCCCAAUUGUUAGUGUGAUGCCCCUCCAGAGCAUUCAGUGCUCUCUGAUGGAGAAAAAGUCCUAGUGACUUGUCUCUGGUGUCCCCAGUAGUGGGUAUAGGAGAACACAAGUGGAAAAGGAUUGUUAAAGUGUGUUUUGCACAUGUGGGAAUGCUCCCUGUGGUGUUAUGUGUUUGGAUGUUUUUUAUGUGAUUGCAUGUGUGUAGAGGAGACCAGUUAUGCUGUAGAGUGUAAAGGGGUCUGUUUGUGGUGUAGAAUAUGUAGCUGGAGCCUGUAGUGUAUAUGUGUGUUGUUGGGCUGUAUAUUAUGUGUGUGUGUGUUUAUAGGGCCUUUAGAGUGUGUGUGCCUAGUGGUGUGUUGCGUUUGCAUGUAAGGACUGUAUUUCGUCUAUCUAGGAGUUGCAGGGGUGGCAUUGUGUGUGUGUAUAGGAGUUGUGCACGUGUGUGUAUUGGUGUGGUAAUAGGGGGUGUAGUGUGUGUUUAUGGGAGUUGUGUGUGCAUAGGGGUUCAGUGGGUGCACAGGAGGUAUAUAUGGGCAUAGUAUGAAUGCAGUGGGUGGAGUGUUUAAAGGGAUAUAAAGUGUGUUGUGCUUUUGUAUGUGUGUAUGCAGGAGGUGUAAUGUGUGUGUUUAUAGGAAGUAUAGAGUGUGUGUAGUGUGUAUAAAUGUGGUGUAUAUACAGUGUGUAUGUAUAGGGGGUAUAGUGUGUAGGUACAGGGGGUGUUGUGUGUGUGUGUAUAGGGGGUGUAGAAUAUAAGGUGUAUAGUGUGUGUAGUGUGUAGAUGCAGUUUGUAUAUAGGGUGUAGUGUGUAGAUGCAGUUUGUAUAUAGGGUGUAAGUGGUGGGGUAUAGUUUAUGUAUAUAAGGGCUGGAUAGGGUUAAAUCAUUAAUUUGGAUUGUUUCAUUAUUUAAAUUAAAAUAAAAAAAAAACUACACAUUUACUCCCCUUUCCCCUUAUUACUUUGCAGGGGGAGAGGGAGCCCGCUGCUGAUCAUCCCUGGUGGUCCAGUGGGCUAGUGAUGUGGUCUGUACCUCUACAGGGUACAGACCAUGCCUUUCUCUCGUGAGAGCUGGAGUUUCAGAGCGUUGCCGCAGGUUACCAUGGCAACGUUCUGAAAAUAUCAGAGAGGGCUGCUCUGCGUGCAGCCUGGAGGCCUUUUGCUCCAUAACCAAACAGAAUGGAGCUCUUAAGAGCCUCUCUCGGGGCCAAUCUGCUAUGCUUGAGCCAGCAGGGGAGAUUUUUUUGAUCUUCCUUGCCGGUCUCAAUCCAUAGGCGUGCCGCGGGGAUUAGGGUGUGCCCAGGCACACCCAGCACACCCCGUGCGCACGCCUAUGCUUGUCAGUGUGUCUGUGUGUGUCAGUAUGUCUGUACCAGCAAGUUUGUCAGUACAUGUGUGUGUCAGUAUGUCUGUCUGUGUGUAUGCGUCAGUAUGUCUGUUCAUGUAUAUGUCUGUGUAAGUAUGUAUGUGAAAGGUGUGAUUGCAUUCCAGGGAAUGGGGGGUGCCCAAUAAAAUGCUUUGUCCAGGGUCCUAGUGAUAUUAAAGACGGCCUUGGUCCUAGCAUGCAUGUUUGUUCCAUUUGGUUCAUUGUUAUUUAGCCAUUACUGCGUUCUCAAAAUCACUUGUACUGAGCAUCAAUGAAUGGUAAAUUGAGCAAUGUUACAGCAUUAGACCUUCCUUAGUAUUGAUCCUGUCCAACAAACAAAGGCAUUUGUACAUAAAUCUCCUGCCCUUUAAAAGUUUAAUCGUGACAGCCCUUUAAAAGUUUUCAUUUGAAGAAUAGUAGGUGACAUUAUAAAAACAGGACUUUGAAGACAAUGACCUAGAAUUUUAUUUUGCAAGGUUUUCACUUCUUGUGUUCCCUUCUUGAAAUCUACACCUGAAGAAGUGGUUUUAUCAGAGUCCAUACAGAUGUUCAAACGGCUUCUAGAUGCAUACUUGCAAGAACAGAAUAUUCAAGGAUAUAAUCUUUCAAUGUAGGAUAAUAACUGCUUGAUCCAAGGAUAAAUCUGACUGCCAUUCUGGGGUCAAGAAGGAAUUUUUUUCCUAGCUUGUUGCAAAAUUGUGCUUCAAACUGGUUUUUUUUGUCUUCUUUUGGAUCAGCGGCAAAAAACAAAUGUGAGGUAGGCUGAACUUGAUGGACGCAAGUCUUUUUUCAGCUAUGUAACUAUGUAACUAGACCGUUGUCGUUUAAAAAACAAACAAAAAAAAAACCUUACUACGGUAGUUCACAUUUUACUACAAGAAACAUACAACAACAAUUGUUGCACUUGUUCUGGGUGUGUGUCUAUAUAUAUAUAUAUAUAUAUAUGUUUUAUGUGUAUUAUGUCAUGGACAGUGGUAUUAUGUUGUCACCAGGGAGUUUACAUGGUGUGGGGGAUAGAAUAAACAAAGAAAGAUUUGAAGGGUACCUAGCAUAACACUUCUGCUCUUCAGAAAGCAUAGCAUGCAUCUAUAUAUUGUCCUGGCAAAUGUAUAGAUUAAGAAUAAAUUUAUAUAACAAUUUGACCUUUCAGUUAAAUCUUCUACCGAGCAUGUGACUGACAAGUGAGAGCAGGACAGAUCUCCCACAGGCGGUCUUCCUGCUCUCUUUCUCCCUAGCCAACGCUGCUUAGAGUAUGUAGGAAUGGAGUGACUGACUGUUAAGGCGCUGGCAUGCUGGCAAUGAAGCCAGCAUGUUGGCAUCACACAGGAGGAUCACUCUGCUAGAGGAAGCAUCGCCAAGCGUGGCAAAUCACAAAAGACCAGAGGAGGAGGAAGCGAAGCAUGGACUGAAGGUGGAUGCUACAAGAAGAGUAAAUCCACCAAUCUCAGAACAUGAGAGGUGAAUCUAUCAUGACAUUUACAUUGAAUACAUCAUGCAUUUCUGUGAUACCUGAUAUAUUCAUUGUAUUUGGAGCCAAUUUAAGGGAAGUAUUUUUUCAUUACAAGCUUUAAUAAUGUGAACUUUUUAUUGAGGUUGUUAUAAUGGCUUUAGUCCUACUGCGCAAAAUGCCUUUUUAUAGAUGGAAUGCUUAGAGACACAGCUUUAAAGGACCACUAUAGGCACCCAGACCACUUCAGCUUAAUGAAGUGGUCUGGGUGCCUGGUCCAGCUAGGGUUAACCCUUUUUUUUUUUUUAUAAACAUAGCAGUUUCAGAGAAACUGCUAUGUUUACACUGAGGGUUAAUCCAGCCUCUAGUGGCUGUCUCAUUGCCCGCCGCUAGAGGCACUUGUGUGCUUCUCACUGUGAAAAUCACAGUGAGAAGACGCCAGCGUCCAUAGGAAAGCAUUGUAAAUGCUUUCCUCUGAACUGACUGCGCGCGUGGCUCCUGCCGCGCAUGCGCAUUUAGCCGAUGGCGUCGCUAGGAAGGAAGAGAGGAGGAGGAAAGCUCCCUGCCCGGUGCUGGAGAAAGGUAAGAUUUUAACCCCUUCCUCUCUCCAGAGCCCGGCGGGAGGGGGACCCUGAGGGUGGGGGCACCCUCAGGGCAGUAUAGUGCCAGGAAAAUGAGUAUGUUUUCCUGGCACUAUAGUGGUCCUUUAAGCCACUCCUCUAAGCCCUCUGGAUAGGAGAGCCAGGCAGUUACUUCCUGGGUCUCAUACCCAGGCAUAUUGUGAAAUUAUGCGUGCUCAGUGCCAUCUGCAUCUGUCAUGCAAUGACUUUCUAUGACAGAAAAUUCAGAAUUAAGCACCGUGCAUACCCUACGGGAGAGGGAAUAAGGGAGUGAAGUUGAAUAAAUUAAAAAACCAGGUGGACUGAGGAGUUAGAAAAAUUGUGUGGGCGAGGAAGAGGGCAGACUAAUUGAAGAUUGGCAUGGAAGAAUUUAGUUAGAGGGUGGUAGCUGGAAUAAGGAUAGAUGAGGGAAUUGAAUGUCGUGGGGUGUAAAAUGGGACAAAGGAUAAGAAAUUAGAUAAGUCCAUCUAAAAAGAAGGGGUUGUCUUAUGCAGUGCUCUGCAUGCAAAAUGUGGAUGAAAACAUGCAAGCAAUUAAUUAUCCAUUGUCAUUGAGUUAUAUCUAAAAACUGCUUGCAAAACCUGCAAGCACUACUCUUCUUCCCCAGCCCAAACUAUCCUUGGAUGUCCAAUCAGACUUGCCAUACUCUUUACACAUAAAGAACUCUAGCAAGCUAAAACUCUUUAAGCGUUCAGUAUAUUCUACUUAGGUUGCUUGUUUUAAGCAGUUAGUAGUUGCUUCACCUGAGGGAGGGUGAGACGAUAGGUAUAGAUAAGUAAUUUUGAGGUUGGUGUAGAUGUUGAUAAAGUAUCUGUUUAAAUAUGAAAUGUGUCCACUUCCUUUAAGCAUGUGAUUUUUAUUUGGUAACGUUUUGUUAGAUAAACUGAGACCGUUGAAAUUAAGAUAAUCUUACAAAAGAUUGAACAGAUUUAAAAUUUACUGGCAACAUGUCUGAAUUAUUAUAUAUGGCUGUACCAUCAAGGAUUUUGAGAAUUGAGGAAAUUAAGAUUCUUCGAAUUAUGGGAGAGGCCAGAGGGUGGGAUGAAGAAAACAAAGUUCUUGUUCCAUAACAACUUCAAGCUGCCCCAAGAAGUUUUUGUUAAGAUACAUUGAUUAUGUAGUAAUGUAUGCACUGUGUAAGGCCACGUUUAUGUAAGUCUUCUAGACUUUUAGUUUAUAGUCUGCAUUGCAAAUAGAAUGCAAUGGUUGAUCAAACAGAUAAAACGAGAAUAGGGUUAAUUUUGUCUGGUUAAGCACAAGUUAUAUUGUUAUGGACAUUUAUCUAAAAAUGCUUUGUUGACUUUUAAUUUAAUAUGAGUCUGACGGAUUUUGGAAAUAGUCCUCACAUUUUGUUUUUUUUCUCCUUUUUUUAGGAUGCAAAGUUUGUAGAGGAACGACGGAAACAGCUACAGAAUUACUUAAGGCAUGUCAUGAACAAAGUAAUUCAGACUUUGCCAGAUUUUGCUGCUAGACCGAACAAAGAGAGCCUAACACAGUUAAUACCCUUCUUCACGUAAGUAACACUUCCUUCCAACUUGUUUUUAUAAAAAUGAAAAAGAAACUGGAUUGUAUUAUUUGAAAAUGUGUCUCUACUAAGUAAAUUGCUAGAAUUUAUUAUCUUACAAACCCUGAAUGUGGAGGUUAUGCAUUCUAUCUAAUCAUAUCACAUGAUAUAUUUGGAGAACUACCAUUUGUCACUCCAAAUUAUUUCUCGGUCAUUAAGCAGAGUUUUGAGAAGGCAUAUUUGUAAAAUAUUGUAGUCCCAUCAAGGAGAAUCUAUGCUGCCAUCACAAAAUAAUUUGGAGUCUUGCCUACUAUUUAAUUUUACAUUUCCAUAUAACCUAUGGCAAGACACUGAUCUAAUGUAACAAAAGCUAAUUUUUGGAAACCUACUCGAAAAGUGUAAUCUUGCUCUAGUCCACCAAAACACAUUUUCUAAGCAUCAGGAGUCACAUAGCUGUCAUUUAAUUGCUAAACCUGCUAGUCCUGGAGCAGAGAAUAGUUCAUUGCAGUAUUUAACCUACAUAUAACAAAUAUAGAGGGGGGAAAAAACAGCAUUUGGGGCCUGAUGAUCUCCUGAAUAACUAAUUGGAGGUUAGUGUUAUAUAUAAAAUAUAAUAUAUUUACAAAUCAGAUACUUCUCUUGGAGCAUGAAACCACAGCUUUGCAUAUUGUAGCUUUAUAUAGAUGUGUGUCAUUGAAGCCAACUGAAAAUUUUAAGUCCGAGCUGAUAUGUGAAUGGCGACCAGACUCCCUAAAACAUUUUACUCUGCUUGCCAUGUUUCUGUCUGAAAGACUGUGGUCCCUAGAGGUAUACUCAAUGAAUACAUCAUUGGCAUAGAAAGCUAGAGAAUGUAAGUUUUUUUUUCAUCCUACAGAUUUUUUUUUACCACCUUAAAUAUCCACAUUAACUGCUAAACGUAAUCUCACUGAAAAAAAAAAAAAGCUGCAGAAUUUUCAGUAUAGAGUCACAUCAAACUGUUGGUUUUGUACAAAUUCAGGAAAAACUAUAUCUUUAAAGGACCACUAUAGGCACCCAGACCACUUCAACUUAAUGAGAUGGUCUGGGUGCCAGGUCCAGCUAGGGUUAACCCUUUUUUCUAUAAACAUAGCAGUUUCAGAGAAACUACUAUGUUUACUUUAGGGUUAAUCCAGCCUCUCAUUGACAGCCGCUAGAGGGCUUCCACGUUUCUCACUGUGAAAAUCACAGUGAGAAAAUGCCAGCGUCCAUAGGAAAGCAUUGUGAAUGCUUUCCUGUGGACUGGCUGAAUGCGCGCACGGCUCCUGCCGCGCAUGUGCAUUCAGCCGAAGAGGAGGAGAGCUCCCCGCCCGGCGCUGGAGAAAGGUAAGAUUUUAACCCCUUCCUCUCCAUCCAGCCCGGCGUGAGGGGGACCCUGAGGGUGGGGGCACCCUCAGGGCACUAUAGUGCCAGGAAAACAAGUAUGUUUUCCUGGCACUAUAGUGGUCCUUUAACAAGUGGGUAGCGCUUUGACUGUCAGAGGAUUUUGGAAUGGUUAAAAUGCCUUUUCUGGAACUAUACAUGUAUUAUACGUGUGUCACAUUCAGUAAAUGAGCUUUGAUUUUGGCUUUGUCUUGUUAAUUCAGGCAGAAUGAAUGUAAAUCAGGGCUUGAAACAGUUAUGAGAACACUGUAUUUGUCUUUGUUUCGUCUUUGCCUUAUAUCUGCUGUACAUGCAGAUUGCUUAACCCCUUAAGCACCCCAUUUAUAACCAAUUUGGGACCGCAAUUUGGUCUCUAAAGAUCCUGUGCUAGUUUUGUAUCUCCUGCUUAUUUGAUAUUUGUAGUUAUGUAGUCCUUACAUUUGUUAAAUGAGUAGAGCAUUCCCUUUUGAUAUAAGAUCUUUAAAGGCUGGUUUAUUAUGACGUAUACUUACUUAAUAAUCCUUCUGGGUACACUUUAGGCAUCAGAACCACUACAGCUAAAUGUACUGGUUCUGGGGCAGUAUCACCAGUGUAAACUGCUGAUCAAUCUUGAUGAUUUCAGCCAAUCUAGUGCUUUCACCUUAGAAAGCAUUGGGAGGCUAGUGUGCAUGCGCAAAAUGCAUUGCUCAGUCAGUCUUUAUGAGGCCAUCUGAUUGAAAUAGCUAAGUUUCACUUGGCUUCUAUGAGACCAUCUAAUUGAAAUAGCUCAGAUUCACUAGGCUAUUAAGGAAGAAGCGUAGGGAUAUGGCACACAGACCACUUUAUUGAGAUGAAGUGGUUUGGGUGACCAUAAUGCACUUCUAAUCUGCUGAUGCUUAAGUUAUAAGUUAUCAUAUUUACAGUGUGUGUAUUUUAAUUGUAUUGUUGAGAAUGUAAUCAAUGCUAUAAAAUCUUUUUAUAUGGAAAGAUGAUUCAAUGCUUUCCUGUGUUGAUGCUCUAUCGCAUGCAGGGCCGCCAUCAGGGGGUGACAACCAUCACGGGCCCCACUUUUAGCGGGGGAACUGCAGUUGCACCGGGGCCCGCACAACGCUGCGACCGGGCCCCUUUUAAAAAAUCGCAGCCACAAAGUACUGCUGGGGGGAAGUGGCCGUUACUUCCUCCCAGCUCCCUCCCCUACCGGGAGGUAAGGGAGCCACGCCGACUCCCAUCAGCCACAGCUAUAUAUGUGUGUAUGUCUCAGUAUCUGUGUGUCAGUAUGGAUGCCUAUAUGCGUGUAUGUCUGUUUCAGUAUGUGUGUCUGUUUUGUAUCAGUGUGUGUUUUUGUGUCUGUGUGUGUAUUCCUGUGGGCGGGAUUUGGAGGCGGACCUUGUGGGUGGGAUUGGAGGUGGUAAGUGUAAAAAGGGUUUUUAACCUGUUCUACACCAAGGGCAUGCUGCGAACCUAAUGAAAUAGGCAGAGGGACAAUAGCGUUAGCAAUAUAGUUUUAUAUAACCAGCUCUAUAGUGUUGCUUUUAAUGUUCACUUGAGUGGUGAUCUUGUCUUAGAACAAUAUUGAAUGUGUUUAAAAUUUUCUGUUGAAAAGUGAUCUUUUAAAUCUCUGCUAACAGCAACACCAACAGCAAAAUGAUACAAAUAAUGUUAAAGGAACACUAUAGGGUCAGGAACACAAACAUGUAUUACUGACCCUAUAGUGUUAAAAUCACUAUCUAGCUGCCUUGGCUCCCCCUUGCCCCCUAAAUAUAGUAAAAUAUUACCUUUAUUCAAGUCUGCUGCAGCUGGCUCUGCGCCUGAUCGGCUGACAUCAUCAGAAGUGGUGAUCUAUGCCAAUCAAAUUGUUGUCCCAUAGUCAAGGAGGCAGAUCAGGGGCAGAGCCAGCACAAGCCAAACACAGCCCUGGCCAAUUGGCAUCUCCUCAUAGAGAUGCAUUGAACCAAUGCAUCUCAAUGAGGAAAGUUCAGUGUCUCUAUGCAGAGGAUGGAGACACAGAAUGUCACUGCCCCAGGAAGCACCUUUAGUAACCAUCUGAGAAGUGGCCAGUAGAGGUAUCCAUAGGCUGUAAUGUAAACACUGUCUUUUCUCUGGGGAAAAAAAAAAGUGUUUACUGCAAAAAGCCUGAAGGGAAUGAAGUUUCCUUCCCCGAUCCGCCUCCUUGCUGACACUAUCAGAAUUUAUGAUUUUCUCUGAAGAGGCAGUGUUUACAUUAAAAUGCCUGCAGGGAAUGAUCAUACUCACCAGUACAACUACAAUACGCUGUAGUUGUUCUGGUGACUAUAGUGUCCCUUUAAUGUUUAUCAUUGAAGGCCUAGGUUUAGUGAAACUUAAGGAGUACAUUCCUAAAAGAUGCUUUGAACUGUAACUUGUUUGAUUCUCAAGCAGGCACAGCCCCAUAACCCUAAGUGAAUUGCACAAUGUGCAUAGGCUGAAACAGGCUUUAGUUAUAAUGUCUUUUAUAUUGGGUGGGCCUUGUGGAGUCUAUACCACUAGACCAAAAAGGGGUCUACCUUUAAAUUAGUAAAGAAAUGUAAUGGUUAGAGUUAAGAGUUUUGUAAAAUUUUUAGUAUCUUGAACUGCAUUCUAAAGUGUACAGGAAGCCAAUGUAAUCAGUAAAAUGGCAAGCUAAUAAAGGAGCAACGAAAGAAAUUGGAGCAGAGAUUGGAGAUGAGUAAAGGAUGGCACAAGGCAAGAAGAAAGAGAUCUGAUAAGGUGUGAGGAAAAAGGUCUAGGGUACGGUGGUGGGGCAAGAGAAAGGGAGAACUGCUGACACCUCCUGUUCAGCUACUGAAGUGCAGACUUGAAGGUAGGAGAAGCAGAACAUAUGUCAGAUUGAGAAGGAAAAAUAAAGUGGAGAGAAUUCUCUCCUUAACCCCUUAAGGACACAUGACAUGUGUGACAUGUCAUGAUUCCCUUUUAUUCCAGAAGUUUGGUCCUUAAGGGGUUAAAGUAGCUUGAAAAGUUGUUCGCUAUAAGGUUAGUAUAAGGAGAUGUUAUGGCUGGGUGUAGGGACGUUUUAGCCCAGCAGCCCAGGGCAAAUGUCUUGUUAGCCUCGCGGCUAACUGACAAUAUGGCUGGGUAUGCGGGCUGCUGGACGGGCGGCGCUGGCGAGGGAGCACUUCCUCUGAGCUGUCUGCUCGCCUCCCUUGCGGCGCGCGAGGGAGCCGAGCAGACAGCUCAGAGGAUGUGCUCCCUCGCCAGGGCCGCACGCCUGGCAGCCACUGGACCCCCAGGGAGAAAGAGAACUCCUCCCCCCCCACCCAGCAUUCCCAAAGGAAAGUAGGCUGGGGGGGUUAAAUAAAAAUAAAAUGUGUUAAAGUGAGUGUGUGUGUGUGUGUGUGUGUCUGUCUGUUAGUGGGUGUGUCUGUUAGUGGGUGUGUCUGUUAGUGUGUGUGUCUGUUAGUGUGUGUGUGUCUGUUAGUGUGUGUGUCUGUUAGUGUGUGUGUCUGUUAGUGUGUGUGUCUGUCUGUGUGUGUGUCUGACUGUGUGUGUAUGUGUGUGUCUGUUAGUGGGUGUGUGUGUGUCUGCUAGUAUGCGUCUGUUAGAGUGUGUCUGUGUGUGAGUGUGAGGGUGUCUGUUAGCUAGUGUAUGCGUAUCUGUCAGUGAAUGUGUGUGUGUAUUUAGAAGGCGGGAUGGGGGGAAAGGUUGGGGGGGAUGCGGGGGCGCGCAAGUGGGGCGCCUGAAUUUUGUCCUGCCUAGGGCAGCACAAAACCAGGAUACACCACUGGCUGGGUGACAAAUCAUGGAAGAUGUAUUUCUUAAAUAUUUGGGGAUCUACCUCUUGGUCACUGGAAUCAGAGCAGGGACACCUGAAAUGGUGAUAUGUUAGUCCCCACAUUCACACUUUGGUCCUUUCCGUUUGAGUCUGUCACUCCCAGCCAUCAAGGAGUAAGUGCAUCCUUACAUUAACCCAGGGGCUUGCUUCAUCAUAAUCUCUGAAGAAAUUUAGACUAUGGUUGACAGAUCCACCAUCCUGAUGGUCCUAUAUCAUUAGACAUAUUUGCACUAGCUCAAGGCCCUGUCGAGCAAAGUAAACUAUUUACAAUUUUGUUUUUUCUUCCCUUUAUUUUCUUCCCUUUAUUAAAAACAUUGUGUUCUCUAUUACCGUUGAUGUAUUUAAAUGUUGUUUUUCUUUUAUCUCACUCCAAACAAAAGACUCUAUGGACAUCUAGACCAGCAAAGUUUGGCAGGUCUGAAAUUGGAAGAGAGAUGGGUGGACAAGACUUCUGUCCCCCCAUCCCUCCCUCAGGUCGGCAGGCUGCCCAAUACGGCAGCCAAUCAAGGCAACCCAUAAACUAAACGUUGCUAUAGUGCUCUCAUAUUGGUUUAAAUGUCCUGAAAUUCACUUCAAGUGCACGAUGAGCAUGAAUAAUCACGCUUUCCCACUGCACUUUCUAUCAAUCCGUCUGGCAUCAGGUGACAGAGCCAAUCUGUCAGGUGAUCGUCAGAACGGAUAAGGAUACCAUGUGUCACAUGAAGGUAUCAUUUGACUUAGAAUGUCAGGGCAGCUUAACAUGUUGUCCUUGAUAAAUACAAAUCUGUGGAGAAUUUUAAUUUUAUCACUGCAUCCCGGUUCUAUGACAAUUUUUUUUAUUGUUUUCCAUUAUUUCUUCUCCUUUAUUUCUUAGGUCAUCUGCACAGUAAAACAUUGGAUAAAUAAAGCUCAAAAGUUCACAGGACCCCAUUUACGAAUUUGGUUGACAGUUUGAAGUUGUGCGAGGAAUAUAUUUUUUUACAUUCUUAUUUUAGACAGCAGUAGAGGGAAAGGGCAUGCCUGUGCUCUUCCAAAAGACGAGCUGGGAUAAUUAGUAAUGAAUAUUAAUGUCAUUUUUCUGUCUGUCAGAAGUGUUAGCAUGAAUCAAAGAUGACUGAUUCUUGACUCCUGUUAUAAAACACAUGCAUUUUAUAUCUCUCAUUAUGAACUUGUUUUGCAUAGCACAUUUAAAUGUUGAACCUGUUUUUUUAACUUUGUGGCCUGCUGUUCAAGUUAAAUUGCACCAGCUCAGCAUCUUUGUAUUAACAUAUCAUGUUACUUGUUUGUUGUUCUUGUAAUUCCUAAUGCAAUUAUUUUAAUGUACUUGAGUUACUUCUGGAAAUUUGCUAUGGAUUCUACAAUAAAAUUUUCCGUAGAUUUUUUUUUUUUAUUAAUAGUUUAUUUUCUUUGGUUUUUGAGAUAUUUUUUUAACUAAAAAUAUUUUAGAAAUAAGUACUUUUUAGUAUUGCUUUAGGCACAUAGAAUAUACAUUUAAAAGAAAAUUGAUCAAAUGAUCAUUUCAGUUUUUUUGAGGAGGGCAUAGCGACCUUGUAUAUGCAGAGAAUACCCAACUAUGAAAUGCUGCACAUACUAAGAUGUUUUAAUUCUGGCAGACAGGCUAAUUUAUUGGCUGUGAGCGCUCGACUGAUGCUCUCAGCCAAUUAAUAAAAGGCAGGACUUGCAUCCGACCUCUGCAGCACAUGUUCUGAGGCUUGUUACCCAGUUAGAAGAAAACUUCAAGCACCAUAAACACUGCAGUGUGCUGUAGUAGUGAUGGUGCCAGUAGUGCUCUGGCGCCCCCUCAGUAAUUUCAGUAGGCAAACUGUUUGCUGAUGGUUGGACUUCUUACCUGUGGUCCACAGAGUGUCGAACCGUGCCUUUGAAGCUGAAAGCUAUCUUCACAUUGCUAAGCCCGAGAGCAACUUGAUGACACUAUUGGCCAAUGAGCUGGCCCUACCCUGCAGUGCUUAGCUCAGGAGAACUAUGGGUAGCUUCCUACUCUAUGUCCAGCUACAUAGAGGCAGUUUGAGUACUUCUGUAGUGGUUAUGGUGCUUGGAGUACGCCUUUAAAAAUAACACUACAGCAUUUAGGUUUAAAAGGUAUGUGUUACUUACUGUAUAUCCUAAAGUGCAGGUCUUGCCACGACUGGCCUGUCUUCUCAUCUGAGAUCUUCAUUCUUGGUGGUCUCAGACAAUCCUAUGCUCACCCACAGAGAAUAAUUGGGAGGCAAGUGCGCGUGCACAGCAAAAUGAUAUGCCAAUCAUAUGCUCUCUUUGGGAGACAUUCGAUCCAAUAACUGAGUCUGACUCGUUAGGCUUCUAGUGGCUUUUAGGAGGAGAGGUGCCUUUAGUAUCCCUUUAAGUGUCAUACCUUUGCUAAUCGGGUGAUAAACUGAAGGAAAUUGACCUCAGAACGUAAGAAAUAUCCCUGCAAACAUCCAAUCUAAAAGAGAAAGGGUAUGAGGUUACAUAAAGCGCGCGUAGCAGAUUAAGAGCAAAAUAAGCAGUUGCUAGAUUAUAAAUAUUACAGGUUUGAGUAUUGGGAAUUUGAGGAAGUAUCAUUGCAGAUGAUUAGUUAAAUAGAUUAAAAUGGAAUGUUGUGCUCUAAUCGCAUGGUGACCUCACUUAAUCUAAAUAGCCAAUAUUUAUUUUCUUUCAAGGUAAAUCUGUAAUCCAGUUAAUGUAUUGCACGUACUAGAAUUCUAUUAAUUUUACAUCCUGUUGAGAAAGGUUAAUGGUAAUCUAUUUAGCAAGCAGUAUGUGUUGUGAUCACAUUAUUGACAACUUGAAACAUGGGUCAUUUAAGUGCUGGCUCUGAAAAUCAAUAACAAGUUUUGUUUAGUUGAUACUGUGCAUUAUUUGUAUCGAACAAAUUACUAUAAAUUAUAGAGCAGACAAAAUGUACAAUACACAAAGGUUAUGUUUUCAGAUGAAAAAUGCUCUGUAAUGGCAAACAGGGUAGCGUAUAUCUGAUAUUUAGAAAUACACAGUCCAUUAAUAACUGUCCACAUAUGCAAAAUGGUUAUUAAAACAUCUGCCGAUCCAUAUUUUGUAAUUCCUUUGUUUUUCUCAAGCAACUUUAUAACUCUCAAAUUUAACUUAGAAAUGCUUCCCAUUAUAACCAGGAAACAACAUGUAUAGUCCUAUGUGUACUACUGUACUAAGCCUAUGAAAAUACCAAGUUUAAUUGCGUAACCCCUUAAGACCAUGUGUGUUUAGGAUAUGAUGCGUAUGUGAUCAAGGCCUUUUUGACACUUUUGCCAUGCAUUUAUUCUACCAUAAUUUCACCCUUCCUGUUUACAUGUACCCGUAAUUCUUAAAGGAGUAAUAGAGCUUUCUUUUGAUGUGCUAUAUGUAUACAUAACAAAAUAUUAUAUGUAAAUAAAAUAUUUAAAAAAAAAAAAAUGUAUUUUUCAGAUUUACAUUUAAUUUCUACAAAACAAGGGCAACUAGUGAACACUAACUCGAAGUAGAUUGAUUAAUUUGUCCUGCUUGUUAAAAUGCCCAAUGCAAUUAGUUUUGUUGAAAGGCUAGGAAAACAUUUGUUUUCUUUGGUAAAAAAGGUGCCUGAGAGGGGAUAUGAUAGCACUAUACAAAUAUAUAAACUGCAAUGUGCUAACCUUUUCAUUAGCGUGAAUAUGCAACAGAUAAGAUGUCGUCACCCACCGAGACUGGAAGAAAAGGCUUUUUUUUUUUUUUUACUUACAGCAGCGGUAUGGGUUCUCUACAGUAAGAACAAUAAAUGUUUAUCAUUCUCUAGACCUAGAUGUUGUCUCAUUAGAUUUUAUAGAUUUUUUUAAAUUUUAUUUAAAAGGCUUGGGUGGUUUUUAUUUAUUUAUUUAUUUUGCAAAUUCAUGGCUAAAAUUAACGUGUGUGAACAGGUUGAUCGAAGCAAAUGUGAUUGCUAUUAUGGAGUCAAUAAGUAUUUUUUUUUUCCCUUUCUGUUGCAUAAUUGGAAAUAGCUGAAAUUGUUUUGUUUGUUUUGCCUUCCUUUUUAUCAACAAUGUAAACAAAUUUGUUGCAAGGUUGAACUUGAUGUUACAUAGUUGAAAAUAGACUUGCGUCCAUCAAGUUCAGCCUUCCUCACAUUUGUUUUUUGCUGUUGAUCCAGAAGAAGGGGAAAAAAAAACAGUUUUAAGCACUUCCAAUUUUGCAACAAACUAGGGGAAAAAAAUCCCCUCUUGACCCCAGAAUGGCAGUCAGAUUUAUCCUUGGAUCAAUAAGCUAUUACCCUACAUUCAAAGAUUAUAUCCUUGAAUAUUCUAUUUUUGCAAGUAUGCAUCUAGCUGCCGUUUAAACAACUGUAUGGACUCUGAUAAAACCACUUCUUCAGGCAGAGAAUUCCACAUCCUUAUUGUUCUUACGGUAAAAAAAAAACCUUUUCCUUUGCCUUAGACUAAAUCCUCUUUCUUCCAGUCUAAACACAUGACCUUGUGUCCUAUGUAAAGUCCUGUUUUUGUGUAGAUUUCCACACAAUGGUUUGUAUUCGCCCCGGAUAUAUUUGUAUAAUGUCCCCUCUGAGGUGACUUUUUUCUAAACUCAAGAGGUUUAAAUGUGUUAACCUUUCUUAAUAGCUGAUAUGUUUCGUUCCUUUUAUUAAUUCUGUAGCCCGCCUCUGCACUUUUUCUAGUGCCAUAAUAUCCUUCUUUAGAACAGGUGCCCAAAAUUGCACAGCAUAUUCAAGGUCUGAUCUUACCAGUCAUUUAUAAAGAGGCAAAAUGAUAUUCCCAUCCCAAAAAUGAAUGCUCCUUUUCAUGCAUGACAAUACCUCGCUGGCCUUAGCCACUGCUGAUUGACAUUGCACAUUGUUGCAUAGUUUGUCUAUAAUUCCCAUGUCCUUCUUGUGUGUUAUUACAAAUUCGCUUCCAUUUCCAAGGGUAUAAGUUGAUGGAGCAGUCUUUACACGGAAAUGCAUAACUUUGUACUUUAGUCUUUUUUCAACCUAGACUACUAUGUAACUAUGUAACCUCUGUGAUUUCAAUUCAUUUAAAAAAAAAAAAUGUGACACAAAUAUUGUGGGGGUGAAUUCCGGUUUUAAAGCUAAAACUUUGCAACAUUUGGGAAACUGAGAUUACAACUUUUAUAGUAGUCACAUAAUUAAAAACCACUACAUAAAAGUCCAUAUUUGUAGAAAGUACAUUUUUAUUCUAACCAUUUUAUCAUGAACUUAGGUGAAAAUAUUACAUUCUUUGUGUUUUCUUCAUAGACCACACAUGCCCCACUACUGUAAACCAUCCCAUAAUUGGAUUGUGCUACUGUUCUUGAUAACAAUGAUACCUCACAUGUAUAACUUUUCCCCUAAUCCAAGCCUUUAUCCUACCCAUAAUCUAAUCAUGUCUCUAAUCAAUCCCUUUAUCCCACAUCAGAAGGAUUUCCUCUGCUGGCAGCAAUUGUACAGAGGGUUCUGUGAGCACAAAAUCGUACUCUGGCUCCUUGGUACCAGCAGGGAUUUAACCCUGCUGGUAAUUUUAAUGCAUGAUGGCCUAUGCCAUUAACUGGUUCACUGCACUGAAUGACUGUAUAAACUGUCAUGGGGUCCUGAAGGACUUAAACUAGGUGGCAAUAAUGCUCCAAAUCACAGUUAAGUUCAUAGUUAUGUGCCGUUCUUACUACACAUGAACUUUAUAAUCCUCUUUAGUAAAAUGCACUAUCACCUAAAACUUCUUUCCACUGAUCAGUUUAACCCCUUAAGGACCAAACUUCUGGAAUAAAAGGGAAUCAUGACAUUUCACACAUGUCAUGUGUCCCUAAGGGGUUAAAACAAUUAUGCAAACAGAGAAAUGUUCUUAUCAUCUAGGGAUCCUAUCGUAAAUUUAGCUAGAAAUAUGUAGAGAUGGCAAUCUUGGAAUUGCAGUACAUUUUUAAAAAAAAUUCUUACAAGUUUAUACACUUAGGUUUAAAUAUCUGGGUCUCAGAGAGCAAGCAUUGCAUGGAACUAUCUCGGGGCAUUCAUAAGCAAAAUUCUGAACAUUGUCAACCAGAUUUAUACAUGUCUGGCUUUUGCAAUUCAGCUACCCUGUAGACAUAAAUGUCCGCAAGAUUUCAAGCUGUAUAGAUGCUGCCAGAAAUUUGAAAUCCACAAUUGAAUUAGUUUUUCAACAGAAUUCUUUGUAUCUAGAACCAAACGGGUUAGAAUUUGAAUAGUUUAGAAUUUGCUAGUGGUCAGUUGUGAAUAAGGUUAAGGAGAAGUUGUAACUAACACAAUUAUCAUGGCCAGCCCCUGGAAAAGAAUUAUCUCCAUAGUCAAGUAUUCCCUAAUAAUUAAAAUGCAAAAAAAGUAAUACAUAAAAGAGUAGUUUAAUCAUGUAUUGGCUGUCCAACUUCUCCAGAAUUAUCCCACAGCACCAAAUCUAAUGUUAAAGAAUACAAGACAUGUAUCUAUAUGUCCUUCCUGGUUAAUGUGAGGUUUGGGAGGGGUAGAUAUUGUGAAUUUUAGUGAGUUUUUCUGCAAAAGUAGUACUUUGAAACUUUACUUCCUCCUAGAAGAGAUGGUAAUAAUUAUUAUUAUUCAGUGUUUCAUCAGUAUGGAACCCUAAACUUUUUAUAGGAUUGGCAUGUGCGAAUUGCUAAAUUUAAGACAGACACUAGAUUGUGCUUAGUGCGGUGUGCUCAUUGUCACGAACACACCCUACUCCAAGAUUGCGCGUGACGUAGUUGUGGUUGUGAAAGGGUUAAAGUUCACUAUUUGUCUGCACUAGACCGGAAAUAAUGACAAAAUCCCCCUUUAACACCACCCACACUUAAACAUAAUAAUAUAACUAUUACUAUCUUAACGCUGCCACCACCAAGACAAUUUAUAAAUGGGGUGCCUUGGUCCCCCAGGUAAAUCAACAAUAAAACCCACCAAAUAUUACUUAGCACAAUAUUCAAGGAAUUACAAAAAUACUAACUAGUCUCUUCAGGUAACGUGAUUCUUAACCAGACAAAGGAAGAACUUAAUAAAUGAAUGUUUAUUAUAAAAAAAAUAGUCACAGUGCAUAUAACAAUAUAUGAUAAACAAAUUAUUUACACCAACAACAGAUAAAAACAAAAAGGAUAAAAUACAGAAGUCCUAAUUACUCACUUAGGUUUUCAAAGUACAACUUCUGUCCAGGGGGUCUCUGGCAAGGAAAGAUGGUGACUCACUCAAAAUUAGAUCUUGGCCCCAAGCAAGUAUACAAACACCCUUCAGAAUCACAGGAGAUAUACCCUGUGAAUUGCCACGCCUCAUCCAGGGGUGGAGCAAUAGGGAUACUAGGUGACCACCUCCUUUGUUCCAGAAACCAACAAGCCACAUAUGAACUUUUGGUUUUAUCUCCUCUACUGUACUUGCCACAGAAAUAAUAAUUGCCUCUAUGAAUUUGUUAUUGUUUUCCCAUUCCAAAGACAUGUUGCACGCCCCGCCCACGAUCCAAUAGGACAGACAUCACAAGUCCUGCCACACGGUUUAAGUUGUGCAACUCAUGUUUGGGCUUAAUUAAAAGAUUGGGCUUGUCCCAUUCCAAAUAUAAUACAAAUGAGGCUUAGUUAUUAACCUGUGGGUAAGUAUGAAUGUUUCACUUGGAUAAGAUACUGGAACACAAGGAUCUUCAUGAAACGAAUCCCAUUACCAUUUCAAAUGAUUGACCUAUCCUUUACAAGGUACAUGCCAAAUGGAUGAAGAGACAUUCAGACUUUUUCCAAGUGUAGAACCUUACACCUUGCAGAGCCUUGAUUACUUCACAUCCAUAGAGUAAAAUCCUUUUCACAUCCCUAUGCCAUUCACACUACCCCUUCUGUCAUCUGACCUCUGUGGGGGUCCCAGCUUCAAAAGAUGUAACCCCUGUUGACCUCAGCAAUAGCAUCUCUGUAAUUUGUGCCAUUUACUACACAAAUUACAUUAAAGGAUGAUAUUCCAUAGUGUAAUAAUAAAUUAUACACCCUUGCCGUGACACUCAUUGAGUGCAAAUCACAUGAUUUCGACAGGAUUUGCCUUUAGGAUGCGUGUGCAAAUUGCAAAUCUGGUGAAAAUACAGUGUUUUCCACAGAAAAAAACAAACAAACAAAAGCUACAGCGUCAAUCGAGCACUUUUUUCCCAAUCCCUCCCAAAUUUCUAGUGUACAGUAAAGUGUUCUUUGAACUUUCUAAGGGGACAGCACUUCCAAAUCAUUGUUUUCAUUUUCUAUCCAUUGUGCUUGAAGACAUAUCCAAAAAUAAAAAGGGUAUUGUCUUGGUCCAGAUUUGUGUGAUCUGUUUGUCUGUAAGAAAACACAGACCGCGACCUUCCAGCCCCCCUUUUCAGCCUAUAGUUUGUCACUUAGACCAACUUGUUCUCCGUAAUUAAUUUACACAAUUUGUUACCUCAGCAGCUUUCAACAUCGACCUUCACUCCAAUUUAAAAAUAGUUAAUUUCUUUAACUAAAAAGCCCUCUUUGAAUUCCCUGUUCAUUACAGUAUUUAACUAAAACGAUUCACCUCAAUUGAUCUUCACCUUGUUUCUCUGUAUCCUUUGACUCUGUUUUAAUUUGGGAAUUUUUUUUUUUCCUUCCGCACAGCAUUUCAUUAGCCCAAAUAAAUCAGCUGCUUGCUUUGCAAGCAUUAAAAUGCCACCUUGAACUUAUUUUCCUCCUUAUCUUUCACAAGGAAAUUUUCUAGAAUUUAAUUAAGCGCCGCUGUUGGAUAGAACAGAUUUGCACCUUUGCCGGAGUUAAUGUGUCAACUGCCAUGUUGGUAAAACAUUCUCUGCUUCAGAAAAACAGCUCACCUUAGGGACGAGACCAGAUCUGUUCUCAUAUUGACAUGAUUAAUGUGAUUGAGUUAGCAUACUUCUCUACUGUAGUUAACUUGGUGCAUUGUCUCCUUCAAAGUUUAGCUGACACACAGAUAUGUAACAACCUUCGCUUGAAAGUUCCAUGGAAAAAAACAAAGAGCACUAAUUGCCACUAUGGACAGCAUAGAUAAAGGACAAAAAUAAAGCUAUUCUACCAUCUGAAAAUAUAAUGAGCACUUUAAACUCUCUACGUAGUGGUGACAUUAAAAAAUUACACGUUUUAAAAGGUAUUUUAAAAGGAUGUUUUCGAACAUGACAUGAAGUGUUUUUUCACAAGAUAAUUUAAUGUUUAGAUUACUGAAAAAUAUGUAAUUACCCAUUAACUAGUUCAUUGAGGUUUCCAGCAAACCUUAGUGUGUGGACCGUCUACAUCCCAGGUUUUUAGUAGGGAUAAACCGAUGUCGUUUUUCCAGAGCCAAUCCCGGUACAGCUUACUGGUAGCUUUUCAGGCCAUUGCCGAUAACCGGUACCGUUAUUCUGUACAUUUAAAGUUUUGGAAAAAAGCAAAACAAUUUAUACACCAAUCUGGCAUUAACUGAACAUGGUCACAGCAAUCACACUCAUAUCACUCAGUCAGCAGCCCAGUACAUUACAGUAGAAGUAGAUUAUUCAGUCUCACCUCCAUGAAGUCAGCUGAGCUCUACAUUUGGGGUCUCACAGGGUGGUGUGACGUGGAGUCUCAUUGGCAGCUGGGGUUUUCGAUUUAUAAAAGAUGGUGCUGUAAAUUACAAGACUGAUACUGAUUAUUGGAAAUAUUCAGAAUAUCAGCUCUAAUAAUUGGAAGAAGAGAUUAUUGGUCUAUCCCUAGUAUUUAGUGUAAGGAAACCUGAUAUAUCCAAUACCCGUUCGGUAGUUUCCUCCCGAACGGCCAGAAUAGCAGUGAAUUAUAACUCUCCAUUCGACAAAAUAAAAUAAGCGAUUCCCAAGUAGAUUUCCUUAGAAAAGCAGACAGGUACCCAAACAUCAGCCGAAGUCUAGAUGAAGGGUAUAACAGAACUGAAGUUUAAUGAUGCCACACUGGCUUUUAUGCAAGUCCCCGUGCCAGGGGACCUCCCACAGGAACUGGGGUUAAUUUGGUUGCAUGAUGGGCCAGAUCCUUCAUCCGGCGUUAAAUGCUUCCCCAGCAUGACGGACCCGGCCCGUCAUCUGGCGUUAAGGGGUUAAUGGUGUACUUAGUUUUCAAACAUUUUGUUCUCCAUUUUGGUUCUAUUUUUGUAAAAUGAAUCAUGACCUGUUAUAUUUUCCCCAUGACUGUAUAUGUAUACUCACAUUUUAUGUGUGUGUUAUAUUUGUCUAUUCGUUCAUUUGGUGCGCACAUACUUUGUUGUUUUCUGAUCUUUAAGAUUUUUUUUUUCUAAGUCGCGCUUUUUAUGUAUGUUGCUGCCCACCAUUGAAUCAAUUGAUCUCCAGUCUCCCUUAUAUUUUAGACAUUUUUCUAGUUUUUUAGAUUUUUCGAUCACAUUUUAUUUAAUGUUGCAAAGUUUUUGUAAAUGUUAUUAAAAUAACACUUUGCAGUUUAUCAACAGGCUGUAGUGAUUAUGGUCCAUCUAAAAUAUUUCACUUUAGUCAUUUUCCAAUAAUACUGUGGUUAUAUAUCAUUUUAUUUUGUGUCUACUAUUCCUAUAUAUAAAGAUAUAAUAGAACAAAUAUAUAUUUAUAUUACCCUUCAUAAAAGAGAAACAAAUAGUAUAACCUAAGCUCUAUUAAUUCUAUACCAAAGUGAAUCUCGUGGUUUUUCAUUGCUGUGGUUUUGAAUGGGUUAAUCCACUUGACUUGUAAAAUAAAAUAAGGAAGAAAAAGAAGCAAUUAUGUCCUGAAAGGGAAAAUGAUUGAGAUGUAAUUUAAUCUCCUGCAGUGUUAAUUGAACUGGUACGUUUUUGUAUUUUGGUAUCCAGAAUCACUGCCUUGUAUUGAUAAUGCACGAACAUCCCCAGAAAUGGCUGCAUUUCUAACAUUUCUUUAUAGAUUAAAUAAACCCCGAAGAAUAGUGAAUGUAUCCUUAUUUGUUUAAUGUAAAGGGAAAAUGUGUUGAUUUUCAAUGGAAUGUUUUGAUGGGAUUGCAAAUGCAGAUUGGUCUCCGUAUAUUAUUAUUACUAUUGCUACUACUAGCAUUUAUUCGGCAGCACUGUGUAAUUGAGGAAAAAGACAGUACAAAAUAAAAAGACCAACACAAAGGGUAAGAAAGGCUGCGUCCGUGAUCUGAGAUCUAACCACUGAAGCUCUUUCAUACAAGGUACUUAGCUCAGUAGCCUGUGAGCUUACAAUCCAAAGGUUAACAUGGGGCGCUGAAACGAGGUAGCAAAAGGGAAUUGCAGCUACUGGUAAUGUGUAAAGAAAAUUAGGAGGUAAUUGAGUGAUAUCUGAAGCAACUGGCGAAGUGUGCUAUAAAGUUAUAAGGAACAUGGGUGGGCGGAAGGAGGGACGGAAUAUAUGUAAGAUGCUUGUCUCUUACCAGCCAAAUUCAUUCAACAGACACAAUUUAUGAGAGUACACGUCACAUCAUAUUUUCUUUUUUUUUACAGAAACUAUCAAGCAUUAUGGAUAAGAACGUUGUAUAAGAAGUAUUAAAUACAGGUGAUACUCGAAAAAUGUGAAUAUUGUGCAAAAGUUAAUUUAUUUCAGUAAUGCAUCGUAAAAGGGGAAACUAAUAUAUGAGAUAGACUCAUUACAUGUAAAGCAAGAUGGUUCAAGCCGUGAUUUGUCAUAAGUGUGAUGAUUAUGGCUUACAGCUCAUGAAAACCCCAAAUCCACAAUCUCAGUAAAUUAGAAUAUUACAUGCAAUCAAUAAAACAAGGAGUGUACAUAGAACAAUAUCGGACCUUUGAAAAGUAUUAGCAUGCACAUCGACUCAGUACUUGGUUUGUGCCCCUUUUGCAGCAAUUACUGCCUCAAUGCGGCGUGGCAUGGAAGCUAUCAGCCUGUGGCACUGCUGAGGUGUUAUGGAAGACCAGGAUGCUUCAAUAGCGGCCUUCGGCUCUUCUGCAUUGUUUGGUCUCCUGUCUCUCAUCUUUCUCUUGGCAAUGCCCCAUAGAUUCUCUAUGGGGUUCAGGUCAAGCAAGUUUGCUGGCCAAUCAAGCACAGUAAUCCCACGGUCAUUGAACCAGGUUUUGGUGCUUUUGGCAAUGUGGGCAGGUGCCAAGUCCUGCUGGAAAAUGAAGUCUGCAUCCCCAUAAAGCUAGUCUGUGGAAUGAAGCAUGAAGUGCUCCAAAAUCUCCUGGUAGAUGGCUGCGUUGACCCUGGUCUUUAUGAAGCACACUGGACCAACACCAGCAGAUAACAUGGCUCCCCAAAUCAACACUCCAAGACUGUGGAAACUUCACACUGGACGUCAAGCAUCUUUCAGUGUGUGCUUCUCCAUUCUUCCUCUAGUCUCUGGGUCCUUGGUUUCCAAAUGAGAUGGAAAAGUUGCUCUCAUCAGAAAAGAUGACUUUGGACCACUGAGCAACAGACCAGGUCUGUUUUUCUUUAGCCCAGGUAAGACGCUUCUGACGUUGUUUGUUGUUCAGGUGCGGCUUGACAAGAGGAAAACUACAUCUGAAGCCCAUGUCCAGGAUCCAUCUGUGUGUGGUGGCUCUUGAUGCACUGACUCCAGCCUCAGUCCACUCCUUGUAAAAGUCCCCAACACUUUUGAAUGGCCUUUUCCUGACAAUCCUCUCAAGGCUGCGGUCAGCCCUGCUGCUUGUGCACCUUUUUCUUCCACACUUUUCCCUUCCACAUAACUUUCUAUUAAUGUGCUUUGGGAACAUCCAACUUCCUUCACAAUUACCUUUUGAUACUUACCCUCCUUAUGGAGGGUGUCAAUGAUGGUUUUUUGCACAACUGUCAGGUCAGCCGUCUUCCCCACGAUUGUGAUUCCUAUUGAACCAGACUGAGAGAUCAUUUAAAGGCUCAGAAACUCUUUGCAGGUGUUAUGGCUUACUUAGCUGAUUAGCGUGGGACACUGUGAGCCUAGAAUAUUGCACCUUUUCAUAAUAAUCUAAUUUACUGAGAUUGUGGAUUUGGGGUUUUCAUGAGCUGUAAGCCAUAAUCAUCGCACUUAUGACAAAUCACUGCUUGAACAAUCUUGCUUUGCAUGUAUUGCAUCUAUCUCAUAUAUUAGUUUCCCCUUUUACGUUGCAUUACUUAAAAAAAUGAACUUUUGCACAGUAUUCAAAUUUUUCGAGUAUCACCUGUAUAUUUUUAUAUGCAGUGUCAAGUACACACCUAUAUCAAGUACAGACAUAAGAUGGCGAAAUUAGGUAAACAAAACUACUUUUUUUUUUUGCUGUGUGAAUUACCACCAGCUGAUCUGUUGGAAAGAAGGCAAUCACCGCUCAGGAAGUAAAUUUGUCAGAAGAACAGUAAAACGGUUUAAAAUUAAGUAAGGAAAUCGUGAAUGCCUCUGUCUCGUAAGGAAAAAGACAGAUCUCCUUAAAAUAUCUGAAUCAAAUUGACUGUAUGUUAAAGCAAACGCUAACAGAAUAAGUAGUGUUGUGGAAAGUACCAAAAUUAAAAUGAAUUUUUUAAAAAUAUUUUUCAUAAUAUUAAUUCAUUUAAAAAGUUUAUCCAGAAAUAUGUUAUCAUUAGGAAAGCUUAUCUAGCCCUUUUAAACUGAAACUUGGCGGUCACGGUGUAAUAUCGGUUUAUACAGCGAUCCAAAAUUACAGACAACGUUUCGAUAUGGUGCAUGUCUUUGUCAGGCCACUGCUGGUCAUAGACAUACACAGUGUUGAAACGUUGUCUGCCUUUUUGGAUGACUGAAUAAACUGAUAUUACACAAUAAUUGCAGAGUCCUGAAGUCCUUUUUAUGUUGUGGCUCCUUUGGAGCAUGGGUUUUGACCUACGGCACAGGUUACACUAUUAUUUUCCACCAGGACAUUUGCUACAUAUUGAACUUUAUUGUUGGGAGACUAGUCCCAAUAGUCCCAACCGCAAAAGGCAUAAUAUCAGAUGAUUAUUUGUCAGGCAGGUUUUACUAGGAUACUUGUGUAUAAUUAUUUCGUAAUUUUACAUUAAGACUGUGCAUUGUUAUUAUAUCGAGUUUUAUUACAGAUGAUUUUACAAGCAGCAUUAUAUUGAGGCUGUUUAUUAUUUUUGUGAUCUUAAUAGCUUUCAAUAAAGGAUGCGUUAACCUGUUUGCUGCGCUUCCUCAAACUUUUUUCUUACUUUUCGUUUUACUAAUAUUGGGGAGACAAGGGACAAGCUGCAACUAAACCCCUCUUCCCCCUUUUUAUUUCUUUUCCCCCUCAAGUAUGGUCCAAGUAGUUUUGCAGCUUCCUACACCUCGUACAUAUGGCACAGGUCUAAAAAUUGGUUUUCUAAAAAUAGUGCCACACACGCAUACUUAAGGGGACACUAUAGUCACCAAAACCACCACAGCUUAAUGUACUGGUUCUGGUGCCUAUAUCAUGUCCCUGCAGUUUUAGAAAUGAAAACACUGCCUUUUCAGAGAAAAGGCAGUGUUUACAUUGUUGCCUAGUAACGCCUCUUGUGGCAGUCACUCAGAUGGCCACUAGAGAUGCUUGAUAUUUCAGUGCAUAACACUCCCCAUAAAGAUGCAUUGAUUAGUUUUGCAGUGUAGCGGAUGGCAUGGGACUGUCCGCCAGGAUUAUAUUUUAAAAGACUGUUCGUGUAUUUAACUGACUGUAUAUUAAAAAUUGCAUGCUUAUUCGUAUGUUGGUUCAGUAGUUUCAUUCAUAGUUCAUAUGAAUGGAAACUACCGAAUCCAUAGACCACCUCAGAGAGAAGUGUGCACCUCGUUAAACCUUUCUCACUUCUCUAACAGCAGUUAAUUGGUGUUAUAUUGCCGUAUCUGGGUGGCCGCCGUUCGGUAGACGAACACGUGGCGGCGGCCAUCUUACGCACGAACUCUCGGCGGUGUUUAUAAAUAAACAAAAUAUAUUUCCUUUUCAAGAAAUAUAUACAGGUGGAUUGGCGCUAUUAAUAAAGUUGAGAACAGCAACUACCCCCAAGUGCCAAAUAAAUCACCAAAGGCACUAUACAAGUACAUAAAAGUGAAAAAGAAAGAACGGAAGGGGGGUGCUCAAAGAUAGUAAUACAAUAUUAUACUUAUAUCAGUACAUCAAUAAUUCGAUCAGUGUCUUACUGGAUCAAUCUAGGAGAGAUAGACAAAAUGUACAUAGCAUAAUACUGUAAAAGGGAAUUGUACAUCAACAGUACAUAGGUAAUGGGUCACUCACGAUCUAUAGAGCCUUAAAGGACCACUCUAGGCACCCAGACCACUUCAGCUUAAUGAAGUGGUCUGGGUGCCAGGUCCUUCUAGGGUUAACCCAUUUUUUCAUAAUUAUAGCAGUUUCAGAGAAACUGCUAUAAUUAUGAAUGGGUUAAGCCUUCCCCCUAAUCCUCUAGUGGCUGUCUUAUUGACAGCCACUAGAGGCGCUUGCGUGCUUCUCACUGUGAAAAUCACAGUGAGAGCACGCCAGCGUCCAUAGGAAAGCAUUGUAAAUGCUUUCCUAUGAGACCGGCUGAAUGCGCGCGCAGCUCUUGCCGCGCGUGCGCAUUCAGCCGGCGGGGCGUAACGGAGGCGGAGAGGAGGAGGAGAGCUCUCCGCCCAGCGCUGGAAAAAGGUAAGUUUUUACCCCUUUCCCCUUCCAGAGCCGGGCGGGAGGGGGUCCCUGAGGGUGGGGGCACCCUCAGGGCACUAUAGUGCCAGGAAAACGAGUAUGUUUUCCUGGCACUAUAGUGGUCCUUUAAAUAGCAGGCUCUAACUGUAAUGGCUUGUCAAGCUUAUCAGGCAAUCUGCUUUUCCCAGCUGUGUUGGCUUAAAAUUCCUCCGGGUACUCUUUCAAUCAUACCACAACUAUUGUAGCCAAGUGGGUAAGAAUAUGAAGAGAUUUAUUACAAUAUAAAAUAAAAUAAAAUAAAAAUAUACAGGGCACAACGCUGAUGAUGCCAAAUGUGUAUUUGGCGUCAACACAGCUGGGAAAAGCAGAUUGCCUGAUAAGCUUGACAAGCCAUUACAGUUAGAGCCUGCUAUUUAAGGCUCUAUAGAUCGUGAGUGACCCAUUACCUAUGUACUGUUGAUGUACAAUUCCUUUUUACAGUAUUAUACUAUGUACAUUUUGUCUAUCUCUCCUAGACUAUCUUUGAGCACCCCCCUUCCGUUCUUUCUUUUUCACUUUUAUGUCUCAGCGGUGUUUUGUCGUCGAGAGUCUGGAACUCAAAUCGGACACUCAAUUGCCCGAACACCGCUGAGACCUCCAGAGCUCCAGAACUCACGAACGGAGGGGCCAAUCGACUCCUUGUUCGGGGAAUUCAAUCUACCAAACAAGGGGAGAACUCACGAACGGAGGGGCCAAUCGACUCCUCGUUCGGGGAAUUCAAUCUACCAAACAAGGGGGUUCAUGCGAACGCUGUAUUAUGUAUGGAUGGCAAGGAUUUAUAACUGUUUUACCUCCCGAACGUAGACAGACCGCAAGGCCAAAACACAUGGAACUCUUUUCGGCUACAUAGUCGUGUGCGGUCGGUCAAAUCGUUUAUUCCCCAUAACUCCCGAACCCCUGGUCUGAUCUGGGUGAAUUUUGAGUAUGUUGGUCACCCAGACCAGAGCUACCAGGGGAUGCCACUUAAGUCCUUGUACCCCACAGUUUUGGGGUACAUCCAAGAUACAGGGAAAAAGGUACCAGGAUUAAGUGGAUUAAGUGUCACACUGAGGGGAGGGAAAGUAGGGGAGGGAACCUCUGUAUGAUUGGUUACUGUCCUAAUUACUGGAAAUCCCUCCCUUGCAUGGGAGAAUCCUUUAUAAGGAACUGCUGUGAAUAAAAAUUUAGUUCUGCUCCUGAUGCUGUGUGUCGUCCAGUCAUUGGGAUUGCGAUUGGGAUAUUGUUGGAGUCUUUUUUGCCUGUUAGAAAUAUUACUCUGUGGAUUUAUUAUACUUGUUCCUGAGCCUUACUGGGAUCCAAAGUGGAGAUAGGCUGUGUAAUACCAGCUCUCCGCUACAUUGGUUGUCAGCGCUGGAAUCCAGACUCACAAGGGAACAAGGACUAAUGGAAUAUGGAUGGAGAGUUAUUUUGCUAAGCUAAAAAAAAGAUCAACGCUAAAAGAUCUCCUAGAAGCAAAAGAUAUUGCAGCAAGCAACAAAAGAAAAGCAACCCUAAUUGCAGAGGUGAUGGCAGAAUACCAAAACGAGGACAGGGCAAUCCCUGAACAGCAGAGUUCAGCAGAUGGAUCUGAACAAGAAGAGUUUCAAAGGCAGCUGCAGUUUAGGCUGUCCUUUUAUGGAGAGAACCCAACGGCGGAUAUUAUAUCCAGGACAAUGACCGAGGUGCAGGAGCUUAUACUACGCCAAAGACCACUACAAAACGCAGAGAGGAAUACAACCACAACUACCAUCACACAGGGUAAGGCAAAAAUACCUUACCAAGCAUUUAAAACAUAUGUAGAGGCAGAGGAGGACAUAGAUGCAUUUCUCCAAGAUUUUGAGAGACUGUGUGCAUAAUAUUAGUCCAGAAGAGUGGGUACCUAUUCUGGCAGGUAGGCUCACUGGGAAGGCCGCUGAGGCGUACCGAACUGUACCAGAUGAGAUUCGGAACUACCACAGGGUAAAAGAGGUGAUCCUGGCCCAAUAUGCCAUCACUCCAGAGGCAUACCGGCGGCGAUUUAGAGAGUUGAAAAGAAAUGACUCUCAUGUGGAAUGGGCUUGCAAGCUACACCGGGCCGCUCUCGGAUGGGUACAUGCAAAUAAAGCUCGGUCCAUGAAGGACUUGUUACAAAUGUUGUUAUUGGAACAAUUCUAUGAGGGCAUCCAGAAUGAGGUACCGGUGAGAGACCGCAAUCCAACCUCCCUCACAGAGGCAGCUAAAAAGGCGGAUUAGAGGGGAAAGCAGUCCAGGGUCUUCGCGACUUGGGGGCCACCAUCACCCUGGUCAAAAGUCACCUGGUACCUGACCAGGCCAAGACCAGCAGAACAGUAGCCGUAAGGGUAGCCGGGGGAGCAGUAUACCGGCUACCCACCGCCCGGGUACAUUUGCAUUGGGGAGCGGGGUUUGGGAAUGUGGAAGUGGGGUUGAUGCCCCAACUGCCGGCGGGGGUUUUGUUGGGGAAUGAUCUGGGCAAACUUACUUCUGCUUUUGAGCCCCAGGCUCCCACAACCGGAGAGGCACACCCAGUGGUUACACGACAACAGGCCCGCACCCAGGACUACAACACACUCCCGGAGGUCCAGGUAAGAGAUCCUUCCCCUACCUUAGAGUGUAUUCCCUGGGCUCCUCCUACCGAAUUUGCGGCCGAAGUAAUCACUGACCCCACAUUACAGGUCUAUAGAGACAAAGUCACCUCAGACCAACCUGGGGGGGGAGGGCGAAAGAUUUGUAUGGGAUAACCAGUUGCUGUAUAGGGAGUUUGACAAACAGGUAGCUGGGCCAGACCCUAUUGUUAUGAGGCAGCUAGUGGUACCACAACGGUACCGAGCGGAAUCACUCCGGAUAGCGCACGAUAUUCCGCUAUCCAGACAUUUGGGGGUCAGUCGCAAACGGCACCGACUGACCCAGAGUUUCUUUUGGCCGGGAGUUAGUCAGGAAGUCCGCAGAUACUGUAAUACGUGUGACACGUGUCAACGAGUGGGAAAGAGAGGGGACCGGCGGAAGGCAAAACUGCACCCGCUACCCAUAAUUGAGGAGCUGUUCAGUAGAGUAGCGGUAGAUUUAAUAGGCCCCCUACAGAGACCCAGCCCCUCUGGGAAAAAGUAUAUUUUAACUGUAGUGGAUUAUGCCACCCAAUAUCCAGAGGCGAUUGCACUGACUAAUAUACAUGUGGAGACCGUGGCUGUGGCCCUGAUGCAGAUUUUCUUGCAGAUGGGGUUACCCAGGGAGAUCAUCUCGGAUCAGGGCACACAGUUCACUGCGGAAGUCACCCAAAGCCUCUGGAAAUUCUGUGACAUCAAACCAAUAAUUAGCGCCCCAUAUCAUCCCCAGACCAAUGGGCUAUGCGAAAGGUUCAAUGGGACAUUGAAACAAAUGCUCCGAACCUUCACAGACACCCAUAGGGACUGGGAGCGAUUCCUGCCCCAUCUCCUGUUUGCAUACAGGGAGGUGCCGCAGGAGUCGACCGGGUUCUCCUCAUUCGAAUUGCUGUUCGGAUGGAGAAUAAGGGGGCCCCUUGACCUGAUUAGGGAACACUAGGAGGGAAACCGGAGCACAGACGGUACCCCCAUCAUACUCUAUGUGCUGGUGUUUCGAGAUCGUCUGGAAGCAUUAACGAAAUCGGUACGGGAGAACCUACAGGCGGUUUAGACGCGCCAACGCACGUGGUAUGAUAGGGGCGCCAGGGACCGUAGCUUUCAGGUUGGGCAGAAGAUUCUAAUUUUGAAACCUGUCCGACAUGAUAAGCUACAGGCCUCCUAGCAGGGCCCUUAUAAGGUGAUGGAGCAAAGAUGCGACACCACGUAUAUAAUUGGCGCCUGCGCAGGAACUGGUGGGCGACGCAUGAUCCAUGUGAACAUGAUUAAGCCCUACCCGGAAUGUUCAGAGGAGGUAACAGCCAACCUGCCUCUCCCCGAUCUACUGGGAGACGGUAGGCUGUCCAGGGAUUUGGGGGAAGUUACUCUGGGGGAUCGGCUGAGCACACAGGAGCGCACCGAGGUACAACAGUUAUUAAGGGAGAAACAGGACACAUUCUCCAAUGUACCUGGGUACACUCCUUUGGCCACUCACAGGGUAGAGACCCCCCUUCCCAUGCGGCAAACACCUUACCGCAUCCCUGAGGCGGUAAGGGAGAGCAUGCACAAGGAGAUUGAGGAGAUGCUCCAAAUGGGGGUGAUUGAACAGUCAGCCCCUGGGCCUCCCCUGUAGUUCUCGUACCCAAGCGAGAUGGCACGACUCGCUUCUGCGUGGAAUACCGGAGGUUAAAUGAAAAAAACUGUAUCUGACGCCUACCCUAUGCCCCGGAUAGAGGAAUUGUUAGACCGGCUGGCCAGGGGCCAAUACCUCACGACCAUUGAUCUCUGUAAGGGGUAUUGGCAGAUUCCCCUGGCCCCAGAUGCCAUUCCUAAGUCCGCCUUUAUCACCCCAUUCGGCUUAUACCAAUUUAAGGUAAUGCCGUUUGGGAUGAAAAACGCACCCGCCACCUUCCAGAGGAUGGUGGUCCGACUCCUAGAUGUAUUUCAGGAUUACACCUGUGCUUAUUUAGACGACAUUGCUAUCUUUAGCAAUACCUGGCAGGAACAUCUGGCCCACAUAGGAGCGGUGUUAGAUAGAAUCCGAGAAGCCGGAUUAACCUUGAAACCUGCUAAAUGCAGCAUAGGUAUGGCUGAGGUACAGUACCUCAGACACAGAAUAGGGUGAGGGAAGCAGAAGCCUGAACCCGCAUAGGUAAAGGCCGUAGCACAAUGGCCGACCCCCAGGACAAAGACCCAAGUACUUGCUUUUCUAGGGACCGCCGGGUAUUACAGAAAGUUUGUACCAAACUAUAGCGCCCUGGCCAAACCCCUUACUGACCUUACCCGCAAAAACCUGCCCCGCCAAGUAACCUGGACCCCGGAGUGUGAGCAGGCAUUCCAACUGUUGAAAGAUGCACUUAUCAAUGCCACUGUCUUGGCAGCUCCCAAUCCAACUAAACGUUUUCUUUUUCACACAGACGCUUCUAUGUUUGGAUUGGGGGCAGUAUUAAGCCAAGUCGGGGCCGAUGGCAGAGAACACCAGGUAGCCUACAUCAGUCAGAAACUGCUACCCAGAGAAGUGAGCUACGCCGCCAUCGAGAAGGAGUGCCUGGCUGUGGUGUUGGCCUUAAAGAAGUUGCAACCCUAUUUGUACGGACAGUCCUUCUCCCUGCUCACGGAUCACAACCCGUUGGUAUGGUUAAACCGGGUGGCGGGGGACAAUGCCCAGCUGUUGCGCUGGAGUUUGGCGCUACAGGCAGUUGACUUUAACAUCCAGUACCGCCCGGGAAAACAGAAUGGCAACACCGACAGGUUGUCCAGACAAACUGAACUUGAAAAAUGAUCCGUGAGCCGUCCGGACUUCCCCAAGCCGAUCCGUGUUGGAUCAGACUGUGUAUGCCAUCUUGUGGACAAGGGGGAGCAGUGUAGCUGAUGGCAUGGGACUGUCCGCCAGGAUUAUAUUUUAAAAGACUGUUCGUGUAUUUAACUGACUGUAUAUUAAAAAUUGCAUGCUUAUUCGUAUGUUGGAUCUGUAGUUUCAUUCAUAGUUCAUACGAAUGGAAACUACCGAAUCCAUAGACCACCUCAGAGAGAAGUGUGCACCUUGUUAAACCUUUCUCACUUCUCUAACCGCAGUUAAUUGGUGUUAUAUUGCCGUAUCUGGGUGGCCGCCAUUCGAUAGACGAAAACGUGGCGGCGGCCAUCUUACGCACGAACUCUCAGCGGUGUUUGGUCGUCGAGUGUCUGGAACUCAAAUCGGACACUCAAUUGCCCGAACACCGCCGAGACCUCCAGAGCUCCAGAACUCACGAACGGAGGGGCCAAUCGACUCCUCGUUCGGUGAAUUCAAUCUAUCGAACAAGGGGGUUCAUGCGAAUGCUGUAUUAUCUAUGGAUGGCAAGGAUUUAUAACUGUUUUACCUCCCGAACGUAGACAGACCGCAAGGCCAAAACACAUGGAACUCUUUUCGGUUACAUAGUCGUGUGCGGUCGGUCAAAUCGUUUAUUCCCCAUAACUCCCGAACCCCUGGUCUGAUCUGGGUGAAUUUUGAGUAUGUUGGUCACCCAGACCAGAGCUACCAGGGGAUGCCACUUAAGUCCUUGUACCCCACAGUUUUGGGGUACAUCCAAGAAACAGGGAAAAAGGUACCAGGAUUAAGUGUCACACUGAGGGGAGGGAAAGUAGGGGAGGGAACCUCUGUAUGAUUGGUUACUGUCCUAAUUACUGGAAAUCCCUCCCUUGCAUGGGAGAAUCCUUUAUAAGGAACUGCUGUGAAUAAAAGUUUAGUUCAGCUCCUGAUGCUGUGUGUCGUCCAGUCAUUGGGAUUGCGAUUGGGAUAUUGUUGGAGUCUUUUUUGCCUGUUAGAAAUAUUACUCUGUGGAUUUAUUAUACUUGUUCCUGAGCCUUACUGGGAUCCAAAGUGGCGAUAGGCUGUGUAAUACCAGCUCUCCGCUACAUGCAGCACAUUUUUAAAAUAGGAAAACAUUGGACCAGUGAGACGAUGGAGAAAAGAUACAUUAAAAAUAUUUUUACUCUAUUAUUGGGGGGAGUGAGGUAGGCAGUAAUCUAAAUAGCUACUGCAGCACUAUAGUGUUGGGAACAGGGCUGGACUGGGAAAAGAAUUCAGCCCGGGCAUUUUUUAAUCACAGCGGCCCACUGAAAAAGGGGCGGGCCAGAUAGGGUGUGUUUUGUCAUCCCCUAUGGCAAGCACACCCCAUCUCAUAGUGAGCAUGUUGAUUCAAUGCUCUUCCAGGGCAGACCAUGUGCAGAGCUCUGCUGAAGAGCUCUAGCAUGAGAAAAGGGCCCUGUAUUUGUUCUGCACAGCGCAAUCAAAUUUAAUAACAUGCUUGAAACUUCUCAGGUGUGUAGCGGAUGGCCAUGAGCUGCCCUGGGACUUACAUUAUGUUUAACCUGUAUUCGUCUAUUUGCUAAAUGUCCAUGCAGUAAGGGAAUGUAUUCGUGUAAAGUAGCUAAGUUCUAUGUGUAAAAUGUAUUGGAUUCGUCUGAAUGUAAGGUAGUUUCAUUCCCUUAGUUUGUUCGAAUUAAACUACCGAACAGUCAGACCUCCCUGUGUGAAGUAUGCCUUCAAUUACCCGUUGCAACAUUGUUGCGAACGGGUAAUUGACAAGCUGUGUAGCAAUCCUUUGUUCUCAGGGGUGGCCGCCAUUCGAGAAACGAACAUGUGGCAGCGGCCAUCUUAACCUCCCGAACAGCAGUGUUUUGCCGUCGAGUGUCUGGAACUAAAAACGGACACUCGAUUAGGUUAUCACCGCUGAGACACCUCCAUCAGCCCUGGUCCGUUCGGUUCCAAACUACCGAACGGCCCCUCGUUCGGUAGGCAUAAUCAACCGAACGAGGGGAUUCAGGCAAACCCUCCCAAGCCUCUAUAGCUGGAGGCUUUCAGGUACUGCAUUCGCCUUUUCCAGGACCGACCGCAGGGCCCCAUCGCAUGGAGCCCAAUUCAGCUAGUUCAUCCAGCACGGUCGGUCAUUUUAUUCCUGUAGCGUUACUUACCUUAACCGGGGGCCGGUCGCGGUCCUCUCUUCAAGCCACGCGCGGUCCUGCGGCUGCACGAGCCGCGCGCGGCUCAUCCAACUGCUUUGGAUGGAAGGCGGGCAGUGACCGCGUGAGGCGGUCACGUGUCCCGCCUGAAACUAAGAGCGCGCCGCGAGUCUCGGGCGCGCUCUUAAAGAGACAGUGGGAGCCUAAUUGCCAAAAGGCUCCCAUUGGCUCCUGUCAUACCACACUCCCUGUACAAUUACCUAUAGGGGGUGUGGAAGUGACAGGAGCCAAUCACUUUCGUUUUAAAGCUAUUUAAACUUACCUUUUUCCCUUAGCUCGUUGCCCUAUCGUGGUUUCUGUUUCAGUUCCCUUUAGCGCUUGUGGUGUUCAGUUGUGUUUUCUCGUAUUGACUUUGGCUUCGUAUUCUGACUUCGUUUUCGCUUUAUCCUUAUCUGUACUGUUUGCCGGCUUGCUGUUUUCCGUGUACCAGACCCGGCUUGUCCUAGUUUACGCUGUCUCUCUGUGCCCUUGACCUCGGUUUGUUCCUGGCUCUGUCUCCUCUCAUAUACGUCGAGUCCGGCCAUUCUAAGGUCCGGUAGACGUAUCUCUCCUCUGUAUUUGCCUCUGUUUAGCUGGAUCCUGCGUGUAGGGGUAUAUUCUCGUUACAUUACGAUAGGGCCAUGGACCCCGCAGAUUUAGCUCAACAGAUGGCGUCCCAUGAGGCAAGAUUUGUAGAGCAGGAUCACCGUAUGGAUCAAAUAGCUCAGGCUCUCCAGACGCUCCUGGCUAGAACCGUUCCAGCAACUACACCUAACCCUCCUACGCCCCUUCUCCCUGAAGUAUCUACUUUGCCUAAUACUUCGGCCCAUUUAACACCUCCUCCUAGGUAUGGAGUGGACUCUAAGACUUGCAGAUGGUUUAUUAAUCAGAUUGAAUUUCACUUCGAAAUGUAUCCACGUUCAUUUCCCACAGAGAGGUCUAAGGUUGGGUUCUUUAUGCACCAACUUACCGAUAAGGCACUUGAGUGGGCAAAUCCUAUUUGGGAAGCUAAUGGACCUAUGGUACAUGAUUUCAACAGUUUUCUUACGGCUUUUCGUAGAACUUUUGACACAAUGAAAAGGUCAAAGAAUGCCGCGAGAGCAUUAAUGAGAAUUAAACAGGGUUCUAGGUCUGUGGCUGAUUAUGCUAUUCAGUUUAGCACUCUUGCUUCGCAGGUAGAUUGGACCAACAAUGGGUUAACUACUGCCUUUAUGGAAGGUUUGUCAGAUACGAUAUUGGAUGAGGUAGCAGCUAAGGAGCUUCCUAUUGCCUUAGAGGACCUUAUCGAUUACCUCAUUGAUAUUGAUAAUAGAAUUCGUGACAGGCUCUAUACCAAGAACAGGAAUAGACGUUUUGUUACACCCAUUAACCCCAGAGUUAAUAUACCAGAGAGUGUUAAAGUGUCUGAGGAGGAACCUAUGCAAUUAGGGGUUGCCAAACUCUCUGAUACUGAGAAAUUACAUAGGAGAAGGGAGGGACUCUGCCUAUACUGUGGUAGGAGAGACCAUAUGGUAAAGGAAUGUCCUUUACUCCCGGAAAACUCUCGCACCUAAGACCUUAUAGGGGACUGGCCUUGGGUGUGAUAUCUAAGUCUCCUAAAUUGCCUCCUAACCGCUUGCUUCUCCCGGUUUCUUUAUAUAUGGGAGAGAUUUGUAUAGUUGACAACAUAUAUGCUCUGGUUGACUCUGGGGCAGCUGAAAAUUUUAUAGACUCUGGCUUUAUAAAGAGAAACAACAUUCCCAUCAGAGAGAAGGAGAUACCCUUGGCCGUUGAGGCCAUAGAUGGUAGACCAUUAAGUUCUCCAGUUGUUACUCAUGAGACUGUACCAUUACACAUGUACACAGGGGUUUUACACUAUGAAACCAUUCGAUUCCAGGUCAUCACCUCUCCCUCUUCACAGUUAGUAUUAGGGUAUCCAUGGUUACGUGCUCACAAUCCCAUUUUUGACUGGGAGACAGGGCAAAUAAAAUCAUGGAGUGAGGCCUGCCACGAGUCUUGUACGUUGGAAGUCACACCUUUGAAUUCUAUUGAGGUACCUACCAGUCCUCCUUUGUCUACGGUUAUACCCCCUCAGUACUUAUCUCUAAAGACUGUUUUCGAUAAAAGGGAGGCUGAGAAAUUACCGCCUCACAGACCCUAUGAUUGCGCUAUUGACUUGUUGCCUGGCACUAUACCUCCAAAGGGCAGGGUGUACCCCUUAUCGGUUCAAGAAAACCGUGUCAUGGAGGAGUACAUCAAGGAAUCACUAGAAAAAGGGUUUAUUAGGAGAUCCUCUUCUCCAGCUGGAGCAGGGUUCUUCUUUGUAUCGAAGAAAGAAGGUGAUUUAAGACCGUGUAUAGAUUAUAGAGGUCUAAACAAAAUCACUAUCAAAAAUGCAUACCCUAUAACUUUGAUUACAGAAUUAUUUGACAGGCUGAAACAUGCCACUGUGUUCACUAAAUUAGACCUUAGGAGUGCAUACAAUUUGAUACGUAUAAAGGAAAAUCACGAAUGGAAGACUGCAUUCAACACUAGAUCCGGUCAUUACGAAUAUACUGUUAUGCCAUUUGGGCUUUGCAAUGCCCCAGCAGUAUUCCAAGAAUUUAUUAAUGAUGUCUUAAGAGAUUUUAUUCACACAUUUGUUAUCGUAUACUUGGACGACAUUUUAAUAUAUUCUACAGAUAUAUACACUCAUCACAGACAUGUUACGACAGUUUUGAAGACCCUUCUUGCUAAUGGUCUUUAUUGCAAGCUAGAGAAAUGUCUGUUUGACCAAACCGAAGUCCAGUUCUUGGGGUAUUUGAUUUCCGCUAAAGGUUUUCGUAUGGAUCCCCAGAAGCUAGCUGCUGUAAUAGAAUGGCCUCUACCGCAAGGUCUGAAAGCUAUUCAGCGUUUUCUUGGGUUCUCCAAUUAUUAUAGACGUUUUAUCAAAGGUUUCUCGUCCAUUGUAGCACCUAUUACCCGUAUGACUAAAAAGGAUGGCAAUACUCGUGUUUGGUCUACCGAGGCACUUCAGACUUUUGAAUUUCUUAAAACUACGUUCGCCUCUGCACCUAUUUUACAGCAUCCUGUCCCCUCACUGCCCUAUAUUCUUGAAGUUGAUGCUUCGGAUAUUGGGGUAGGUGCUGUCUUAUCCCAAAGAGAGUCGCCUGAGAAGCCAUUGCAUCCAUGCGGCUUCUUUUCUAAACAAAUGUCCAAAGCAGAGAAAAAUUAUGAUGUGGGUAAUCGCGAACUCCUUGCUAUUAUUUUAGCACUUAAAGAGUGGAGACAUUUGUUAGAAGGAACUAAGGAUCCUAUCCUCAUUUUUACGGAUCACAAGAACCUAUCCUACCUUAGCGAAGCCAAAAGAUUGUCUUCCAGGCAGGCUAGGUGGUCACUAUUUUUGUCCCGUUUCAAUUUUAUUAUCACCUAUAGGCCAGGUGAUCGCAACACUAAAGCAGACGCUCUGUCCAGACAGUUCGAAACUACUGACAAACAGGAGAUUGAUGUUACUCCUGUCAUUCCCCAGACAGGAUAAUAGCUACUACUAUUUUGUCUAUUUCCUCGUCCCUCUUGCAGGCCAUACAAGCGAAACAAAGCAUGGCACCUAGCGAGAGGCCUAAUGAUAAACUGUUCGUUGAUGUUCCUGAGAGACGGGAUAUUAUGUCAUUAUAUCAUGAUACUAAGACCGCUGGACAUCCUGGUAUUUCCAAAACGGUGUCAGCUGUUUCUCGGUAUUUUUGGUGGGAUUCCUUACGAAAGGAUGUCACUGACUAUAUAAGUGCUUGUGCCUGUAUGAAAUCCUCCCGUAGAGUUCCUUGUGGGCUGUUGCAUCCGUUAUCCGUUCCCGAGAUACCUUGGUCUAACCUGUCCAUGGAUUUUAUUGUUGAAUUACCCCCUUCAAAUGGUAACACAGUGAUCCUGAUGAUAGUGGAUCGGUUCUCCAAAAUGGCUCACUUCGUGUCUCUUCGCAAGUUGCCCACAUCCAAGGAACUGGCUCAUAUCUUCGCUAGAGAAGUAUUUCGAUUACAUGGGAUUCCCGUAUCUAUUGUAUCCGAUAGGGGUAGCCAAUUUAUUUCCAGGUUCUGGAGGGCCUUUUGUUCAGAAAUGGGUAUUUCUCUCUCAUUUUCUUCCGCUUAUCAUCCCCAGUCUAAUGGGGCUGCUGAACGUGCCAACCAGUCUCUGGAGCAAUACCUCCGUUGUUUUGUGUCUCACCAUCAGGACAAUUGGUCUGACCUGCUUCCUUGGGCUGAAUUUGCUCGGAAUAACGCCACUCAUGAUUCUUCCGGCAAGAGCCCUUUUUACGUUGUCUAUGGCCAGCAUCCCGUUGUUCUUCCGGCUGCAUUCUCCUCACAGGGCAUGCCAGUUCUGGAUGAGCAUUUGGCUGGUUUGCGUAAUACUUGGGAGCAGGUUCAGCGUUCUUUGGUGGACUCUGCUACUCGCCAGAAGGCUCAGGCUGACAAGCAUCGCAGAGCAGCUCCGUCCUAUGUUGUGGGGGACAGGGUUUUGCUUUCCACGCGGAAUAUUCGUCUCCGGGUGCCUUCUAUGAAAUUGGCUCCCCGCUUCAUUGGACCUUAUCGUAUUAUACAUAAGGUUAAUCCUGUUUCUUAUGCCUUAGGUCUGCCUAAGAAUCUACGUAUUCCUAAUGUUUUUCACACCUCAUUGUUGAAACCUUUCGUACGCAACCGCUAUACCCGGCAUACUCCUCCUCCCCCUCCUAUCUCGGUGGAGGGUCAUGAGGAGUUUGAAGUGUCUGCUGUUCUUGACUCUCGUUUCCUUAGGGGUCGACUUCAGUACUUGGUACAUUGGAAGGGUUAUGGGCCUGAGGAGCACAGUUGGAUUUCGGCUGAUGCUGUCCAUGCUCCCCGUCUUGUGCGCUCUUUCCAUUCUCGUUUUCCUGCCAGGCCUGGUCCUACCCGCCCGGGGGGCGUGUCCUCAGGGGGGGGUACUGUAGCGUUACUUACCUUAACCGGGGGCCGGUCGCGGUCCUCUCUUCAAGCCGCGCGCGGUCCUGCGGCUGCACGAGCCGCGCGCGGCUCAUCCAACUGCUUUGGAUGGAAGGCGGGCAGUGACCGCGUGAGGCGGUCACGUGUCCCGCCUGAAACUAAGAGCGCGCCGCGAGUCUCGGGCGCGCUCUUAAAGAGACAGUGGGAGCCUAAUUGCCAAAAGGCUCCCAUUGGCUCCUGUCAUACCACACUCCCUGUACAAUUACCUAUAGGGGGUGUGGAAGUGACAGGAGCCAAUCACUUUCGUUUUAAAGCUAUUUAAACUUACCUUUUUCCCUUAGCUCGUUGCCCUAUCGUGGUUUCUGUUUCAGUUCCCUUUAGCGCUUGUGGUGUUCAGUUGUGUUUUCUCGUAUUGACUUUGGCUUCGUAUUCUGACUUCGUUUUCGCUUUAUCCUUAUCUGUACUGUUUGCCGGCUUGCUGUUUUCCGUGUACCAGACCCCGGCUUGUCCUAGUUUACGCUGUCUCUCUGUGCCCUUGACCUCGGUUUGUUCCUGGCUCUGUCUCCUCUCAUAUACGUCGAGUCCGGCCAUUCUAAGGUCCGGUAGACGUAUCUCUCCUCUGUAUUUGCCUCUGUUUAGCUGGAUCCUGCGUGUAGGGGUAUAUUCUCGUUACAAUUCCCUCCAGGAAAUUCCCGAACCCCUGGUCCGAUCUGGGUGAUUUUUGGAUAUGUUGUUCACCCAGAUCAGGGCUACCAGGGGAUGUAUAAUUUAAAGGGGUACCCCUAGGUUUAGGGGUACAUCCAGAAACGGGGGGAAUUGCUGUACUGGAUAAGGGGAUUAUGAUGCCGGCUGAGGGGAGGAGAUGUGUGGGAGGUUACCGGGACAGGAUUGGCUACUGUAUUAAUGAAUGGAAAUCCCUCCCUUGCAUGGGAGCAUGCUAUAUAAGGCACUGUGGAAUAAAGGUUGUCAGUUCUGCUCCUGAUGCUGUGUGUCGUCCAGUUAUUGGGAUUGCUGUGGGGAUACUGUUGGAUUAUUUUGCCUGCUGGAAACCUUGCCUGUGGAUUUACAAUUUACUUGUUCCUGAUCCUCACUUGGAUUAUAAGCGGAGAUAGCCUGGGGAAUAUUGUAUCUCCGCUACAAGGUGUCUCCAUAAAUGGGAUACCAGGAGACAAAAAUGCCAGGAAAGAGUACUGUGCAUUUGUUUGGAGCCUGCUAAUGGGAUUGUGUGCUGAUUGUGGUGUGGUUUUGUGUUAAUAGGUUUGUUUCAGUCAUGCUGUGUUUGUGUUGUAAUGUAUGUGUGUCUAGGUGCUGUAGAGAGUGUGUGUAUAGGAGAUGAAGCGAGUGUGUGUAUAAGGGCUGUAGUGUGUGUGUGUAUAGGAGAUGUAAUGUGCGUAGGGGUUGUAGAGAGUGUGUGUUUAGGGAAUGUACUAUGUGUUUGCUUACAAGGAAUCUAGUGUGUGCAUAAGGAAUCCAGAGUGUGUAUAUCAGAAAUGUAGUGUGUGUGUGUGUGUGUAGUGGAUCUAGUGUGUUUGAAGGACCCAGACUGUGUAUAGGAGAUCUAGUGAGUGUGUGUGUGUAGAGGAUUUAGAGUGUAUAUAGGGAUCUAGUGUGUGCAUAUGUGUAGAUGAUCCAGAGUUGGGUAAGGGAUCUAGUGUUUGUCUGGAAUUUAAUGUGUUUAGGGGUGCAGUAUGUGUGUGAGAGGUUCUUUAGUAUAUAUACAUAUAUACAUAUACCAGUACACACACUACAGACCCUUUAUACAUGCACACUACUCCCCCUACAUAUACACAUUACUGGACCUUUACACAUGUGUCCUAGAUGCGCGCACACACACACACACACACACUACAGCUCCUAGAUAAACAAAUAAUGCAACCACUAUACACAUACACACAGAAACACACAAAUACACUCUACAUACCCUAUACACAGACAGUUUGGACAGCCCCUAUACAUGCACACACACAGACAUACACUUUGUAGAGCCCAUAAAAUACAUACACUCUACAGGCCCUAGCAGCACAAAGUACUCCACAAACAAACCCCGAUUACAUGCGCACACACACACUACACUACAAACAUCCUCCUCUACACACAUGCAUUCCCACUAGCAACCUCCAAACACAUACAAUACCCACAUGCACAACAACCUUUACCAGCCGUACCACACUCAUUUGGCUGUGCAGAAAGAAAACCCAGGGCAUUUCCCCUAUCCAAGAGCACUUUAGCUGGUGUCUACGUAUUUUAUACGCAAAAAAACCCCAAAAAACUGCAAUGUUUUACAUUGCAGGGUUAAAACUAAACAACCACUCUACCCAGAUCAUAUCAUUGAAAUGAAGUGGUCUGGGUGAGUUUAGUGGUCCUUUAAUGAAGACAUUGUUCACGUGUCAAAAACCAAGAAGAAUAUGAUACUCCAUUGACAACACAAUCUAAUUAACACAUGCCCCCAGCUGCAGUCCAAAGGUUCCAUAUUUGAGCCAGCGUAAUUGGGAUGCAUUUACAAUGCUGUCUGGCCAAGAUCUCCCUUAGUUGCUCCCUUUAACCCCUUAAGUACACAUGACAUGUGUGGCAUGUCAUGAUUCCCUUUUAUUCCAGAAGUUUGGUCCUUAAGGGGUUAAAGGUCCUUUUGGGAUAGGAAGUGCUUGCAGAAAAUAUAAGAAGGGCUGGCAACCCCCUAAGAUUGAACCUUAGGGAAAUAUAGCAGUAGUAACACAUGUUCCAUUUGAACAGAUUACUAAAAUCUUGGAAUACAACCUAGCAUUAAUUAGGUCUUCUGUACUGGCAACUCCAUGCAUGCUUUUUUACAGACCUAGCUGGUCUGGUAAGUCUAUUGAUCCAUUAUUUUAAUAUGUUGCAAUUCACUGUGUAUGAAAUUUAAAGGUAGCACUGAUAUACUGUAUUUUGGAUCCAUUUAAUUUCUUGCCCUUAGACAAUAGCAUAUUUUUAACUAUUUUAAGUCUCUUUCAGUCCUUUCUUUAAAAAUAAAUAUGACCGUUUUGAUUCUUGCAGUAGUGAAUGAGUUUGAAAUUUGACUUCCACUAUGCUAGACUUGUGCAGAGAACCAUGAAUUCCAUGGGGUUUUACAAUCAUUACAUCCACACAAACCUAUUUGUGUCUGAAAGAAAUCUGUUGCUCAGCAAGUGGCAGAUAUUCCUUUGGUAUUCCGAAGGCUUGGUCUAUAUAUGAUUACAGUGAGCUGAAGAAAUUGCAUUUUUUUUUUUUAUUAUUUUCUUCAGUACUGGGGUUGGGUGGGGGGGGAAUCAGAGAAACCAUUUUCCUGCUUACGAUGACUAAUAUAUUUUCCUAUUGCUUCAUGAAACAAAAAAUAGUUAAAGGUUAGCACAGCUACUGUUCAGAAUGUCUUUCAAGCUGAAAACGAGAAUUCAUCAGGACUUAGACUUGAAAUGACAUUUGUCAUUGUGUGAGAAGACUGAUAAUUUUCUGUGUUCUAAUAAAAACUUAGUGUCCAUUACCAGCUUAUUGAUUGCAAACAAAGCCCAUAGAAAGGUUAGUACAGUAAAACUAGAUUAAAGGGACACUAUAGGCACCCAGACCACCUAAUUGGUUUGGGUGCAGAGUUCCAGGUACCUUAACCCUGAAAAGGUAAUUAUUGCAGUUUUUAAUAUACUGCAAAAAUUACCUUUGAUGGUUAACUCCACCUCUAGUGGCUGUCUACCAGACAGCCACUAGAAGGACUUGCGGGUUAUCUAACGGAUGCUGGACAUAUUCGUGCUAUGCAUGAAGACAUCCAGCAUUAUACAUGCUUUCCUAUGGGGGAAAUCGUAAUGCAAGGGUGGCCAUUGCAGCGAAUGCGCAUUCGCGUUAGGUCUCCGAUGUCAGCGGGGGAGGAGCCUGAACCAGCUCCGAAGGACAUGGGCUCUGGAAUCCGGUAAACAACAGUUGGGUAUUUAAGCCCUUCUGCACCACAGGGGUGUGGAGGGGAGCACUAUAGGGAGCUAUAGUACCAGUAAAAAAAAAAGCUUUGUUUUUCUGGCACUAUAGUUUCUCUUUAAUGAUGUUUUUUGUGUGUGUUUUUUUUAACCUUAACUAUUUUACCUAUCUAUUGGCACCAACAUACCUAUAUAAUAAAUUAUACUGGAUUAACAUCUGCAUAUCCAUUAGAAAAUAUCUGCGCAACAAAUCUGCAAAAAAUGUGUUUGUACUACAGACCCAUGGAUUGGGUUGUUCAGCAUGUCACUGGCUUUAUUAAUGCAUGAAAAACCUUAUCAGGGUUAUUUACCAAACUGAGAGCCUUUGUUUAUGUGCAGCCAAAUGAGUGUGGCAGGGCUGGUAAAAGGUGUUGUGUGUGUGUUUUAUAUAUUAAACUGUUCAUUCUUUUGUAUUUAAUACAUGUUUUUUUAUUUCAUCUUUAUUCAUUUUUUGAUUUGUAGAAAAGACAUACAUAGAUCAUACAUAUAAAAUGUAAACAUUAAAAAUGUUCUCAUGUAUAUUUAAACAAAGUAUUCCUCAGUAGAUAAGAAUAUUUAUAAUAUUACAAAAAAUAAAAAUAAAAAACAGAAAACAAUUACAUUCGAACGGAUUCUGGACACCUCUAGGACAAAACAUAUUAUACAAAUAUAUAAACAAAAAUAAUAUUUUAUACCAGAAACAGUGAAGCAUGCUUCCUGCUAUGUUUGUCAUUGGUGUUGAGAGGGACAAGGCUCUCUAGAGUUAGCUAUGCGAUAACCAAGGUGCAGGGCGUCCUUCACUAGUUGUCCGGCUAACAACUGUUUAUAUCGGUCUUCGUCCCUCUAAACAUUGACUCAGCAUAGCUACUAACGGCUGUGUAAUCCAGUUUCAAAAUACAACUCAGUGUUGUGAAAACUCCUAAAAUUGGGGGUAAAGCCGCUCUUGGGUUUCGGACCGGUAUUGUUCAGAAACUUACAGCCAUCAUUUUCCUCCAACAAGGCUUGGAGUAUCAGCAGACACAUUGUCCUUGUGUUAUAGACCACAGGCCUUGGUCUGGUAUGGUUCAGAAACUUCCAGCCAUCAUUUUCCUCCAACAAAGCUUGGAUUAUCAGCAGACACAUUGUCCUUGUGUUAUAGACCACAGGCCUUGGUCCUCCUCUCAGUCUGGAUUUGAUAGCAUUUGUGUGAUGCCAGUUUACGGGCAAACAAGUACAGAUCCUUGACUCACAUAAACUUGUCGAAAAGCUGAAACUGGUGGUCUAGAAGUCGUCCUGGAAUCCUGGUGGCCUAGUGGCAGAGUGUGUGGUGUUUAUGUAUCCACGUCAUUGGAUUGUUAAUGAUACAUAAACCAAUUGUAUAUUAGCAUUCCUUGUUUGCACUCGGUCUAUUAUUUAUUCAUAUCCACAAAUUUAAGCGCUCCACUUUAUCUGGUUUAAAACAUUUCUGUCUUUUGUGUGUUUUUUGACGAAUUGCACAUCACAGUGUGGUAGCAGUUAAGAUAAGUGCUGAUAAACAUUAUUGUAUAUAUUCAAUGUUUCUAUGGUGUCGCAAGUUUUGAGGGAGCGUGCAAUUGGCAUGCUGACUGCAGGAAUGUCCACCAGAGCUGUUGCCCGUGAAUUGAAUUCAGAUUUCUCUACCAUAAGCCAUCUCCAAAGGCGUCUCAGAGAAUCUGGCAGUACAUCCAGCAUCUUCACAUCCAAGAUCGUCUUUUUUAAAUGAUUAUUAUUAAUCUUCACUGAGUGCCUCGACCCCUCGAGGCACUCAGCACAGGCAGAGCAUCGGAAGCCUGAUGGCUUCUGAUGCUCUGCCUCAUUGCUGGGCGUCACGUGGGGUAACCCGGAAGUUAUCGCUCUGGGGGAGAGAUCACUCGGCAGUGUGGGGGUGGGGAGGUAUUGCAGGAUGCCUCGACAUCGAUCGCUUCCAGCGCUCUAAUUCACAGCGGACGUACAGGGUACAUCAACUGUCGUUAACAACCGUUUUUUGUCUGACGUACCCUGUAUGUCCACAGUCAUUAAGGGGUUAAAUGCACAGAGAUACCGUGCCAAGCUCCUGAGGCAGAUUGUUGUGCCAUUCAUCCACGACCAUCGCCUCAUGUUGCUGAAUGAUAAUGCACGGCCCCAUGUUGCAAGGAUCUGCACACAAUUCCUGGAAGUUAAAAACAUCCCAGUUCUUGCAUGGCCAGCAUACUCACCAGACAUGUCACCCAUUGAGCAUUUUUGGGAUGCUCUGGAUAGGCGUGUUUCAGGUUCUGCCAAUAUCCAGCAACUUCGCACAGCCAUUGAAGAGGAGUGGACCAGCAUUCUACAGACCACAAUCAGCUACCUGAUCAACUCUAUGUGAAGGAGAUGUGUUGCACUGCAUGAGGCAAAUGAUGGUCACCAGAUACUGACUGGUUUUCGGACCCCCCCCAUGACCACCCCGGCUCCCCCCAAUACAGUAAAACUGCACAUUUUAGAGUGGCCUUUUAUUGUGGUCAGCCUAAGGCACACCUAUGCAAUAAUCAUGCUGUCUAAUCAGCAUCUUGAUAUGCCACAACUGUGAGGUGGAUGGAUUAUCUCGGCAAAGGAGAAGUGCUCACUAACACAGAUUUAGACAGAUUUGUGAACAAUAUUUGUGAGAAAUAGUCCUUUUGUGUACAUGGAAAAAGUCUUAGAUCUUUGCGUUCAGCUCAUGAAAAAUGGGGGCAAAAACAAGUGUUGCGUUUAUAAUUUUAUAUAUAUUACAUGUAUAUGUAAUUUCUUUGCCUCUCUCUGGAAAUGUAUUUGUUUUUAUUUUAGUCCAUGUUGGAAUAGAUAUGCUUCUCCAAUAUCUGGCUAGGCACAUUUUUACUACUAUAAAUAUAUUAAUGCAAAGAUAUUAAUUUAAUACAUGUUAAGGUGCAAAUUUGGUAACACACUUGACAUGUCAGAAGAGCUACAACCACAUCACAAAUCCACAAACAUCAUAAGUCAUAUACAUACAGUAAGAAAAGCUUUAUUUUCAAGUCCUGGGGAACAAAGUGUGGGAACUCAAGAUUUCCGCUCCCCCCCUAAAAAUAAUUACACUCCUAUGCAUAUAGUGCAGUGCAGGGUGUGUAUAAUGAAUGUAGUGUGUUUGUAGUGAGUGCACAGUGUGUAUAAUGAAUGUAGUGUGUUUGUAGUGGGUGCAGAGUGUGUAUAAUGAAUGUAGUGUGUUUGUAGUGGGUGCAGAGUGUGUAUAAUGAAUGUAGUGUGUUUGUAGUGCGUGCAGUGUGUUUGUAGUAAGUGCAGAGUGUGUAUAAUGAAUGUAGUGUGUUUGUAGUGAGUGCAGUGUGUAUAAUGAAUGCAGUGUGUGUAGUGAGUGCAGUGUGUAUAAUGAAUGCAGUGUGUGUAGUGAGUGCAGUGUGUAUAAUGAAUGCAGUGUGUGUAGUGAGUGCAGUGUGUAUAAUGAAUGUAGUGUGUUUGUAGUGAGUGCACAGUGUGUAUAGUGAAUGUAGUGUUUGUAGUGAGUGCAGAGAGUGUAUAAUGAAUGUAGUGUGUUUGCAGUAAGUGCACAGUGUGUAUAGUGAAUGUAGUGUGAUUGUAGUGAGUGCAGAGUGUGUAUAAUGAAUGUAGUGUGUUUGCAGUGAGUGCAGUGUGUUUGUAGUAAGUGCAGAGUGUGUAUAAUGAAUGCAGUGUGUUUGUAGUGAGUGCAGUGUGUAUAAUGAAUGCAGUGUGUGUAGUGAGUGCAGUGUGUAUAAUGAAUGCAAUGUGUGUAGUGAGUGCAGUGUGUAUAAUGAAUGUAGUGUGUUUGUAGUGAGUGCAGUGUGUAUAAUGAAUGCAGUGUGUGUAGUGAGUGCAGUGUGUAUAAUGAAUGUAGUGAGUGCAGUGUGUAUAAUGAAUGUAGUGUGUUUGUAGUGAGUGCACAGUGUGUAUAGUGAAUGUAGUGUUUGUAGUGAGUGCAGAGAGUGUAUAAUGAAUGUAGUGUGUUUGCAGUGAGUGCACAGUGUGUAUAGUGAAUGUAGUGUGAUUGUAGUGAGUGCAGAGUGUGUAUAAUGAAUGUAGUGUGUUUGUAGUGAGUGCAGUGUGUUUGUAGUAAGUGCAGAGUGUGUAUAAUGAAUGUAGUGUGUUUGUAGUGAGUGCAGUGUGUAUAAUGAAUGCAGUGUGUGUAGUGAGUGCAGUGUGUGUAGUGAGUGCAGUGUGUAUAAUGAAUGUAGUGAGUGCAGUGUGUAUAAUGAAUGCAGUGUGUGUAGUGAGUGCAGUAUGUAUAAUGAAUGCAGUGUGUGUAGUGAGUGCAGUGUGUAUAAUGAAUGUAGUGUGUUUGUAGUGAGUGCACAGUGUUUGUAGUGAGUGCAGAGAGUGUAUAAUGAAUGUAGUGUGUUUGCAGUAAGUGCACAGUGUGUAUAGUGAAUGUAGUGUGAUUGUAGUGAGUGCAGAGAGUGUAUAAUGAAUGCAGUGUGUGUAGGGACUGCAGAGUGUGUAUAGUGAAUGUAAUGUGUUUGUAGUGAGUGCACAGUGUGUAUAAUGAAUGUAGUGUGUUUGUAGUGAGUGCACAGUGUGUAUAACGAAUGUAGUUUGUAGUGAGUGCACAGUGUGUAUAAUGAAUGCAGUGUAUUUGUAGUGAAUGCAGAGUGUGUAUAGUGGAUGUAGUGUGUAGUGAGUGCAGAGUGUGUAUAUUGAGUGCAGAGUGUGUAUAGUGAGUGCACUGUGUAAAGUGAAUGUAGUGUUUUUGUAGUGAGUGCAGAGUGUGUAUAAUGAAUGCAGAGUCUGUAUAGUGAUGCAGUGUGUGUGCUGGAUGAGUGUGUGUCGUGUGCUAUAUGGUGAUGUGUGUGGGUGUGCUGGAUGAGUCUGGAUGUGUGUGUGCUGGAUGGUGUAUGUGCUGGAUGAUGUGUGUGCUGGAUGGUGUGUGUGUGUGUGCUGGAUGGUGUGUGUGUGUGUGUGCUGGAUGGUGUGUGUGUGUGUGCUGGAUGGUGUGUGUGUGUGCUGGAUGGUUGUGUGUGUGAUGGUGUGGUGUGGUGUGUGUAUGGAGUGAAUGGUGUGUGUGUGUGUACACUGGAUGUGUGUGUGUGUACACUGGAUGAUGUGUGUGUGAAGAUGGUGUGUGUGUGUGUGUGCACUGGAUGAUGUGUGUUGUACACUGGAUGAUGUGUGUGUGUGUGUGUACACUGGAUGGUGUGUGUGUGUGUACACUGGAUGAUGUGUGUGUGUGUGCUGGAUGAUGUGUGUGCGCGCACUGGAUGGUGUGUGUGCUGGAUUGUGUGUGUGUGUGUGUGUACACUGGAUGAUGUGUGUGUGCACUGGAUGAUGUGUGUGUGUGCACUGGAUGAUGUGUGUGUGUGUGUGCACUGGAUGAUGUGUGUGUACACUGGAUGAUGUGUGUGUGCGCGCUGGAUGAUGUGUGCGCGCGCGCUGGAUGAUGUGUGCGCGUGCUGGAUGAUGUGUGCGCGUGCUGGAUGAUGUGUGCGUGUGCUGGAUGAUGUGUGCGUGUGCUGGAUGAUGUGUGUGUGUGUGCUGGAUGAUAUGUGUGUGUGUGCUGGAUGAUGUGUGUGCGCAGUGCUGAUGAUGUGCGUGCGGUGCUGGAUGAUGUGUGCGCGGUGCUGGAUGAUGUGUGUGUGUGUUGGAUGAUGUGUGUGUGUGCUGAUGAUGUGUGUGUGUGUGGAUGAUGUGUGCGGUGUGUGUGUGUGAUGAGGUGUGGUGAUGUGUGUGUGUGUGUGUGUGCUGGAUGAUGGGUGUGUGUGUGCUGGAUGAUGGGUGUGUGAGUGCUGGAUGAUAGGGGGGGGGAGCAUUUUUUUUAACUUUAUGUGUCUAUAUUUUUUUUUUUUUAUUCCCCCCUCCCUGCUUCUUACCUUGUCAGGGAGGGGGGAGAUCGCCUGGUGGUCCGGUGGAGGGAACCAGCCGCUGCACACAGGAGCCAUCACACGCUGUGUUCCCUCUCCAGCUCUAACUCUCGCGAGACUCGCCUGUGCCGAGCGUUGCCAUGGUAACAGCCGCGAGUCUCGCGAGAGUUAUAGCUGGAGAGGGAACACAGCGUGUGACGGCCCCUCUGUGCAGGUAGCAGGGCCGGUCCUGCAGGACAGGUAACGAGGUUCCUGCUUUGGAAAAAGUGCAGGAACGGCGUUCCCAUGCGUUCCUGCAGGACUCGAGCCCUGUGCCAAGCCAUAAUAGUUGUUGUUUGACUCAUCAUUUUACAAGUUCAUAACGACCCUUACUGUCAAGCAUAAUGAUGUCCAAGUAGGACAUCCUUGACCAUGAAGAAGGAUGAGCCUUUUAGAUAGCUCAGUGCAGCGGGCAUUAAACUAUUUAAUUUCUGGUCACACUGACUGUUUUUUGAAGCAUACAAAGACAGUGUGGAAUAUAUUUGGUUUUGUUUCCAAUUUAAAGUUCUUGAGAGGAUACACACUUAAUCAUCUCAAUUGUCCUCCAAGGACUCAUUGAUGGGUGUUAUAUUGUUUUUCUCAUUUGCUGCAAUGUUCAUAUUGCUUACUAACAGUAUUGACAUCCUCACCUCUUCAUUUAAAUUAAGCGUGCAUUUAUUUCUUCUUUACGAUUCAAAGAGCCCACUGUUUUCAUUGAAUGUUAAAGGGAUUCUGCAAGCACCAAAACCACUACAUGUUAAAAUAGUGGUUUUGGGACAUAGAUCUUUCAGCUGGCAAUGCUAAACGUUGCCAUUUCAGAGAAACGUUUACACUUUGCCAAGAACAUACCUCCACUAUCUGUGAGACUGACAGCCACUAGAAGCACUUCCUCCCCAAGACCUUCGAUUUUCAAAGAUCUUAACAUUCAGCAUCAUUACGUUGUGCUCUAUGAGAAGUAUUGAAUUGUUAGAGCAAGGAGAUUGCCAAGCAUGCACCAUAGGUCACCAAUAUUCUCUGUGAUAAACAUUGGAUUGGACUGGGAUCAUCUCAUAGUGGGCAGCAGUAGCAGCGAAAUGUUUUUCUGGCACUGGAUUACAGGUAUAUUUUAUGUAUGUUUUUAUUUUGUUUAUUUAAAACACGAGGGGCAUUGAAUAUAUUCUAAAUGUGAAACACUUUUUUAAUUUAUUUUUUUAAGAUAGUGUUCCUUUAAUAGUCGCUAGACAUUUAAACUAGCAUUUAUAGUGUUACUAAAUGCUAAAAUAAAAUUGAAUACGUUAAAAAAAAAUUUUUUGGCCCAUUUUAGUAAGACCUAUCCUUAGCUCAGUGAUCAUUAGUCUCUAAUAUUAGCACCAGUGGAAUGUGCAGAUAAUCAUUGUAAAGUGUUUUAAUGUUGUGCAGCUGCAACAAUUUACCGGAUAUUUGAUUACAUCUGAUCUUUUAAACGAUUGUAAUAUAAUGACACCAUUGCACAGACAUAUUAAGACAGCUACGGCCAGGUCAUUCUGUAUAGUAGGCCUCUAGAUAGAUAGACAUUAAAGUAUGUUAUAUCAUUACGUGCAUUCCCAACUAUGCAGUCCAGCCCAUAUCCCUCUAUGGUUAUGUAUAGAUCUUACAUUUCCCUGUGGUAUACUCACAUCCGAGGCUGGCUUUUUUCCUUUCACACUGAGCUUUUGAGUACAGAAAGGCUGCCAAAUGCCUGGGGCAGUGGAUAAUGAGAGAGAAUCACUGUCCAUGUGCAGAAUUUGCAUUAUAAAUGAUGCUAGUAAUCUUGUGCUUGGGCUACUUUAGAUAAACAAGUUCAGAUCCCAAAUAUGGCAGUUAUUCAGAUGUUAAGAAUAUCUUUUCAGACACAUUUCUUAAAUACAAGAAAUCAGAUUUAAAAUUAUGGCAUAUUUAUUAUUUUUCUUUGUUGUCUGAUGUCAAUAUAUAAAGCCUGUGGGCCACGUAGAUAAAACCAGAUCUCAGAUGUAUCAAAUGUAGCACAGAGAAUGAAAUAAAUACAAGAGAUUUAAAAUAAAUAAAUAAUAUAUAUAUAUAUAUCUGUGGGGGUGUGUAUCUAUAUACAGUUGCAAGAAAAAGUAUGUGAACCCUUUGGAAUGAUAUGGAUUUCUGCACAAAUUAGUCAUAAAAUGUGAUCUGAUCAUCAUCUAAGUCACAACAAUAGACAAUCACAGUCUGCUUAAACUAAUAACACACAAAGAAUGAAAUGUUGCCAUGUUUUUAUUGAACACACCAUGUAAACAUUCACAGUGCAGGUGGAAAAAGUAUGUGAACCCUUGGAUUUAAUAACUGGUUGAACCUCCUUUGGCAGCAAUAACUUCAACCAAACGUUUCCUGUAGUUGCAGAUCAGGCGUGCACAACGGUCAGGAGUAAUUCUUGACCAUUCCUCUUUACAGAACUGUUUCAGUUCAGCAAUAUUCUUGGGAUGUCUGGUGUGAAUCGCUUUCUUGAGGUCAUGCCACAGCAUCUCAAUCGGUUUGAGGUCAGGACUCUGACUGGGCCACUUCUUCUGUUUAAGCCAUUCUGUUGUUGAUUUACUUCUAUGCUUUGGGUCAUUGUCCUGUUGCAACACCCAUGUUCUGUUGAGCUUCAGCUGGUAGACAGAUGGCCUUAAGUUCUCCUGCAAAAUGUCUUGAUAAACUUGGGAAUUAAUUUUUCCUUCGAUGAUAGCAAUCCGUCCAGGCCCUGACCCAGCAAAGCAGCCCCAAACCAUGAUGCCCCCACCACCAUACUUCACAGUUGGGAUGAGGUUUUGAUGUUGGUGUGCUGUGCCUUUUUUCGCCACACAUAGUGUUGUGUGUUUCUUCCAAACAACUCAACUUUGGUUUCAUCUGUCCACAGAAUAUUUUGCCAGUACUGCUGUGGAACAUCCAGGUGCUCUUGUGCAAACUGUAAACGUGCAGCAAUGUUUUGUUUGGACAGCAGUGGCUUCCUCUGUGGUAUCCUCCCAUGAAAUCCAUUCUUGUUUAGUGUUUUACGUAUUGUAGAUUCCCUAACAGGGAUGUUAGCAUUUGCCAGUGACUUUUGUAAGUCUUUAACUGACACUCUAGGAUUCUUCUUCACCUCAUUGAGCAGUCUGCGCUGUGCUCUUGCAGUCAUCUUUGCAGGACGGCCACUCCUAGGGAGAGUAGCAGCAGUGCUGAACUUUCUCCAUUUAUAGACAAUUGGUCUUACUGUGGACUGAUGAACAGCAAGGCUUUUGGAGAUACUUUUAUAACCCUUUCCAGCUUUAUGCAAAUCAACAAUUCUUAAUCAUAGGUCUUCUGAGAGCUCUUUUGUGCGAGGCAUCAUUCACAUCAGGCAAUGCUUCUUGUGAAAAGCAAGCCCAGAACUGGUGUGUGUUUUUUUUAUAGGGCAGGGCAGCUGUAACCAACACCUCCAAUCUCAUCUCAUUGAUAGCACUCCAGUUGGCUGACAUCUCACUCCAAUUAGCUCUUGGAGCUGUCAUUAGUCUAGGGGUUCACAUACUUUUUCACCUGGACUGUGAAUGUGUACAUGGUGUGUUCAAUAAAAACAUGGCAACAUUUCAUUCUUUGUGUGUUAUUAGUUUAAGCAGACUGUGAUUGUCUAUUGUUGUGACUUAUGACCAAUUUGUGCAGAAAUCCAUAUCAUUCCAAAGGGUUCACAUACUUUUUCUUGCAACUGUAUAUAUAUAUAUAUAUAUACAUAUAUAUAUAUAUAUAUAAUUUAUUUUUUCUUAUUUUAUUUAUUUUUGGGCAGUGGAGGACAAUGGCAGGCAGGUACUUUGCCAAGUUUGCCCCAUUUGCAGGGUGUAAUUGUUUAACUAUAAAAAGCUCUGUGAUAGUUCAGGUGGUUAGACUGAGCCAAGAGUUCCAGAUCUACUACUUAUGAUAUUUACCCUUAUCCUUCAUAAAAAAGUAAUUAAAGUAUUGCGCCAGUGGAUACCCAAAUUCUCUGGCAUACAGUGUGACUUCUUCCAAAGUGUACAUGGGGUGUAUCAAGAAUAAAAAAAGAAAACAAACAAUAUUGAAAGAUUUGAUAAACUAUUAUUAAAACCCUGCCAUAACAGAUCUAGAUUAAAAUUGGGAUAGUUUUUGUUGCUUGAAAUUGUCUUGUAUUGUGCAUAUCCCAGUGUAAUGGAGUGUGCCAACGUAACAGUAGAGGUUCUGUGUAAUUGCCUAAGCCAGUUCUCCUCCGUUGUAGGUGAAGCAAGGUUAUUUAUAUUACUUUGUAUCUUCUGGUCUGGUCUUCAGAUUUUAUUACACCUCCCAGUGUUCUAAUAAAGACAGGGUAUACAGAAUUAUGCAAAUAACUGCAUUCAUCAUUUUUAACAAAACAGUGUUUUGCACUGUGUCUUAGUACUUCAUUGGAAUUGAAUUGUUUUGUUUACAGUAUCUUUUAGAAAUUCAAAUGAUAUUUGGAAUGUCAUCACUGAUCUAUCUAUAUCUGCUGUAAAUCAAUAAACCCAGGUACACUGUGCAUGUAAACAAAUGUAUUCAUUUCGAUUUGUGUGCAUUAUUGUUGCUUAAAAUCGCAAGACAGACAACUCUGCUUCCUGCUCGUACGUCAUUUGUAUUCAUAUAUUCAUUUAUAUAUAUUGUCUUCUCGGUUGCAAUAGCCUGAAUUAAUGAAAAUGAGAUUGAUCAGCAUUAAAUAUUUUUUUAUUUGGGGGAAAAAAAAAAACACAUGCUGUACUAGUGUUCUUCAAAACAGAACUUUGCUACAAUCACUUUGAGGUUACCUUUACAUAUUUUCACUGACGUGCAAUUUUCAGUAUCAUAUAUUGAGCCAUAGACAGGCAGUCAUUCAUUCCUAUUCUCCAGCAAGACCCUGAUCAUUUCAAUUACCUUUUGGAUCCACAAUCUUUUCUUAUUACCUUAAAGAGAAGGUGUGUAUUCAAGCGAAUCAGGAGCAAAGUUAUUUUUAAUUUCUGAAAUGCACAGAGGAAAAAUACCAAAAGUGUGCCAUGUCCUUGAUUAUAUUAACUACACUGGUACAAAGCAACAAUAAUGAAUGUUUUGUUAUUCUGUUUGAGCGACGUGUCGAUUUGUAUUUUGGAAGCAAGGUGGAUUUCAUUAGUCUGACAGUCACUAGCACAUGAAAUCGAGGAAUCUGAAAGUGACCAACCAAUGAAAAGAAGCUAUAAAUGAUCUCUAAAGGAAAUUAAUUAUUUACCAGAAAUUACCUAAGGGAGGACAUUACAUUAUUGCUGUGUUUGCUGAGAUUCUGGAAGGAUAUAAUCAUAAUUACAUGUUUCUCACUUUUUAAGGGUCAGGUUUGUGAUUCCUGGUAGGAUUCUUUGCAAAAUCUACUGUAAGCAUUUAAUAAAAACAAUAGCACACACAUAGUAAUAUUCAGGGUGUGUGUCUUGCAUAUAACAAUCAGAUCAUGCAUUGACCCAUGCUACACCUGACAAUUUGCAGCUUGCGGUUGAUUGUGGAUUCCAUAUUUUUAGUCUUUAACACUAUAAAAAUGACCAAGGCUAGGUAAAUAAGUAAAAAAAUAAAUGUAUGUAUGCUUCUAUAAAUUUGCAAGCCGUUUGGCUGGCACAAUUAAAGGUACACUAUAGGCACCCAGACCACUUUAGCUUUGGAGUGGUCUGGGUGCAGUGCCCCUGUCAGUUUAAUUCUGCAAUAGUAAUUAUUGCAGUUAUUGAGAAACUGCACUAAUUACUCUACAGGAUUAACUCCACCUCUAGUGACUGUCUACCAGAUAGCCUGUACAGGGACUUCUGGGUUGAUAGGCGACAUCCAAUGUCACCCAAAACCCCAUAGGAAAGCAUUAUACAAUGCAUGCGGUUUAGGUUCCCUGACCUAGUGCCGAUGUCCCUCAGGUAAGUGACAAAAGGGUUGUGUCGCGCAUGCGAGGGUGUUACUAUAGGGAGCUAUAGUGCUAGUGUUAUGGGCAAAUGCAAAUAUUACAAGUUUUAAAAUGAAAUGUUGUAUUUCUUAAACUGUGUUCUUUGUCUUUAAGAGAUAUUGCAAAUUGACCAGGUGUUAGAAAUGGAACAUAUUGUUUUUCAUAGAUGUUUCUUUAAGCAAUAACCUCAGUGCAUAAUAUGUUUGCGCCAUUUUGUCCCAGACAAAUUACAAUAACAAUAAUGCAUAAACAAGAUUCAAGGCUAUGCUAUGACUCUUUCAGUACACAAUAUACUGUGGUAACCUUAGUAGAUAAGGAUGUUCAGACUUUAACACGUAUACACCCUUUAGUUAUGGACUUGUAUUUUUGCCAAGUUAAGGGAGGUCCUAAAAUGAAUAAAGUAAAAAAGUUAAUUUUUUUAUAUAUGAACUACAGUGACCCUAAAAUGGAGACACCUAAGGUAUAAAUAGGUGUACUUUUAAAUGUUAACACACAGAGGAGAGACUUGGAGACAGACGCUGCUCCAUCGUAAAAUGACAGAGAGGAUGACAUGAUGACAUGUUCAGAAGGGUAUGUUAACCUAUUAAUGAUAUUUGUAAGCAUUUAGUUUAAUCUUAUAAACUCUGCUAUAAUGGAUUUUAUAUGUCUAUAUUUAUAUUUUGAUAUAAUAAAUACCAAAAAGACAAAACUUUAUUUCUUCCAAGACAAUCCUUAUUUUAUAUUGUAUUCUCAAUUAUUUAUAUAUGUUAAAUAGAGGAUCUCUUACACUAACUAUAUAAAAUUAUGUCUAAGAUAUCUGUAUGGUUAGCCCUACUAAGUUCUAUGCUUUAAGACAUUAUAGUGGUAAAUAAGGGAACCAGCCACGGUUACACUAGGAAUAGAAUUUUGUAUUCCUUGCCUAUAGUUUCCCUUUAAUAGAUUAAAUUGUAGUCAUAUAGUACCUGACAUAAAACUUAAUGACAUUGAUCGUAGGGGAUCAACGCAUUAUUCAUUUCACUGUGAUCAAAGCUUAUCAGUUUUAAAGUGAACCUUUCCAUAUGUAAAGGAAAUUAUUGCAUGUUGGGGUGUUGGUUGAAAGCAUUAUAAAGCUGUAUAGUUUGUUUCUUGCAAGAGGUAGACCUUCAUGUGACACAGCAUCCUCCACAGUAGAGUCAUGGUAAGUGUAGAAUAUUGCAUAUUCUAUGUAACUAUUGAUUAUAUAUAUGGAUGUGUAGAUUGACAUAAGUAACAGAUGGUAUCAAUAAGUCACAAGGCUUUCUUUGUCCGAGAGCUCUGGAAUGUGGAUUCGGGGGUCUUGUCCUUAUAUGGCAAGAGUUAAACGCUGACGUUAGUAUUCUUUAUAGUAACAGAGGGACACGAGGUCGCUCUCAGUCUUGGCUUGAGUCUUGGCUCUGUACAACGAUGUAACUCUCCCAUCAGAAGUACAGCAAUUACCAUCUGCUGUUGAAUGUCCAUUAUCCUGUAACAUCAUUUGUUGUUUUAUGUAUCCGUAACUAAGAAUAAACCUGAAGAAACCGUAAGUCAGAUUGCGUAUUACUACUUUUCAAUAAUAUAGACACAUAUUAUUGUGGCGAGCAUUUGGCCCAAGAAUAUAUAUACAAAAGACGUAUAUAUAUCAAUCAACUGAAGAUAAGAAGAAAUUAAGAAGAUUCCACAUGAACAUCCAUUCAUCUACAUUUUUUACAGUAAGAGAGACUGGUUAUAGGUACUGAGAGGGUAAAAAUCAUACGGAAUCCUGAUAACUGCAGUCAGAACUAGCACAGGAAUCACCAGUUAUCUGGUGCAAGGAGAAUGUCCACUUCUAAGAGCCCCUUCUGAUCCAAAGCUCAAAUUUUAUCUUAAAUAUUAUCAUUAAUGAGCAUGGUUUGUAGUAGCUAAAAUGAAAAAAACACAAACAUCAGUAUAUGGCACUGACACGAAUACAUAUGGAAAAGAUGAAACUGCCAAGGUUAGUAGAUAAAUAUAUAUAUAUACAUUUAUUACUGCUGUUAAAAUCUUCUCAUCGUGGACCACGCAGGUUAGCUGAUUCCUUCCUAAAGCUGAUUGAUUAAGAGACAACCAUAUGAAUGGUUGGGGCUCUUAAACAGCCUAUUAAAAUCGACAAGAGAAAUGGCUUGACAUUAAAGGGCCUCCCAAUUACUGGGGAAUCGUCCUUAAGUGAUACAACCUGGUUAUAAAUUGAAGCAGGUAGAAAAAGCAAAGAAAAAUGUGUCUGUAGGAUGCUGGAAUGACGGAGUGUAAUAGGUUAUGUAUGACAAUCUAACUAUUGGACAUCACAGGUUAUGCUGUGCUCUAUAAAUAAAAAGUAAUUGAUCAUUAUUUAUGACACUACACUACUUCUACUAGUGUUUUCCAUUGAUGUUUAUGAGAGCAUACGUAGGGAAGGUUUCCUUUAAAGUGAAAGGAGGCCAAACGCAGCAAAAGCAUACAUGGCUCCCAUUAAUUUUCAUGAGGAUAUUUGGGCAUGUGAAACAAUUCUGGUUUUCACAUCACUGCCCAAGCCCAUUGACAUCAGUAAGAGCCACUCGUGUGUGCAAAGAACAGAUGUGCCAUUGUCCAUAAAAUGUGAAAACAAUUUACAGUGAGGGAUGAUUUGGCAUAAACAUCCAACUUCUUCUGACUUACCAGUAUGCAAAGCAAUUUAUUGAUUCAUAUUCCAAGAUUGUUUGCAUCUUCACACUAGCAGAUAAGUUUGCCUGGAGUUUCCCUUUAAGGACAAACAACCUGACUCCUCAUGUAGCUGUAUGAAUCUGCAAAACAGGUGCCUCUGACCUUAUUGGGGAGUUAAUUGUCUUCUAGAUGUCUCCAAUCCGCCCUCUUAAAGGCUAGGGAUGAACAGAAGACUCCAGCCUAGUGUGAAUUAAAAAAAAAAAUGCUCUUCAGAGUUCCAGCAUUGAUUCCUAAAGCGCCCUGCGGUAAUGCCUGAUGUCGGGAUAUGACUUUACUCUGGCACCGACAUUACUAAAAGGCAUGCAAAAGAGCAGAGCAAGACUAGCUUGACAAUUACAGGAUAACAACAGCUCCACUGGACCCCAGGGAAAGGAUCCAUUGCAGCUCUCCCAAAGGUAGUGAGCCUGUGUAUGUAAAUUAAAAUAAAACAUAUAAUAAUGUGUGUCUGUCUGUAAGUGAGUGUCUCUGUGAGUGUGUGUGUGUGUUUGUCAGUGAGUGUGUCUGUUUAGGUGACUGGCCCCCUUCCGUUUGCAAGAGAAAGGUGUUUUUACUCACAUUUUCCCCACGCCGUGCCAGAUUUGUCACGGCUGGCCCUGCCUCCAUGCUGAAAUAAUCUUGAUGAUCUCAGCCAAUCCAAUACUUUCCAAUAAGAAAGCAUUGGGAGACAUUAGCGCAAAACGCUCCACUGUGCCAACUAGCAUCUCUACGGAGAAGCUUCAAUGCCUCCAUGCAGAGUGUGGAGAUACUGAACGUAGGUGCUGCACACAGUGCAGCAUUGGACUAGGAAGCACCUCUAAUGGCUGUCUGAGUUACUGCCAGUAAUGGUGUUACUAGGCAACAAUGAAAAGGCAGUGUUUUACAUCGAAAAGCCUGCAGGAACAGGCUAUGGAUACAUUAAACUGUAGUGGUUCUGGUGAAUGUAGAGACUGUGAUGGACCACCUGUCACCUCGACCGGGUACCUCCAUCAAUCGCUGCUUCCUAGUAAUCCUUGAGUACCAUGAGCACCGCUCUGGAACACCAUAACCAGUGUAAACCCUACAAACCGCGGCAGCUUGGUUGGGGUCUCGCUGUCCUGCACUCACCCUGGACCCAAGACCAGGAUCCAGCUUCCAGUGGGUAGACCUUUCCUAGUCCAGAGAGCUCUUACAAGAGCAAGCGUUGUGAUCCAAGGAAGUAUAGUGAUUAUAGCAAUCUCCAAAGUGAAAUUCCCCAAACAUGAGCCUAGAAUUAAGGGUAAAAUAAACUUAAAUCUUUAAUGGCAGCCACAACUGGCCUUAUAUGCAGGUCCCCAUGCAAGGGGCACUCCCCCCUGGACCUGAGAGUAGACUACAGUAAUAACAUACACGAUUACAUUGGCUCUCAGGUCCAGGACACUCCCAUACAAAAUAUGUCAAUCCCUCUCCUAUGCCUGGGAGAUAGAGUCACGCACUGUAUUAAACUCCUUUAUCUCCAGGCACAAAAAAUACAAAUUUUUACAAAACCCCAAAAUACCUUAAAACACACAUAAUCCCCACAAAGGUUACAUCCCCUGAUAGGUGACCAAUAUAUCCCAAAAUCACCCAUAUCAGUUCAGGGAUUUCCAGCAAGUCAUAAUUUGACCGACCACCUGCAUGGUCCCAUGCCCAAAACAAAGUAGCUAUUAGGCUUAACAAGCUCCAGGUUGGUCUCCGGUUAGUGCGGCUGUUUGGUUCCCGAACCAAAUAUAAAAUCCCACGGACCAAGUCUGUUCACAUAGUUUUUAAAGGGCCCACAGUCUUUUGGUAAGACGUUGGCCAGCAGGCCCCUCCAAGCACACGUGACGAGGCUCAGUUCAUUACAGAGCCCCUUUAAGAAUUGUAUUUUGGUUGUUGAAAAUAAAAAUUAGAAAAACUAGCUUCUAACUUAUUUAGUUGGCUCCUAGAUACAAAAAGCUAAUUUGUCAAGACCUGUCUUAUAUAGUCUUUUUUUUCAUCUUUAUUUUAUCAAUCAAUAUUUGCAACGUUUAAUUUAAUUUUAUUUUUAUAGAACACUUAAAUCUAAUUCUUUAUUGAGGCCUUGGGGGUAUUAGAGUUUCUAAUUUAAAUAUCCAUUUGGUCUCAGCCACUAAUAGGCAUUUGACUUUAUUAUUAUGACUCAUGUUAACUCACUGUUAACUCCUUCUAUGGUCAUUAUAAAUAUAGAACUUUGGAUCAAAUUAUGGUGUGUUUUUAAAUAGAUGUCUUGGAAUUGAUAAGUUUAAUCACACUGUGAUGUUCUCUAAAAUUGGUUUCUAACCUCCUUGAUGUUUGUCCACUCAAUUGAUGCAUCUUAGAGGAACAUUUCUAGCCACUAUAACAACUUCAUCAAAACUAAUUUGCUAUGGUGCCAGGAGGUACCUGGUGUUGGCUCUCCAUAAUUUUCUCACUCUGUUUUAUGAAUAUGGAGCCACUGAUUGGCUGAGAGCUUCAGCUAAUGGCUCUAAGCCAAUCAGCUGCACCUCUGCCCACCAUAGUCCAAUGGAUAUUGGAGGGACAGAGUGAUCUGGCCCUGGAGAGAAGACUUUGGGGUUAAGCCAUCUCCUGGCACCAUAAUAACCUAAUCUUUAUGAAAUUGUUAUGGUUCCCAUAGUGUUUUUUUUUAACAUGCAUACUAUAUAUGAGCUACUAUAUAAUAAGUAGAACUAUUAGAAAAGAAAGUAAACUCACAUUUAAAAUUCCCCAUAUUGUUUACAAUAACUAUUUUCCUCUUUACCAAUUCUGGCCAUUCAUUUGUUUCCAUAACGUUACUUUGAAAAGUUUGUUUAAUCUGAGUUUACAUUGAAAUCACCAUAAUUAUUGACCAGUUGUGAAGUUAGUAAAGACAAACAAAUACAUUGUGGAAUACUAGUUAAACAUGGAGGUUUAAGUUUGGACCAUCAUAAGGAGAGCAUUCUAAAAUGCACAUAUUCAGUAUAUUUUGUUUUCAAACUAUAAUACAUUUUCUAGUAUGUAAGCUGCUGGAUAAAUUGCAUUGACAGAGAAGGUGAAAUAUAAAUGUAACACGUGUGCAUACAGUUAUCCAUAUAUAAAGUGUGAUAAUGAGGUGGAAAUGUGAUAUAGCUUUAUUACCUAACGUAUGUAAGUGUACAAUUACACUUACAUAAGUAGUUCUAUUGAGAAUAAUCUUAUAACUCAAACCUGGGCCAUGAAAUGUUAAAGGGACACUCCAGGCACCCAGACCACUUCUGCCCAUUGGAGUGGUCUGGGUGCCAACUUUCAUAAACGGCAGUAUUUACCUUGCAGGGUUAACUCCUCCUCUAGUGGCUGUCUACUAGACAGCUACUAGAGGGCACUUCCGGGUUUAUAGCACAGAUUUUCAGUGCUAUAGUGUCGCUGGACGUCCUCAUGCUAUGUGAGGACCUCCAGCGUUGCUGAAAUCCCCAAUGGAAAGCAUUGAAAUCAUUUUCAAUGCUUUCCUAUAGAGAGGUCUAAUGCGCAUUAGGUCUCCCCCGACGCCGGCCACGCAUGCGCAAUAGGUGCGCAAUAGGUCAGGCGGACCCUGAACCAGCGCCGAGGGACAUCGACGUUGGAUACAGGUAAGUCACUGAAGGGGUUUUAACCCCUUCAGUAACAUGGGAUGGGGGUGGGAGGGAGAGGGGACCUGCAGUGCCAGGAAAACGGUUUAUUUUUCUGGCACUGAAGAGUCCUUUUAAGGACAAAGUAACUAUACGGUUGAUUUAGUGUUUUGGCUUUUUCUGAAUCCAGUUGCAUACAGUAGGGGAAAAAAGUAUUUGAUCACCUGCUGAUUUUGAUCAUUUGCCAACUGACAAAGAAAUUAUCAGUCUAUAAUUUUAAUGGUAGGUGUAUUUUAACAGUGCAAGACAGAAUAACAAAAAAAAAUAAUCUAGAAAAACGCAUGUCAAAAAAGUUAUACAUUGAUUUGCAUUUCAAUGAGUGAAAUAAAUAUUUGAUUCCCUAUCAAUCAGCAAGAUUUCUGGCUCCCAUGUGUCUUUUAUACAGGUAGCAAGCUGAGAUUAGGAGCACUCUCUAAAAGGGUUCAACUUGUUACCUGUAUAAAAGACACCUGUCCACAGAAGCAAUCAAUCAAUCAGAUUCCAAACUCUCCACGGUGGCCAAGACCAAAGAUCUGUCCAAGGAUGUCAGGGACAAGAUUGGACACAAGGCUGGAAUGGGCUACAAGACCAUCGCCAAGCAGCUUGGUGAGAAGGUGACAACAGUUGGUGGGGUUAUUUGCAAAUGGAUUAAACACAAAAUAACAGUCAGUCUCCUUCGGUCUGGUGCUCCAUGCAAGAUCUCACCUCGUGGAGUUUCAAUGAUAGUGAGGAAUCAGCACAGAACUACACGGGAGGAUCUUGUUAAUGAUCUCAAGGCAGCUGGGUCCAUAGUCACCAAGAAAACAAUUGAUAGCACACUACGCUGUGAAGGACUGAAAUCCUGCAGCGCCUGCAAGGUCCCCCUGUUCAAGAAAGCACAUGUACAGGCCCGUCUGAAGUUUGCCAAUGAACAUCUGAAUAAUUCAGAGGAGAACUGGGUGAAGGUGUUGUGGUCAGAUGAUCUAAAAAUCAAGCUCUUUGGCAUCAACUCAACUCGCCAUGUUUGGAGGAGGAGGAAUGCUGCCUAUGACCCCAAGAACACCAUCCCCACCAUCAAACAUGGAAGUGGAAACAUUAUGCUUUGGGGGGUGUUUUUCUGCUAAUGGGUAGGACAACUACACCGCAUCAAAUGGACAAUGGCCGGGAGCCAUGUACUGUCAAAUCUUGGGUGAGAACCUCCUUCCCUCAGCCAGGGCAUUGAAAAUAGGUUGUGGAUGGGUAUUCCAGCAUGACAAUGACCCAAAACACAUAGCCAAGGCAACAAAGGAGUGGCUCAAAAAGAAGCACAUCAAGGUCCUGGAGUGGCCCUAGCCAGUCUCCAGAACUUAAUCCCAUAGGUCACCUGUGGAGGGAACUGAAGGUUCGAGUUGGCAAACGUCAGCCUAGAAACCUUAAUGACUUUGAGAGGAUCUGCAAAGAGGAGUGGGACAAAAUCCCUUCUUAGAUGUGUGCAAACCUGGUGGCCAAAUACAAAAAAAGUCUGACCUCUGUGAUUCCAACAAGGGUUUUGCCACCAAAUACUAGGUCAAUGGGGGUCAAAUACUUAUUUCACUCAUUGACUUCGAAAUCAAUUUAUAACUUUUUUGACAUGUUUUUCUGGAUUUCUUUUUGUUAUUCUGUUUCUCACUGUUAAAAUGCACCUACCAUUAAAAUUAUAGACUGAUUGUUUCUUUGUCAGUGGGCAAACGUUCAAAAUCAGCAGGGGAUCAAAUGCUAUUUUUCCUCACUGUACAUGUCAUCAGUCUGAAUGUAUCCAGUGUCUAUGUAGUCUUUCCAUUCCCUGGCCGUCUCCACUGUCACAGCUUUGUAUCCCCUGGUAGGGGCUGAGAGUGCUGGAAUAUUACCUGUUAAAGGGAAAGUCUAGGUUAAAAAAUGCAUAGUUUCAUUCACUUGAAUAAGACCGUUAAAUGAAAAGAAAAUUAUGCAUUUGUUACUUCCAAAGUCUCCAAAAUUCCUACUCUACCUCUUGUGCAAGUUAUGCGUCUAAUGCUAUUCCACAUUACUUUGCCCAGCAAUGGCUUCCUUUGUCAUACUGGGCAUAGGUGGGUUUUGGGGGCUGAAGGCCAUGAUGUGGGGUUUAUUAGUCAUAGAUCUCUACAGGUAUUGGAGGGACAGCCGGAUACUAGUGUUUUGUCUUCUUUUUACAUCAGGCAAUAGAUUCUCAAAGCAGCUGCCUGAUGUAAAAAAACAGGUCAAUAGUAUAAUACUCUUUCUGUUGAUAGGUAUAUAUAACAAAUAAUUACUAGAUUGUAUACUCUAUUAUAUGCACUAAUAGGCAAUUAAAAGAGGAGAUAAUAAGGUCUAAAGUGAACCCACUCUGCUAAGAUCCAAAAUGAAAAUGUAUUUUCACAAAGUGUUUAGCGAGGCUGUGUGAGUCAUAGUCAGAGGCUGUGUGGCCAUGGCUGCAUAAACAAACUGGUUUACCUCCUUACAGCUGAUAAUUGAGCAGUGGGACAUCAAGUACAUCAUGUAUGCACCAAAACCACUUUAUUAAGCUAAAGUAGUUUUGGUGUCUAGACUCACCCUUUAAUAUGAUAGUGCAAGCUCCAAAAUCACUUCAUUUUAAUAAAGAUACAACCUUGGAAAUGAUGAAAACAGGAUGGUUUUUGAGACAGGGCACUGUUUACAUGUUACGAUGACCAUGCUUUCUAGUGGAUUUAGAACAUCCAUGUAAUAGGAGAAUAUAAAGUAUCCUGACUCUUGAUGCUGCUCUGAGGUCUUCGAUUUGCAAAUCGUGGCAAUUGACCUCAAUGGUUCUGAUUAAUCUGAUUGGACAAAAGUCGUAACAAUUGAUGACGUCACAAAAGGAGAAAGGGACUGCAGUGAAGAGUUUGUCUUGGUGCUGAAUUAAUGGUAUAUUUUAUGGCAGCUCUUAUGUGUUUUCUGUUUACAGAGAGCCCAGUAUUCUAAAGGCAAAAAGGAGUAUGUCUAAUAAUAAAUAUAUAAUUUAUUAAAGUUUAUUUAAGUGAAAAGUCGUCAGGUAAAGGACGUCGGUGACAACAGAUCGCUUGGAAAAUCAUUGGGAAAUGCCACAUUAUUAUGCUGUGAUAAUAAAAGCAUAAUCAGAACAAUUUUGGAACAAGGAAACUAUUCUGUGUUCUAAUGAAACAAUGCCAUUUUAUUAUUGUUGUCAACUAUUAUCUAUUUAGCACUUUGUGCCAGAAUCCCCUUAAUUUUACCUGAAUAAAUCACCCUAUUGUUUCUGUGUAUCAGACAGCUGUUUCGAAAUAAGUGACAGAAGGGAAUCAGGGCCAUGCUAAGGACGUGAAAUAUGACUAUACACCCUUUCUUUUUGGUGGUAAGGACAAAGGCUUGGUGAUAUGUUAUGACUAUCAAUCUUGCAUUCUGCUCGGCAUGCAUUUUGACAAUGAAUAAAGCACUGCUUUUGUAAAAUGCAUAAUUAAUACAAAGUGUGGUCAUCGCCCAUAGACGUCACCAAUCUUUUCCCCAUGUAAGAUAUGUAAAUUUAACUCCUUAAGGACACAUGAUUCCCUUUUAUUCCUGAAGUUGUGUCCUUAAGGGGUUAGAAAUGAAUGUCCAGAUGUCCAGCAAUGAAUAAUUAAAACACAAGGCAGUUUGCAGGGUUAAAGCAGAUCAGGCAUGCAUACACAAUGUAUGAAUGGGCAUUCCAUAGCAUCAACUGUUCCGCUAACCUUAACACUUUGCGGUCCUAUCUUGGAAUAUAUCUGGCAAAACAUUUUACCUCUUGUGGUCCAAUGUCGGAUUCUCCAUGGAGAGUGUCACUGAUCCUCCGUGCCGGGACCUCCCAGCUUAUGCGCGUCGCAUGGAGGGUUGGCGGUCCUCUCCAGGAAAAAUCUGACAUUGGACUGUAAGAGGUAAAAUAUUUUGGCAGAUAUAUUCCGACAUAGGACCGAAAAUGGUCACAGGUUUAUAGAAAACAAUCACAGCGUUUGUAGAAUAAUCUUGGACAUACAAAAGACUUUCAUUCUAAGCAGAGCGAUAUAUGACAUGAUAAAAGGCUAUAUUUCCAAAUAUAUCCUUUUUUUUAAUAUUCUGUAUAUAGGAUGGUAGGAUGGCUUGGUUUUAAAAUUUAGCUGAUUUUCCAUUGCAUUUCUUGACUGCACUGUUUUAAACAAAGACAUCUGUUUGCUGUCUCUGUAAAUCCUUUCUGUUGGCAGCAGCUGUUUCUUUAACAAAACUCAAAGCUUCUACCUGCAGGCUGCCAAUUACAAUCAAAACACUGCAUCACACAAAAAAAUGUCCCUAAUAUAAUUGCCGUAGAGUGAAAUCCAUAAAUGUAACUUUCACUAAAUUAGCAAGAAAUUGCAUAAUCUGAUCUCUUAACCCCCUAGAGUAGCAAACAAAUAAUACCUAGCAAUAGCUUUAUGGAGAAUGUUGGAAUUAAAUCUACUUCAAAAGCAGCCGAGAAUAUGUAUUGAUUUUAUACAUAAUGCUUUUAAUUGUAUUUCCCAAAGUUUAGUUUGUUAAAUUUAUACUUUCACAUAUGAGAGCACAGUUCAGUUCUUGCAGGACUUUUUUCGUUUAGAUAUAGGUUUACAUCUCAAGUAUCUGAAUUUAAAAUCUAAACUCCGGUUUCCAACAUCUUAGAAUUGUAAAACGAUGUAGAUAUCAGGAUCGCUAUGGGGUGUAUAUUAUACCUGAAUUAAAAUAUAGGACCUGUAUCAACAUGGUAACUGAUAUGUAUCAAUAGACAGCCUAUAGGUUUCGAUUAGAGUAAAUUGCAUACAAACUUUCUGACAAGGCUACCAUUUCAUUAUAUGUACUACAAUCUCCGAAUAGAUUGACUGUUUAUGCACGUACUGACUGCUGGGAUAUCUUAAAAACAUCUGUUUGAUACCCUGACGUUUUAUUUUCUUAUUAGACGGAAUCAUGGGUUGAGACAAGUCCCGUUCCGAGCAUGUCGAUGCUGUAGAUCAGGGGUGCACAAACAUUAGAUCCCCAGAUGUUGUAGAACUACAACUCCCAUGAUGCUUUGCAUGCCUUUAGAAUGACAAAGCAUCCUGGAAUAUGUAGUUUUUAAAAAUCUGGGGAUCUACCUUUUGGGCACCCCUGCUGUAGAUUAUUUAAGGGUCAAAAUAAUUGACACAAUGGAGUUGUACUACACUGCAAGUGAUCAGUAUAUUUGUUAACUAGAAAGUGUUCUGUUUGGCAUUCGCAAAUAUAUCAGUAUUUCUGGUAAAUAAGUUUGUCUAUUUGUGAUAAGUCUUCCUGUAUAAUCUGUCUGGUUUAUUCUACUGCAGUAAUAUUACACAGUGUAUGGUCUGCUAGAACGUGAAUGUCUAAAUGUCCCUUUUGUUUAUUUGUGAUCGCUUUAUGUUUAAUAUAUUUUAAGAAGAAUAGCUCAGUGACGGAGGGGUAAUUUUAUUUAUUUAACAGAGGAGACACCAUCUAGUCUAUAAGAAAAUCUAAAGCAAACCCAUCUUACUUUAUAAUAGCUCGUAUAAUCGUAUAGAAGAGGUGGAUAAUCUGUAUAAGUUAUAAUCACUGUACAAAGCAUACUGUCACGUUUUAUCUGAAAGUUAUAUUCAUGGAGUGAUUUUGGAUGGGGUGAUUGGUCAUAUAAGAAUAUAUAUCUUAAUUACCAGUAUUAAAUACACAUGUUUAAUCAUUGGGUUAAAAUCGUGUGAAUAAUAACCUCUUCUCCACAAUGAACUUAAAUGGGUACACAAUUACAGUCAUGUUCAAAGCUACUCAGAUGAAAAGGAAGUAUUGUAUGAAGUGAAAAGAAAGUUAGAUUACCUGCUCUGCAUGUCAGUUAAUAGACAUCCUUUGCCUUAAUUAUUUAACAAAGUAUAACAUUAUAUAGAGUCCCAUAUAUAUAUAUAUAUAUAUAUAUAUAUAUAUAUAUAUAUAUAUAUAUAUAUAUAAUGCCAACAUACCAUUGCUGUAUGCAGUGAUACCUUUUUUAUUGGACUUACCUAAUACUUAAAAGGCAAGCUCUCGAGAGGUUUUCCCAGUAGGGGAUGAGUAACACGGUGUUAGGAAUGCAUUCCUUUAGAGGGAAACUAUAGUCACCACAACAACAACAACUUAAUGUAGUUGUUCUGGUAUGUAUAGUAUGUACCUGCAGGCAUUUUAAUGUAAGUACUGCAUUUUCAGGUACCCUGCUGAGAUUGAUGAGUCACACUCCCUGAUAGCAGCUCUUGAUUGAGAGGAGCUCUAAAAGCUAAGCAUCAUGUUUAAUUUCUGUUUUUCUUAUAUUUGUUUUUGUAUUGUAUUUUAUUGAUAAAGUUUGUAUAGAGACAAACUAGCUUUGGACAAUCAUUAGACGUCCAUUUGUUUUUUUUGCAUUUAACACAAACACUCACACACACACACGCGCACGUUACAAACUGCUUAGUUUUGAGUAGCAAUUAUAAAAUGUAUGCAUUGUGAUGCAUAUUGAGCUCCAAGUGUGUAAGGGUAACACAGAAGUCCUUUAUAAAUAUUGUUUUACAAGGUUUGUAAAGUUUAUGUCAUUUAUGAUAGAUUUGUUCUUCACAUAAGUUUGGGUACAGAAUGAUAUAUCUGCUUGUUUAAAAUAUUUGUGUCCCAAUAACAUUUUAUUGAGAAUAAGACAUAAUAUUCACCAUACAAUAGAUAUGGCUUUUCAAAGCGAGUACAGUAUCAGAAGUAAAAUGGUACAUAAAAUCAAGUGGCCAUUGUGGCUGGAGUAGCCCUUAAAGCUUGUUGAAAGCUUAGUGCAUUUAUUAAUCCACAGACUCUUGUAUACUAGUAUGUUUUUAAGCAAUGGUUGUCUGUACUAGUAAUUCCGGAGCUGUGUUAAUCCACAACUGCAUAAAACAAGCUCAGUAGAGCCACACAGCAGCUGUCUCAUCAUUUGUUGUGUUCCAACUAGCUAAAUAUGUCCCUGUCCAUGGUGCUGAAGUGGAAUUUGGCAUAUACAGAAGUAAAACUGCCUAGCUCAGAGAAAAAAAUUUCUAUUCUGAAGCUUUGAAAAUUCCAAGGCCUUUGGCAAAGCAGACAGCCCUGGCUGCAAGACAAGGCAUUGCUCAUGUUAAUGUCUAAUACUUGCUAAUACUUCCCAAAAGGGUUGUCCUAACAACCAGGAUGUGUUGCAACCCUUGAGAACGGUGAAAUGCAUGUUUCAGAAUAGAAAAAUAUACAAGAACAAAAUGGCAACUGUGAAGAAACUGGAUAAAAAGACUCAAAAAAGGCGGACAAAAACACAAAAAUGUAAAAUUAAAUUAAUUAGAGAAGACAGAUUUUUUUUCUAUAAGGAACACUCUUCUGCUUAAAUAAUAAUUAAAAAAAAUAUUUUUAGUACAUACCCACAAAGAAAACACACAUGCCAUUAAUUAUGCAUUUUCUUUCAUUGGCAGUAUGUAGAAAAAUAGCUUGCAAAAGUUGCAGUUCUCAUGUCUGAAGCCUUUGCAAACGCCCCCCAUCUAACCCAUCCCUUAUUUUCUGUAGCUUUACAGACUUCACAAUGCCGCACAGUGAGAAGUCUUUGCAAGGCAGGUGCUUUAAGUAAUCGCUGCCUUUUGAGUAUAGCUCUACUGAGCUAAACAACCAGGAAGUUACAGAACCGGUUGACAUCCAGGGGCUGUAAACCCUGACGAAGAUAUUUUUAAUUUUACUAGGGGUAGCAAUUAAAGAGACACUGUGUGAACCCAGAACACUUCAUCUCAACAAAAAAUUAUUUUACAGAAAUUGCAAUUUCUCCCAGACAGCCAAUAGAGGCGCAUCCAGCAGGUUUACGGAGUAUAACUCUGUGAAACGAUGCUAGAUGUCCUCUCGCUUUGCAUGAGGACAGCCAGCAUUUUGAAAAUCUCUAUAGGAAAGCAUUGGUUCAGUGCUUCAAUAUGGACAAGGCCUAAUGCAAACUUUGUGCUUACCAUGCUUGCGCAUUAUGUUUUAGGACUGCCGUGAUGGUGACUGGUGGUGGGCCACAGAAGCAGAGGGACGCCAUAGUGUUAGAAGUACAGUUUUAUCCAGUAUUAUUAAUUUUACUGUGGUCUGUCAUGACACUUUCAACUAUUUACUCUCUACAUAUAAGUGGGCACAUAAGACUAUUUAAUGUGUGUGGAGGUUGUCGCAGGGUCUCUAUCAAUUUAGUCUUUUGAGGUUAUUUCCCCUCUAGAUACACAGUUUAUGAAGUCUGGCUCCCUGAUAGCUUUUCUCCAUGCUCAGUUGCUUGUAGUACUUGCUAGUCAGCUGGUACUUUAUGGUACAGAUUCAUAAUUUAUACCUAUAUACUGUGUAUAUUAUUCUAUUAUAGUAUCCUCACCCCCACCCCCCUCCCCCCGAUGGUGGGCUGAACAUACAUCUAUUACUCACCUACAGUGUAUACCUUUCUCCCUGGUGGACAUUUCUUUUUUCUUUCCGUUAAUCUCAAGGCAGGGUUGUUUUCAACACAUUAGAACCUCCAACAGGGAACAAUAUGAACCCAAGAUUUUCAGAUUUUUCACGACUGUGAACAUUCUGGUUAUUGUCACCUAAUAUUCUUUUUAUGGGAACAGCACUACCUGUAAGUUGUUGUCAGUAUGUGAAUUUUUUUUUUCCAGACAGCCACUAGAGGGUCUUCAGGGUCAAUAGGCGACUUUUGGCUAUGCAUGAGGACAUCCAGCAGCAUUUAAAACCCCACAGGAAAGCAUUAUACAUUCUUUCCUAUGGGGGAAGCCUUACUGCCGGCGUGGCCAUUGCCGCGCAUGCGCAUUAGGUCUCCACCACUGGCAGACGUUGGACUUAGGUAAGUGACGGGAGGGGGGAGGGGCAAAUGAGGAAGGGACUAUAGGGAGCUGCCAGGAAAAUAACUUUUAAUGAAGAUGAAUAUUUAUAAGCUUUACUGUGUGCCCUCAGCCACCCUUGUAGUUUGGCAAAGGUCUUUUUUAGUGUCUGGGUGUAACAAGGUUUAUUUAUAAAAGUGCCAAUUUCCAUUGAAUUCUGCACUUUUUUCUAAAAUGAGUAAAAGACAAUCACCACACAUAAACCAUUUCUGCUAGCUGAAGUGGUUUGGGAUCCUGGGUGUCCCUUCAAACACAGCUACUGAAACUUCUUUAUAAUAACAGUCCUUGCAAAAAGUUGUCUUUACAAUUUACCAGCCUUUGCAACCAAUGGUAACACAAAAAAGUCUCUGUGCCAGCAGAGUAAGAUUGUGAACCAAAACAAUUUGUUGUUAAUACAGAAUUCAGUAUAUAAAGUAUUGCUUUAUAGAUCACUGUGUCAUAUAGAAUUGUCUCCUGGUUCCUGUAAAUAACACAACCAAAGACUAUGAUUGGCAGCUCCAAAUGUUUAAUAUAGACAUAUAAAAUUAAUAUUUAUUGAAAACCACUUGGUUAUAAUGGCUCUGCUUACAUAUAUCUAUAAUGUCUUUGUGUACCAUCUCCCUAGUUGCAGAGACUAGAGAACAUACUCUACCCCAAUCUGGCUGGUUCUCAAAACCAUUCAUUAGUGGAGCCUCUUUUAGAUAAUGACACCUAGACAAACGUAUGGUGCAAUGGUAUCCCCAAUUCUUCUCUCCCUGGAGGUGAACAGUAGACUGCAUCUAUGGACCCUUGUUUAUAGUGGUAGCAUUAGUUUGCCAGUUUAUUUUGCUCAUUAUGAUGGAUUUCUCCUCUAGACACCCGUUACAAAACCUUCUGCCUAGCCAAAGCAAGCACAGGUUAAGGAUGCUCUAUGCUAUAUAGGAUGUAGGUGUACUCUAUCAUUUGUAGGAGUUACAUUAAAUGCUAUAUUAAGCCAGAAUGACUAAAAGCUGAUUUCCUUUAUUACUUAUAGUUAAGAGUAUACAAAAAUAUUAUUUGCACCAAUUAUGGGUAAUUUACUUUUCAUUACCUGCUAGGCUAGAGCUAUCACUCAGGACAACUGGUUUGCAAGACAAGGAUUGGUAAUUUUAUAUGGUCAUGUAGCUUCUCCAGUUAUCUGAUCAUAUAUAUGACUGUAUAUUAGAAUUUCCUAGACAUGUCAGCCAUUGUAGCAGUGUGUGGUCCAUUUAAUUAUGUUUAAAUGCUGCAUGUAGCAGUAUGAGAGUCAUGGAGUGAUCUUUAAACGCUAGAGUAAGGGACAGUCUCUGUUGACAACAUCGCACUGGGUUGUCACUUUGCUCAGUUGUUCAAUACUAUCUGUCAAACCACAGAAUUCAUCAUAUCAUUAGAAAUUAAAAAGCCACUUGCACUCACAGAUUCUUCUAGACUUUGACAAUAGAAGUCCCCCAUGGAAAGUGAUUUUUUUUUUUUUUUUAUUCUUUAUUUUUUUAGUUUUCAAGGUGAGUACAUACAUUUGGUGUGUGUGCACCAUAACAGGAGAAAGGUAAAAAGAUAACAAGUUAUCGCAUAAAGUGGGAUGAACAAACAGAGCAUAUUCAUAUCAAGGUAACAAUGUAUAGUGUAAUUUGAUGCAGUGGCGUGGUUUGUAUACGUUUGAAUUGCCUGUGAACUACUUUUAUACGGGGUUGGGGUUGGAUGAAUGCGAGCUGCCCAGAUACAGGCAGCUGGUUGGUUUGUCUGCAUUUGGUUAGUGCAUAUUGAAUAUAGCCAUUAAUGGUGACUGCUUUGAAAGCGUAGCGUCCCCUUGUAGGAGUUUGUAUGACAGUUUCCAUUCGCCUGGUAUAAGAGGUUGUUGCUUGGUGUACGGCAUUGGGGCCUGGUAACUGGUCUUUCAUGUCACAUUGUGCUUAGUUCUUUGUUCUGUUUGUGCAUGAGUACAUGGCCUGUAGUACGGUGGGCAGUGUAUUCCUCUGCUGGCCUGGUAAUGUGUUAGAUGGGGCUCCACCCAGGAGUGCUCUGUAGAGUCUUGCAUCUCAUUGUCACUAUAGUCCCCGAAGUUUGUGUCUGUCCUAUAUAUUGGUUAGGUGGUGUACCUUCAUUCCAGGGUAGGAAAAGUCUAGGUGGGGAGGUACAGGUGUUGGGGAGGGGGGGGGGGAUGUAUUAGAGAGUUGUCAGUAUUGAGGUUGUGAGCUUAGAGGAUGUUGUCAAAUUGUGGUUAAGUAGGUUUGUGUGUGGUGUUUUCACCACUACCCUUUCCGGGCCUAGGCUUUAAGUGGAGAUUGGGAACUCGAACAACCAGGGGUUCCAUAUUCUAUCACAGUGUUUAGUCAUGUCAUGUAGUAAGGCAGAAAGGGCAGUGGUGUACAUACUCUGGUCACAGGGGUCGCAGUUGCGACCGGGCCCUUCACUCUAUGGUGCCCGGCUGCCCUGCGACCGAGGGCCCGCCGCCAUGUUUUGCGGCCCUGGCCUGCGCGGUAUAACUGCUGGGGCCGCACAUUAAGGGGCCUAUCAAGUGGCCAAUGCUCUUAGGGCCACCUGAUGGCUAUGGAUUUCCAGGGGGCCCAGUCAGCGAUGCGGCGCUUUAACAGCACUACCGGGCCCCCUUUGACAUCACAGCUGGGAGGAAGUGAGAGACGCGCGGGAGAAGGAGAGGAGGGAGUCAGAGUGGGAACUCUGACUCCCAUCAGGCUGAGCCACCACUCCAGUGGUGUGUCUGUAUGAAUGUUUCUUUGUAUGUGAUUAUGUCUGUGUGUGUGCGUAUAUGUGUGUUUGUAUGUAUUUGUGUGUCUCUCUGUGUGUGUGUGUAUGUAUGUGCCUGUAUGUAUGUAUAUGUGUGUGUACAGUGGCACAUAUGCAGGGGUUGUAACUGCGAAUGAGCACGUCACUCCAGGGGGCUCAGCCACCCUGCGACCGGGUGCCCACCGCCAUGUGUUGCAACAGGGCCCCAUGGAUCGCCAUUGAGAAAGGGUAUCCAUUUUCCUGGUUUCCUCUAUUUUCCGUUUAAUGUCUCCUAUAGUGGGGACUGUUGCUGCUCCCCGGUGAGAUGCUAUUUCCCUUCUGGUAUAAUGCCAUUAUUUGCUCGGGGUGUGUCUUUUAGGGGUUUGGAUAGCAACCAUGUCCAGGGGUCUUUUUGUACGUUUGUGUGUAAAAUUUUGGAAGCUAAGUUAGUGAUUUCCAUCCAGAUCAGGGCUAUUCAUUAGCAUUCCCACCAUAUAUGGUAGCAUGUGCCUUUUUGGCCGCAGCCCUUCCAACAGUGAUCACUCGUGGACAUUCCCAUUUGUUUCAAUCGGAGAGGUGUGAGGUACCACCUGUGUUUUAUAAGCCUGCUCUUUAUGGUUGACGCAGAUAGUAACUGUCACCGUGACUUCCCAAAUGUCCCUCCACACUGUAGGGUCGUCAGGUGGAUCCAGGUCCCUCUCCCAAGCCGAGACAUAUGUCAGUGUAUUAUCAGGUGUAGAACGCUGCCGGUGUUGUUUGUCCUGCUUGUUUGUAGGUGGUAUUGUCUAGAAAGUUUCUAAUUUGCAGGUAUCGGAAGUAGUCGUGAGUGUUGAGUGGUGUAUUGCAGGGCAAAUCUGGAAAUGGGAUUAGUUGGUGGUUUCUGUAGAAUAUUUUUAUGUUUUAUGUUGUUCGCUUAAAGAGGUGAUAGAGGGCAUUCGUAUGCAAUAGGCGCAAAAGCCGCUAGCAUUCCUAUGGUAGUUUCACGAACAGUGACUUUCAACACUGUUCGUGAAACAAACUAAGUACCGAAUGGGAGACCACACACAGGAGGUCGUGUGGCUCCCAUUAACAGAUUGCAACAAUGUGUCGUUCCUCAGUUAAUUGAUUCGCGGGGUGGCCGCCAUUCGGAUACCGACCACGCGGUGGCGGCCAUCUUGGAUUCACUUUUAGCCCAGCGGUGUUUGGUCAUCGAGUGCCUGGAACUAAAAUUGGCGAAUCGACGGCACGAACACCUCUGGACACAAAGACCGUUCGGGAACACCGGUCUUUCGGUACUUUCCUUCAAACUGUGCAUUCGUGUAUUUUCUGAUGAGUUCAUAUUAAAGUGUAUUUCGUGUGGCAUUCGGCUAAUUGUGCUGGGAUCUGAGCGGUAGUUUCCCGAAGUAUGCGCUCAGAUCCCAGCUAUCUACCUAUAUGUCAUUCGGUCAAAUAGCACGAAUAACGUGCAAGUUAUAUAUUUUUAAGUAAAAAGACCGGUACAGAGGGAUAAUCCACUUAACAGGAUAUUCUUAUGGGAGUAUCCCUCUCGUACAGCAGUGCAUGGUGUAAAAAGUGUCCUGUAUGUUCAGUUCCCCAUGUAGUCCCCUGCUGUAAAACCCCUGUAAAGUCACUCAGGAAACCCCUUGCAUGGGGGACCACAUAAAUACUGUGACCUGUGAAUAAAAACCUCAGUUGACUUCCAGCACUGUGUUUCAUCCGGUUAGUGGGAGAUUUGGGUUAUUGCCUUCAUUCAGAGCUUUUCUUGGAUUACUUUAUUCUACCAGCGGAGAUAUUGGGAUUUAAUAUUGCAGCUUCGCUACAAUUUAUUAUUAUAUUACUUUGCAGCCCAACUCUCCCAAAUAGUGAUGUAGCAGGCACCCCCAGGGGAGCAAGAAAUAUUUAGAAUGCCAUGAAACCCCUUUUCAAGCCUAGUAGAGAAGUCCGCUCGCUUCCCAACAGGGCCUGACAGGCACAUGGCACCUGCCAUUUUGAGUAACACAAGGUAAUGCUCCAGCCCCAACAUGCAGCCGCCAGUGUUAAGGACCUCCAAAGUGUGAUCCUGGUCCAGAGGGGGAGGGAAAGGGUGCACACAGAUUUUGGUAUAGAGACCCAGGGUGCCUAUGGGUGCCUUUCAUCCCAAAAUGCACUAUACUGUAUCACAUCUUGUUCUGGAACAAGCUGGACUAUCGGAAAAUGGCAGACACCGGCACAUUUGGUCAUCCUGGAGUAAUCUUGAGUGCCGACUAGGCAACGCAGCGGCCUGAGGCACCCUGGGUCUCUAUACCAAAAUCUGUGUGCACCCUUUCCCUCCCCCUCUGGACCAGGAUCACACUUUGGAGGUCCUUAACACUGGCGGCUGCAUGUUGGGGCUGGAGCAUUACCUUGUGUUACUCAAAAUGGCAGGUGCCAUGUGCCUGUCAGGCCCUGUUGGGAAGCGAGCGGACUUCUCUACUAGGCUUGAAAAGCUAUUCAAGAACUUCUGGAGGAGACUUAUGGAACACCAAACUCAACUUACCUUGCAGAGGCUGCCUGAUUACACACACUCCAGUGACUCCAUCACUGGCAGAUCCAGCUGCGCAGCAAGCCUCUGCUAGACGUCUACUUCCAUUCCAUGCCGAGGAUGAAGCAGCCAAAAGCGAACCACAAUUGAUUAUCUCUGAAGAAAUGCUUGCUCCCACCAUCUGCUUUUUUUUUUUUUUAAAUGCCUCAAUUAAAAAGUGAUUGACAAAAAAAAAAAAAUGCCAUAAAAGACAUUCAUGAAGGCCAUGCAACCACAAUAGAAAGUAAAUAAUAGCAACACCAUUCCAUAGAAAUAAUGAGAAGAUAAAAGGUUACAAUGGCUUUUCUUUUGUCCCUGUCUAGUGAAAAGUGAAAAGUGAAAAAAAAAAAAUCUAUUCUCACUCUUAAGUUUUCUUUUACUAUAACAAAGCCACAAAAUUAUAUCAGAGGAAACUAGUGUAUUUUCUGGUUUCCAUGGUGAUUGCCCCAAAUUCAGUACUUUAGACCACUUUUUUAGAACGGAACACUUUGAUAAAGCUUACCACGUUCUGUGUAAGAUAACAGAAGACACACAACUAUGAAGUUCAAUCUUUCAUACAUUUCUAUUUCUGCUAUCCAAAAUACCUUUUGUCUCAAAGAUGUAUGCUGUGAAUUCUAGAUUUCAUACUUCCCGCAAAAAAACCUUGCCAUUUCUAUAUGGGAACCUGAUUCCCAAGUUUCAUCCUAUAGGUUUAUGCAUGUUUUUGUACAGUCCUUUUAUUUAAUAUAUCGCUAUAGAACUUUUCGUAUACGUAUAUGUGGGUUUCAGCCUCACUGAAGACUUGGCGAAAAGCAACUAUAGAAAGGUAUUUCCCUUUUAAUAACCCAGGGUUACUCUUUUUUAGUAACCCAGGGUCUUACCUAAAAUUUCUCCUGUUGUGUGUCUGUGUAUUAAUGGACCACUAUAGUCACCCAGACCACUUCAGCUCAAUGAAGUGGUCUGGGUGCCAGGUCCCCCAGGUUUUAACCCUUCAGAUCUAAUCAUAGCAGUUUCAGAGAAACUGCCAAGUUUACAUUGCAGGGUUAAUCCAGCCUCUAGUGGCUGUCUUCCUGCUUGUCAUGCUCUCAACAGUAGCUAAACAAGACAUAUAGCUAACACGUCUUACCAAUUAUUAUUAUUUAUUAUCUAUGUUAUGUUCAGCCUCAUUGUUCUGUUAGCUCUGAAUCGUUUUAUUUUUAGUUUAUAUUCAUUAUUAAAAUCUUCACAUAUAAGGCAUCUUCUAGGCCCCUAAGUGGGCAUACAAUGCAUGUUUAAGUUUGAGCAAACAAACUGUAUGAUAUAAAAUAACACAAACACGUUGCUCCUUUUCAUGUCUUUAUUGAAAUGAUUUAUCUAUCAUUCAAUGAAUCUGUUGGGAAAUACGUGUAAAGCUUUAAACUACAAAAUGCAAACAAAACAUUUAAUUGAGCAGUGUGUAAAACCAAUCGGCGUGUACAAUGUAAAAGCUAUAGCUAUAUGCUACAUCUACAGCUGUGCAGUUUGGCUAAACUUGCAAUCACUGUUUCUAAUACCCUAGCAAAGCCCUAAAAUGAGUCUACUACACAUCACAUUGUAUAUGUGAACAGAUAAAAUGAGAGUUAAAAUGCACUGGGAAGAUUAACUACUUGUAGAAAAAAAAAAAAAAUACGAGAAAACCAAUUUGCAUAGAUUUGUAUUCUGGACUAUACAUCUGAAAAGAAAUUCUUAGAAAUCAAAAACAACAAUUACUUGAAAUAGAAGCCAUUUCACAGCAUGGGCUCUGCGUUUCCCGGGCAUUCAUAUAAAAUAUAUUGUGCCGUUAAAGAGUAUCAUUUUAAAUCUGCAAGGAAAGAGAACACAGGCUAAUGAUAAGAGUUCAAGUGAAUACAGUGCUAUUAACUUCUUUACUGAUAGAAACAAAUGCUACAAAGGAGACCAUCCCCAGCGAGAGAUUAUUAUUGUGAUAGGUAUUUAGUGUUUGUAUUAAAAGGAAUAUUGCCCCUUCCACACACAGAUGGACAAAGUGCUGCUCACAACAUAUGAUUUGUGUGUUUUGUCCUUUGCUUGGAUUGGUAUCUUUAUGGACUGGUGCUUUCCAUAACCUCAUUCAGUGCCAGUCACGUAAGUUGCCUGUAAAGCUCUUUCUAGCCACAACCUUAUACGAACAUUAUAGUGUUGGGAGUACUAAUGUUUUUCAGCUGCAGGGUUAAAACUGGGAGGAGAGGGCACCCAGACCAUGUCAUCUCAAUGAUUUGGUCUGGGUGCCUAUAGAGUCCCUCCAAAGGAACACUCCCAGUCACACCCACAUAACUUCAAUCCAUUAAAGUUUUUAUGGGGCCAAUUUUACCUUCAGGGGUCAAACAUUGUUACAAUGGUUUAACCUUGAAGUAGGUCCUCCAGCACCCAACACAGCUGCCCCUGGCUUCCUUCAUCUUUGGGCCACAGUAUGAGGGAAAUAUUUGAGAAAAAUUGCACAUACUAUUUCUCUCAAUGGGUGGCCAGUGAUUGGCUGAAAGCUUGCAACCUACUAGCAACUGCUUGACUAAACCUUUCGCAUACUGCAACAAAGAGGGGAAGUAAGAAGACAACUGUGUUGCAAAAAUAAUCAACUUCUAAAGGUAAGACAAACCUUUCCUAUGGAUAAUUCCUGCCGUACCUCUGUAGGAAGCUGAUGGGAAGAUUUAUUCAUCAAGCAGAAUCUAUGAUCCCUUGCCAUAUUUCAUGGCUGUUUAGCCUAACAAGCCAUUGUUUAGAGAGCUGAAAUUCUAAUAUUUAGGCAAAUGACUCUUCAUUUAAUGCUUGCCACGUUUAUACAUAACCCACUCGUAAUUCUCCCUUUUGAAUGUGCAAUGGUGAAUCUGCAUGUAUUAUUAGAUUGGUAGUAAUACAAUGCAACGCAUUUCCACCAGAAGUCAAUGAGUCUUGUUUAAUACCAUGACAUUCCUUACUAUAACUCUUUAUAACUAUAAUAGGAUGAUAUGUUAAACCCUGCAUACAUAUUUAUUAGAUGCAAAACUAUCAAGUCUUAUCACAAAGACUGAUCAUUUUAGUUUUAUUGGCUGUCAUGUAUUCAGGCCAUACUCAUUUUUACUCAUGACUAUAAAUUGCUUUUUUUUUUAUUGUUUUUUCUUUUUUUCAAACUGAACUUAUCAAAAUGUUCAAUUAUUUAAAUUCACCACUUUUUGUCCAGGUUGAUGUUUUCUGUAGACCUCUUUAUUUUAUUUGACGUAUCUAUCUUUAACAAAGUACAGUAAACCAAAUAUUUAGUAGGUGAGCAUUGUGCACACAAAAAAGGUAAACAAAAAAAAACAAUUUUCCCCACUGUGCUCCAUUUAUAUCCAAAUUAUUUAAUAUUGUCCACUAGACUAUUUCACGGCAGAACAUUUCUGUUCGUCCGAAUGCAUCCCGGCGAACAUAAAUGGCUCAUCUGAACCAGGUGUCAUACUUGAGACUGUUUGGUCCAGGUGAAAUUUGUUAUUUUCCGAUCGGGUUUUCAUUUGGGUGAAUUAAGUUCCAUGAUCCACAGCUGCAGCUUGUAGAUGUACUUAAAAAAGCCACAAGAUAUAUAUUUAUAGUAUAGUGGUAUAGCUCAGAGGUAUUUUUCUCAGAUCAAUAUUAAGAAAAAUUGAUAUAAUUGGUAGUAAUAUAAAGGAGGUUUAAAUCCUCCCUCUUGCCCACACCCGCCAUGCUCAUAAGGGAUAAAUGGGAUGUAAGAGGCACACAAGGGGUAAAAUGGGUAGUUAAGAAGCACACAAGGGGUAAAACAGGUAGUUAAGAGGCACAUAAGGGGUUAAAUGGGUAGUUAAUAGACACACUCGGAAGUAACUUAGGAGAGAAGCACAAUAUAGUAAGAGGGGUUAGAAGGGACACAAGUUAUAUUUGGGUUAUAUUUGACAUUCUGAACAUUUAGUAUCUAUUGUAAUAUUUAAGUAUUUAUAUGUGAGAUACGAUAGUGGAUCUGUACACUUUUGUUUGAAUUUCCCUAUAUGCAUCCUAAUAAACACUGUGGCAACACGGAUAUGUUUAAUAAUAGGGCGGAUAGAUACAUCGCUAACUCUGGUGGGCAGCAAACACUGAAACUUGGGUACCCUAACAACCCAAAAAUACUAUAAAGUAAAAAAAAAAGAGAGAGAGAAACAGGUUGAGCCAAAUACAUUGAGGGUAGUACUUGAUAAUAAGUUGCAAAAUUAGAUCUAAUACAAAUACCCAAUAGGACUUUGGGACUCUUGGUAUUUGUAUUAGAUCCUAUUUUGCAACUUUUCAUCAAGUACUACCCUCACCGUAUUUAGCACAACCUGUUUUUCUUUUUACAGAUAUGUUAACACCUAUGUAUUUUUGCAUCGCAAACAUGGAAGUGCGUAUCAUGGUAGUAAAAAUCUCACUAGUUCCUUCCACCGUGAAUAGAAUAUGUGUACAGGGAUUCAGAGCUCAUUUGUAUCGAAGUGAUUUUUUUAUAGGCAGCACCUAGUGUUCAUGAUGUGGGGGCAGGUAGGUUUAUAUUAGUUUCCACUGCUAUCUGGACCCAGCAACAGUUUGCAGAUUGACUAAAAAGGUCAUCUUAAACCGAAAUGUGACCGUUCCUUUCUAAAUUACAUUUUAUGUGCCUAGGAAUUGUCUUCCGUUUGCUUUUGAACUUAAAUAGGCACAGAGAAAGGUAUGCUUUUAGCGGAAAUUACCAGCAAACCUCUAUUUUUCAUUGCUUAUUAACCUUUUUAUGACCAGCAAUGCUUAUUUUUCCACUACUCUGAAAAAGAGAUUUGCCCUACAGCAUAUAACAUAUUAAAUUGAAAAUAUGAUGGACAUAUACGUUUUCCUCUUUUCAAUUCACAUGGGUUGGCAGUCUCAUUUUUGUACUCCUGACUUAUAAUGUACUGUGUUGUUCUAUGUCAGUAAAUUAAUAUCUAUAGCCAUUUUGCCUUCUUUCUUUUCCCUAACAGUAGGUUAAAUACAACAUAUUUUGUUGUCUGUAUCACCAUGGAUAUUGAAAUAUGUGAAAAAUAAUGGCUUUUUUCCACCUAACGUCAGGAUGAGCGAUGGGCUUGCAAUUGCUUUGGUAUGUUAUGCAGUCGGAGAAAAACAAAGUAAUUCAUGAAGGAUCAGGCUCUGAGUACUCUAAGAGUGCCCAGCAGGGAUGUAUUGCUAAUGUACUUUAUCAUUUAAUGAAACCUCCUUAAUUAGAACUAACUAACUAGAGCGUCAUUGCAGUUCAUUCUCUCUUUGCAGCAUGUAAAAUAAAAAAAUAAACACAAACCUCUACCAUGCACAAGGCUUGUUUUGAAGGUUAGUGCCUUGAGCUCUAUCUCGUUUAACCCUUUUACAUGCUUUGUCUUCAUGGUGGGAAAGAAAACGGAUGUGUUUGAAUGCCUUGUCUUAUUCUGCAUUGUAUGUGAUUUAUAUAAAGUCCACUACGUAAUGUCAUGACUUACAAUGAUAUCACGCCAACCUCAAUCAAAUAGACCAAAAAACGUAUUUUGCUGCACCAUUAAGCCUGCUUCAUUAAAUGCAGCAACAUCUUGCAUAUAUAAUAUUGUCCUCCUACCCUUAUAGCCGAGUGAGUGUUUAGCUCACCUAAAUAUGUUUGAGACGAAGAUAUAAAAUACGUCAUCGCUAGAGACAUAUCAUUCCUGCUUUGCUUAAUCCCUUAAGGACACAUGACAGAAAUAUUUCCUUUUAUUACAGAAGUUGUGUCCUUAAGGGGUUAAAAUUAAUAGCUUUAUUCUUCCAAAAUAAUAAAAUACAAACAAAUUGCAGCACACAAGGUUUCCAAACAUACAAUUUCCCAAAACAGACAUGGAAUGUCUCUGGUGGUGCCGUAUUUUAUAUUUACUUUUAAGACAUUGCUUACAAUAAGCCCUGCGUCAAUGUUAUCCAUGUUAACAUCACUGCAGGCAAUACAUUGUAAUGACAAUCAGUGAUGAUCACAUGAUAGUGACCUAUAUAACUUGAGACAUAUUCUAAUGUUUGAAACAAAGCGCUUUGUAAGACAUUUCUGUUUUUAUGAUUUAUUAUUGCAUCUUACACCUCAUCCCUUUCCUCUCUUCCAGUGACAUCCAAGGUAAUGGAGAACAGGUUGGGAAAAGCAGUCGAUCAAAGGUGGCUUCACGUUUUCCUAAAUUAUCUCGCAGUCACCAAAGAGAGUCACGGAACCUUGAGCCACAAAGUGGUGACCUCUGACCUCAUUACUUUUCUAAGUAAUAACAUCAAUCCAUUGAAAAAUGAACUGCAUUCAGCAGACUGAUACAAACUCUUGGCUUGGUUACGUUUAUUGGGGCAUUUCUGCUCUUAGAGAGCCUAUGGAUCUCUCUGAUUCCACCAACGAUAUCCUUUAUGUUGCUUACACAAUAAUCAUUAAUUGUGUGCUCCAUUUAAAAAUGUACAUUAACGACCAACCUUAACUGAAAGAUUGGGAUAUGUUAAUUAUAUUAAUCUCAUUUAGGAUAUACACAUAAUCUUAACGAUGGAACAAAAAGACAUGAAACAUAGGUCCAUAUACACUAUGAUUAUCUUUAUAUUUAUCAGUAUUACGGUGGUGCAUCACUAUUAAGAUUGGAAAAUUGAAGGCAUGAUCCGUGUUAUGCCUCUGGGAUGACUCAUCUUGUAUCUGUACACGUUAUGGUUUUCAUCUUCGGACUGCCUGCUAGAUACAGCUUGUAUUCAAAAUAGACAUAAAACUACUAAGAGAGAAAAGAUUAUUAAAUUAUGGUCCUCCGUCUACUUUUGAAGGACAGCUUGCAUGAUCUUCCACAAACCAAAGCCCAUGACAUCUGGAAGACCUGGUGUUCUUACCUGUUGCAGAGACAUCAUCUUUGUAAAAUUAAAAAGACACUCCAGGAUGAAUUUUAUUGAUCAUGUAAACCUAAAUGUGUUUUUUUUUUUUAAUUUAUUUUUUUUUUUUUAUAAUUGAAAAAUAUUUGGUGUUCUUGUAGGAUUAUAUUAGCACCUAGUCUCUUAUCUGCCCUCUGUCCUAACAAGAAAAUUACUUGGAAAUUGGAAAUUUCAUGACAACACCUGCACUCAAACUCAUAUAGAAAUAUAUUGUUUCUCAUAUAAUAUUGUCAUAUAGAAAUGAAUGGAAAUUUGUAUUUUUCUUAAGACUGUACUGGAAGUGCGAGACCAACUCUCCUUCACUUGUAUGAAGAAAUGUUGAUCAUGAAUUUUAUGUGCAUUCAGUGAUCAAUGUUGUGGAAUAAAAUGGAGAAUGGACAGUAUUAUUUAUUAAUAUGGGAACUGUAGGAAUUGUCCCACGCCUUCCUGCUGUCUUGCAUUUGGUGGGAUAAUCCAUAUUUAAUGUCCUGUGCAGCUGUCCUGAUGACCCAAAUUUGUUACCUGGUGUCCCACUUUAGGGAACAGUCUCUUGAGAGCCUGUCUGUGCGCCAGGCACUAGGACCAAGUCUAGUCUGGUCCUGUAUUGCAUCUCUGAUGAGGCCUCCCAGAAGGCCUGCCCACCAGUCCCGAUUCUAUAACUCCCAAUGUUGGGUGGUAUUUUGGCCCUGGAAUUGCACACUCUAGAAAACCAGAGAGAUUAUUUUUUCAAUUUGCCUCUUUUUAUCUAAAAGUUGCAAUUCUCUCAUCGAUUCACAAUUUAGUACAUAAGUCUGUAUGUAAAAGUUUUUACUUGUUUUUGCAUACAAAAAAGUAAAAAACAAAAACUCCAAAGAGUUUAACAAUUUGCAAAGCAAUAUGGUAACUUAUUUAAACAUUCCUGGAGUGUCUCUAUUAUGGAUAAAGUAACUUUUGCAGACAGAACAUUGGUUAAUCUAGAAAAUGAAGCCGUAAGAGAUGGAAAGAACACUUAAACCAACAUCACAUUUUUAAACAAGGCAAUCGGGGAAUAUGAUGUAUGUUCAGAUACGCAGGAAAUAAUAACUGCUAUCUCAAAUAGCACUUUACACCCCAUGAAAAUGGGUAUCACUUAAUCAAAAUAAGUGCAUAUACUUAACGAGUUGGAUCUCUAUAUCUGUAUAUCACUGAACAACUGCAUUUUAUGAAAUGUCCUGAUUUUCUGAUAAACACAUUAAUCCACUGUAGUAUAAUAAAGUUUGAAAUUACAAAAACUAUUCCAUAAAAUUUUAUGAAAAAAAACAAUGAAGCUAUUUUAGGACUACAAUAAUUGGGUUACAUUCAGACAUGAAUGGAUAACAUGUAGAUAUUGUAUUCCGAAUUCAGAAGGGUGUGUAGUGUGAAUAUUUAUAUGUAUGUAUAUAUAUACAAACAAAAAAAAAUAGUCUUGCACUCCAACUUAAUGGAGUCUUUUCCAGGUGCUUGUCAGCAUCCAUAUAACCAAAUAGCAUAGAGAUAGCACUCCCAGGACUCCAAUGAUAUUGAAAGUAAAACUUAACUAUUAUUUUACUCAAAUAAGAGAUCGACAUUUCAGUUUGUAACCCAAACUUUCAUCAGGAUGAUAUAUAAACUCACACACGCACAAUCCAAGGUCCAGCACCCAACCGGUCAUGCAAUCUCCAGUGUCGGAUAAAUAAUGAUCACGAAGGAAAGCUCUCACUGGACUUCUCAACCAAUUUUAAAUAAUAAAUAAAUAUUUGAAUUUGGUUGAAAAGUCCAGUGAGCUCUCUCCUUCUUUGUGAUCAUUACAUAUCAUUAAUGUACAAAUGCAAUUUAACUGUGUGAAUUAGCCAUGGAUGUUAUAGUAAGAGUUAGUGACUAUACUGUAGACAGCAAUAGAGUGCAAAUUAUCAUACAAUAUGUGACAGUUAUAAUGAAAAAAAUACCUUUGUUACGUUGUAACAUUAUAUACAUAAAUACACUGAACAAAAUUAUAAAUGCAACACUUUUGUUUCGGCCCCCAUUUUUCAUGAGCUGAACUCAAAGAUCUAAGACUUUUUCUAUGUACACAAAAGGCCUAUUUCUCUCAAAUAUUGUUCACAAAUCUGUCUAAAUCUGUGUCAGUAAGCACUUCUCCUUUGCCGAGAUAAUCCAUCCACCUCACAGGUGUGGCAUUUUUAAGAUGAUGAUUAGACAGCAUGAUUAUUGCACAGGUGUGCCUUAGGCUGGCCACAAUAAAAGGCCACUUUAAAAUGUGCAGUUUUACUGUAUUGGGGUGAUCCAGGGGGUGGGAGGUGUUUGAAAACCAGUCAGUAUCUUGUGUUACCACCAUUUGCUUCACGCAGUGCAACACAUCUCCUUCGCAUAGAGUUGAUCAGGUUGUUGAUUGUGGCCUGUGAAAUGUUGGUCCACUCCUCUUCAAUGACUGUGCGAAGUUGCUGGAUAUUGGCAGUACCUGGAACAUGCUGUUGUAUACGCCGAUCCAGAGCAUCCCAAACAUGCUCAAUGAGUGACAUGUCCGGUGAGUAUGCUGGCCAUGCAAGAACUGGGAUGUUUUCAGCUUCCAGGAAUUGUGUAUAGAUCCUUUGCAACAUUAUCAUGCUGCAACAUGAGGUGAUGGUUGUGGCUGAAUGGCACAACAAUGGGCCUCAGGAUCUCGUCACGGUAUCUCUGUGCAUUCAAAAUGCCAUCAAUAAAAUGCACCUGUGUUCAUUGUCCAUAACAAACGCCUGCUAAUACCAUAACCCCACCGCCACCAUGGGCCACUCAAUCCACAACAUAGCAAACCGCUCAUCCACACGACGCCAUACACGCUGUCUGCCACCCGCCCUGUACAGUGAAAACCGGGAUUCAUCCUUGAAGAGAACACUUCUCCAAAGUGCCAGACGCCAUCAAAUGUGAGCAUUUGCCCACUCAAGUCGGUUACGGCAAUGAACUGGAGUCAGGUCGAGACACUGAUGAAGACGAUGAGCAUGCAGAUGAGCUUCCCUGAAACAGUUUCUGACAGUUUGUGCUGAAAUUCUUUGGUUGUGAAAACUGAUUUUUGCAGCAGCUGUCCGGGUAGCUGGUCUCAGACGAUCUUGGAGGUGAAGAUGCGGGCUGCUGCGGGCUGGUGUUACACGUGGUCUGCGGUUGUGAGGCCGGUUGGAUAAACUGCCAAAUUCUCUGAAACACCUUUGGAGAUUGCUUAUGGUAGAGAAAUGAAUUCACAGGCAACAGCUCUGGUGGACAUUCCUGCAAUCAGCAUGCCAAUUGCACACUUCCUCAAAACUUGCGACAUCUGUGGCAUUGUGCUGUGUGAUAAAACUGCACAUUUUAGAGUGGCCUUUUAUUGUGGCCAGCCUAAGGCACAUCUUUGCAAUAAUCAUCUUGAUAUGCCACACCUGUGAGGUGGAAGGAUUAUCUCGGCAAAGGAGAAGUGUUCACUAACACAGAUUUAGACAGAUUUGUGAACAAUAUUUGAGAGAAAUAGGCCUAUUGUGUACAUAGAAAAAGUCUUAGAUCUUUGAGUUCAGCUCAUGAAAAAUGGGGGCAAAAAGCCUGAAGGUAAUGAUUCUACUCACCAGAACAAAUUCAAUAAGCUCUAGUUGUUCUGGUGACUAUAGUGUCCCUUUAAUAUAUUACUUAAAAGAAAAUUAGAUUGUUAUCUUCUUUAAAACAACACCUUUUCACAUUUACUGCCAAUGAUAAUACUAAUUUAAGGGCUAUGUAGUGUCUGUUUUUUUUAUAUAUAUAUAUAUGUUUGUUUUAUUUUGAUAUACACUUUCUGCCAAUAUUGAUGAUGGCAUAAUCCCUACAUACGAAUGCAGCUAAGUAAGUGCCAUUACCAAGAAAUCUACACUAGUAGUUUGCUUUGCAGUAACAUUAUCAGUAAAUUAGAAUCCAACUAGUUUGCCAGGAUUCUAUUUUGGUAUUACAUUGUGUGGGUGUGGGUGUGUGUGGUUGGGGAGUGGGGGGGGGGUUUAAAUACAUCUUUUGGUAUGUACAGGUUUAUUGAUAUUAAAAUGUAGCAUCCCCAUAUUUAAUUUAAAAUGAAUCGUUCUGUUUAAUAAACAUCCCUUUUCAUCCAAGUACAAUAAAGAAAUGUAUAAUCCCAUUAUUUAUUUUUCUGUCUUCUGGGAUGGGGUGAAAAAUAACUGUAAAGGGAACGCUCAUGUAAAAAUGUAUUGGGCAGCCUUACCACAAUGCCUACUAUAUUUUAAUAAUAAUUAUAGCACUCAUUAAUCCUUGGAUACGUGUGAUACCUGGGUCAGAAACCAGAACUGUGAUUAGAUCUGGUUUGCAGCCACAUAUUGCAUCAAAUUAAUUUGAAGUUAGAGAUUAAUGCAGAACAGUCAGCAACAACUUCUACAGUUCAUUUAUGUUCGAUGCCUGGGGACAAUGUCUGCUAAAACCUUCCCCAAACGAUUCCUAUAAGCAGUCUUUAAUUUAUAAACUUCCAUAGUAUCCCCCCAGUGCAAUCCAUUGACAACACAAGCCAUCAAAAAAACACCCACUCUUCAUUGUUACUAUUCAACCAAAUAUUAUUCUACGUGGUCAAGUAGAUAGUAUUUUCCUGGAGGACUGCCAGAUGGUGAAUCAUUACUCACUCCAGAAAAAAUUUUUCCACUGCUCUAGACAUCGCUCCAACCUAUACUUGGCAUUGCACAUGGUGUUCUUGAGUACAGGUUUAGCUACUAGGCCAUGAAACCCACAAAAUCGUAUAGAGUUGCUUCCCGAAUUUGUAUACAUACUAUAGUACUGAGACUAUGAGCAAAGCAUAGAUGAUUAUGUAUUGUUUAAUUCUGCACUACGCUGUCCCAUUCUGCAUGGUUGUGUGGCUUGCCUCUUCACAUCAGAGUUGGUUCCAAUUCACUUAAAAAUAAUCUGGGCAGCUUUGGUUAACAUAUGGAAAGUUGCAUCCAUCCAUGGUGCUACUUUGAAGGUGCCUUUAGGAAAUUCUACCACCAAUAUUUAAGAAUGCAGAGCGCUGGUCUGUGUUCUUAUUUUUCCACACCUUUUAAGCAACAGAUCAGGCUACAAGUCAAGUCCACUUUAAUUCAUAAAGUGUUACAGUAUACCUCUAGUGGAACCAAGGAUGACCAAGAAUUUUUGGCUCUGUUUUUCAUAAAAAAUCCUUUUACAGUAGUUACGUAGCAUGCUGAAAAGGUUUAGAUCAUGGGUCCUCAAACUCCGGCCCCCCAGAUGUUGCUGAACUACAACUCCCAUGAUUUUCUGGCUAUCUAUGUAAUGCAAAGAAUCAUGGGAGUUGUAGUUCAGCAACAUCUGGGGGGCCGAAGUUUGAGGACCCAUGGUUUAUAUCAUCUGACGUUUAUAAACAAUGAGCACCGUGUCAGUUGAUGAGAGUUAAAAAUCAGGGUUGCUAAAUUAGAAACAAAUUACAAACAUAACUUACAGUACCUUUUACGUGUUGACGAUAUUAACCAAUAAAGUAUAAAUAAAGCAAUAAGCACAUCAACUUACCUGAAAUUUGUGUACGAACUGAAUAAAUUGUUAAGAUAAUCAUGAAAUCAAUAUGCACUUAUAUCUAGCAUGUCCUCAACUGGCUUCUUGUCGCAUUGCACAACUAAAUAUCUUCGUAAUUCUCCUUCUAGCCUUCAGUAUUCAUGCUUAUGUAGGAGUCCUAAAUGGAAGCUUUUGCAUACCAUGUUGUUUAAAAGCUCACAUUUUUUAUACACUGAUGUGGAUGUAUGCUUUCGUGUGCAAAACCCAAUAAAAUACAAAUUAAAAAUAAAAAGCUCACAUGUUAUCAGCAUUGUGUAUACAAUAUGCCACAAUGAUUUUUAAUAUUUUUUUUACUCCGCGUAAGUUAAGUACAAAUUAAUUUUCAUGAGAGGGGGAUGGAAUUCAAUUUUGUACUAAUACCUGUUUGUUUCAAAUGUGUAGAUUUAUCUAUAUAUAUGGAAGUGAUUAAAUCUAUUAAAGAUCUUAACAUCUUUACAAGAUGUAGGUGCUUAUAUAAAUAAAACAAAGAUGAAAACAC